AAACAUCACUGAGCUGAGACUCGGCGGUCAGGGAGGGUCUCCAUUAAGCGUCACAAGUCCUGGAGUGUACUGACCAGCUGAGUCCGUCUGUUUAUCGACCAGUCUGUCUGCCUCUCUGCCUGUCUGUGGGUGGAGGGGCUCAGAAGCAGCAGCAGCAGGAUGCUCACUCCUGCCGGGAAUCAGGACUUUCCUCUCCCAUCAUCCGGUCGGGAUGCUGCGGUCUGAUCCCGGGGCUUCUCCCUCACGCAGCCCGCUGAAGUUGGAUCAUCUGUGGUGACUAAACAUUUGUUUUUGUCGCUCUUUUCCUCUCUUUCUCUCCGUCUUUCCCUCUCCCUGGAACAGUCCGAACAUUUAAGCGUGGAAAUAAUCCGCUUCUUUUAUGUAGAGACUCUGGAUUAUUUCCAUUUCUACACAUCUUGCUGUCCCCCCUGACUCUGGUGGGUUUUACUCACGCACAGAUUUGUGAAUGGGUUGGGGAGUCGCCACUGGCUCUUCCACCUCCUUGCGCGCUGUGCGUUAUUCCAGUCAGGGAUGAUGUGAACACACGGGGCACACAGGAGGACAAAAAAACACCCAGGCUGCAGUAGUAACCAUGGCUGGUACCGAGGUCGAGGAUUAGUGUGAGGAGGGAUUAUAUUUUCCUGGAGCAGAAGCCUCCAUCAGUUGUUUUGUUGUUUAUUGUCUCUGGAAAUUUUUGGACACGAGGAGAACUUUAACGGCGCGUCUCUGUGAUUGAUUUUUCCGUCCUGUUUCUUCGUCUCUGGUUCAUUUUUGAUCAUCUGCGCGGUGAGUGUAGGUGGAGCGGCACCGAGAUAUUCCAGACUCUGUCAGAAACUAUGAAUGAGGGUCAGGACGCGCUCCUCUGUGUGAUUAAGAAAAAGACAAUCGCGCGUUAAUCACUCCAAAAGUUCUACUUGUGUUGUUGUUUUUAUUAUUAUUAUCUAAGGCAUGAUGGAGUCGUUUCAAACUCACUACAGUGUGCAGUAAAACUACUGACAGUCUUUGUGAGAGUAUAAUAGCAAACAACUCUCAAACCACAGAUAAAUGAAACUACUCAAAUAAGUGAAGCCGAGUCAGCCGACACUUUCAGCAGGAUGGGCGAGAGGAUUGAAGCUGGUAGAAAAGAUGUGAAGGGCGCCUUCACGCACUGAGGAGAUGAACUAUUAGACAUGGGAGUGCUGCAAAGAUGAGCGAUGAAACAACUCUGACCAACUACAAAAUCUCUUUAUUCUGUUGUUAAACCAAACCAAACUACUGCCCAUAUAAUCUCGCUGCAUGUAACAUGUAGAUGCAAAAACAAUAUUACACCAUACAUUUAAAGGUCUUACCGAUUAGUAUUGGAUAAUAAAUCUAUUCUGGACCGGGGCAGCUGUACCGGAAGAGACGGACAAAUUGACCCGUCAGAUGAGUGAACAUGUCGGACCGGAGCGCCCCGGGCUGCCGGCUCAGACUAGACUGGGUCUACGGGUACCGGGGCCACCAGUGCCGGAAUAACCUGUACUACACCGCCGGAAAGGAGGUGGUGUACUUCGUGGCUGGGGUGGGCGUGGUCUACAAUACCAGAGAGCACAGCCAGAGGUUUUACCUGGGACACAACGAUGACAUCAUCAGGUAAGACACUUGUAAAAAAAAAAAAAAAACUAUCAAAUAAUCAUUGAUAAUAAUCUAGUGAUCAUAUUUGUAGCCAGGGUAGCCUAUUCUAGGACUAUUCCAAGAGCGCUGAAUAAAUCAAAAGCUUGGUUCAAAAAGGUGAAAAAAUCAGAUAAUCAAUCUGUCGCAUGAUCGUCCAAAAAUUGUUGGUAUUUUCAUUAGGCCAAUACAAAAUGAUUAACCCUUUAGAUCCAAAGUAAGAAUAAGAAUAACUUUAUUUAUCCCAGAAGGGAAAUUCAAUUGUCUGUAGUCUCAUUUGUCCUGUCUCAAAAAGUCAUCUACUAUUUAAUGAAUUUGUCAGCUGAUAAAGUCAUUAUUGGGUCUUUAUUACUGGUGUUUACCAGUACAGAGUAUUUUUAACUGGAUUUGUAAUGCAGAAGAUGAUACUUAGAAGUCUGUAGAACUACUAUCAAUAGUUGAUCCCACAGAGGACACUCUGACACCAGUUUACAGAACACUCAGCACUGUCUGUAACUCCUAGCUAAGCAGACAGUGGUCCACUUGAAACUUUACACAAAGUUGUCUAAAAAAUAAGUAAAAUAAGUGACUUAAUAUGACAGGAUGAAUGAUUUUCGUAGAUCCCAGAAAAAUCUUGUGUAUUUGGUCACAAUAUCUAAAUUUGGUCAUUUACCCCCUCCAAAGUUGUAUCCUAUCAGUGUCAAAAAUACCAUGUCAGGACAGGUUCUGGAGUUCAUAUACCCACCUUAACUGUAGACUGGAUCACAUUGCAAGCUUCUGGCUGUGGGCCAAGGACAAACAGAAGAACAGACAAAGUUAGUUUGAGAACUAACAACACAUGAAAUUGUAACAACACUGACUGACUCACCCCUGACAGUAAAUCAAUUUGAUUCAGUUAAGUUUGUUUUUGUGUGUAUUUGUAUGGCAUGGAUUCAGAUGUAAAUAUUAUCUCAAGAUACUUUACAAAAAGUUCAGGCCUAGAUCAUUCUGUUGUUUUUUUGUCAUGUAUAAAAAGGUAAUACUGAUCUAACGCUGAACCAGACUCAAGUUAAACAACCAUCUGCUGUGACUGUGUUAGGCUUGCAGAGUGGGAUAGAUCAAAAUGCAGAUAGGGAGAUGGAUAGAGAAAAAGAGUAACAAAAAAAAAAACAGGUCAAAUAACAACUGAGUCAAGUAGGUCCACGGCAGAAGACCAUCUGCAGCAACAAUCUUGAGGAACCUGCCGACUAAGGCAGCGCAAAAACUCCUGCAAACAGAUUUGGUCAGUAACUUGAAUGUUACACUGAAUUGAGCAUGACUAACAGGCAGUAAUAUGACAUGAGUGCACACAGAUAGAGCAGUCAGGUUGUGCUGUGUUUUUUGGGGUCUGUGCUGUCAGUCAGAUUACUUCAAACAUGAGCUUCUUCAAGGUUGGUUUGCUCGAGUUCCCUUGUGAUGUCAAAGUGUGUUUGUGUUUUGAUAAAUUCUUUGCUUACAGCUAAAAUUCAGGAAAAGCCAAGACUGGAAUUGCUCUAUUAGGGCCAGAUUUAGUUUACUCCCUGUGUGCCUGGCGUCUUCAUUCUAUGACGUCUUUGUUCUUCACUCAGCAAAAAUAGAUUUUAAUUUUAAGUGACUCUCUGGUUAAGUAACCAAUAAAAUAUCAUUUAAGAGCUUAUUUAUUAUAGGAUAGAUUUGGUCUCGUCUCUCCAUCUUGGCAUAUAAGUACAGCUAUAAAAAGCUACAGGAGAGCUCAAGUAAACAUUUUUCCUUGUGUACCACUCAAAAGAAAUCAACACAGAUAAAAUUUUAACACUGAUGAUAGCAGAUAAUUUUGUGUUGAUUGUAAAAUGCUCUGAAAUCAACACAUUUCUGGAUAAAAAAUAAUCAUGUGAGUAGUGUUGUAGGUGAAAACAACAUCUUAGAGCAAGGAUUAGUGUCAUAUCUGUAGGAUAUUUUAUGUGAGUGGGCUGUAAGGAGCUGACUAGUGAAGGAUUCAUAGAGUGACAUAGUUUAUAAGACAGCAGGGACACACUGCUGAGCGAGCAAAGCUUCAGGUCUGACAGUGAGGAGUUUUACCUUCCUACUCUGAUCAACAGUCGACCCUGUCCUGAAGCGACAGCUCCAUUUCUCCCGCUCAUCUGAGUGUUUAGUCUCUGUUUCAUUUGGAUCGAGAUGUUUUUUUAGGAAGACCCUGGUGGGGUUAUAUCUCUCCCACACAGUUUGUUUAUCCUCUAGUUUGACAGUAGCUGAAAUCUAAACACAAAGAGGUCGAUACUGUGCCAGAACGCAGCUCUUUAAGACUGGUAGAAGAUUUUCUUCUGAGGGAUUUAAGGUCUGAAAUCUCUGAUAAUGUGAGGAAAUACUAGUAUUUAAAUUUCACCAUUAACACCAGCUUGCAGAGCUUGCGGAUACUUGCAGAUUAACAUAAAACGCUUAUGAGCAGAGGAGGGUAUUAGUCUGUUUCUCAGGUCUAAUGUGUCACACCAAAGUUGGCCCAUGAGAUUCUGGGAGAAAGUAAUUUGACAUCCAACAUCUUUAACACUCACAGAGAAAAUUCCCUUUAGUGUGUUAAUACCACACAUUACACCAUUUAAUGAGCAGAAACAUAACACAACAUGUUUUUUAUGAAGGCUUAGAGAGAAAUCAUCAGCAUAUCGACAGCAUUAAGAAAGGGAUCAUGUAUUGUGAGCAGGUGAAAACUGGAAUCCAGACCUGGUGAGUUUGACCCCGCCCAUUACCCUGCUGCCAACUAGAGAUACAAAGAAGUCGUAUGAAUAUUGAUUUUAAAAGGAUCCUAUUGCCUUGAAGUUUGCCUACUUAUAUCGCUGACACAUAGUCCCUCCAGUUCAAUGAACGACUGAUACUCAACUGUCAAAAGAAAUUAAAUAUAUCAUCAAAUUUGACCAAAAUGAGGGCUUCAGGCCACUCCUCUGUUAAAUCAUCAGACAAGGCUUUACAUUUUUCACAAUUAGGACCCAAAAAGUUAAAAUGUGUUGAGGGUUUCUGAUUGGGAAAAAAAUUGGUGAAUGAAUUACAUGUGGAGAUACAGGAGUUGUGAGUCAUUUUCAAAUUGACUGUAUAACAAUCAGCUUAAUUUCUUUAAAGCUUAGCUAUAAUAACAGGACUGAAGCUACAGUAAAUUAUCAUUUAAUUUUUGAUUGGAUACUCAGUAAAGCAGCAAAAUGAUUAAAAACCCCAUAAACUCCCUUAACCUGUCAAGAAUUGUUUACAUAAAGAUCACCACAGAGAACUCCUCGAUAUGCAUGGAUUUUAAUUGAAAGCCCCAAAUUUAAUAAACACAAAUUUUCUCAGCCCUAACUUAAACUCAAGACAAAUCUUCUUGUCCCAAGCAAAAAUCACCAUCACAAAUUCAGAAGGUUUGGUCCAAUAGAAAUCAAAACCAAAAACAAUAUCCUUUAAAUACUUCAGUUCCCAGUUUAGUAUCUGAGUUUCAUUUAAAGGAGAAGGUCAAAAAAAUCCAAGAUAGAAAAUAAAAGUUUGAGAAGAAAAUGCUUUACUUCUCAGCUGUAUUAUUGCUAAAUAGUUUAGGAUAUUUGGUGAAAUCUUUGGUUCUUAGUCUUUUCUAUAGAGCAAAAUGUUGACUUUGUCUACCUGCAAAUGAAACCUAGCCGGGCAGCUAAAUCUUGUAUAGUGCAUCUCCUCUCAGAGACCAUUGUAUUUUGUACAUAGUCACUGACAAACCAAAUAAUAAACAAAAAAGUUUGUAACAGUAGUAUAUUCGGCUAGCCAAGCACUAGCAUCUGCUGUUUACAAGACUUUGGCCAAUUUCUCGCUUCUCUCCAGCUUUACCAAUAAUCUCUUUUUGGUGCCAAAAAACAAGAUGGCAAAAGAUAAAAUGCCAAAAUGUGACUCCAAACAUUACACAGUUGAAAACACAAUUGAGUGGCUUUUCCUGCUCUUCUAUUGUCAUUACCUUCAAUUUCUCAUCCAAGUUAUGUGAUUCAAAAGGCUCAAAGAUUUAGACACAAAACAGUUCAAUCAAUGAAAGCUGGUGACGGAAAAGGUGCCACAUAUAGGAAUCAGCAUGUAUGAGUGACGACCAACUGGUCAUCACAAAAGAGGGCAAAAUGACCCCCAUACCAACCUUAAUUCAGCUGACAAAAAAGUAAAAUAAGAAAAUUUAAUUCAACCCAACAUUUCAAAAAGCACUUGUUGUGUAAGUGUUAUAAAACAGUGUACCAAAGAUGUUUUGAAAUGUUGAUAAUUGUGUCCGCCCGCAUUAAACAAGAAACAAUUAUCCAGCCUGUUACAUAAUCAUUAGAGGAAGUCAUAAACUUCCAUUGUAAUUCACUGGAAGGUUAUUCAUGUAAAUAGAAACAUGAGCUACAAGCAAAGUCGUCAUGUGUCCAAGUUCGACCUCUUUCAUGCAUUUAAAACACAAUUCAGUAUUUCCUGCAUUUCUUAAAGGCAGCAGUCACCGAGAGGUCAGAUUAAAUACACUGCAGACAACAUAGAUGAAAUGCAUUUCUUAUUGAAGCUGAUGAUACACCAGAGUCUGUAUGUAAUAAGAUAUAAUGAAAUUACUGCUGAAUAAUAUCAGGAUGUUCGCUGAUCUAAUAAAAUGAGACAACCUGGAGGUUCAGCUGGAAACAAACUCCUAAUGAGCUGCACAACUGUGAUCCUGUUGGAGGAGGUGGUUUCACUUCCAGCAACUGACGCACCAUGGACAGCAGGAGAGAGAAAAUACAGUGAAACCCGAACAGAAGUUGUAAACAAACACACAGCAUGAUUCACUUCCCUGUAAUAGUUCAUCAAAGUUAUCACUAAGUAGAUUUUACAGUUUUCUGUCAAAACUGAUGCACAAACUCCAAAAAAAGAAGUACACAUUACCAACAAAGAGGCUGGAAAUCUUGGAAAACCCUGAGAAUAGUCUGUGGAUUUGCAUAAACUAAUUAAACAUUUGCUCUGAGUGUCAAACCUAUUCACAAACACCCAAAACCUUUAAUCUGGGAUCAUCUGGCAAUUAUGCAAUCAAGGGUCUGUUUCCCAGCUAGGACACACAGUGAGGAGGGUAUAUAAUCAUGCAGAACCUCAGAAAUAUACCUCAAACUUUGCAUCUCUGCUAAACUUUACAGUUUCUCUUAGUCUAGUUUGGAUUGUGGCUUAAAUUAAUGGAAAUGAGGCUGGAACUCCAACUAUCACUAGUGUCUCCAUUGUACAGAUUACAAAAGCAUUAAACCUGAUUUUACUUUACAGCUUAUUUCUGAAAGAAGUCCUUACUUCUAAAAGAAUAAGGCCAAUUAAUAAAUUAAAACUAAAUCCCAUAGUCUUUCUAUGAGAGAUCCUGAUUGGGUGAUACAUUUAGUGUGUAGCUGGUUCCAUCUGAUGGCGGCUGGAUUCACGGGGAGCUGGUUUUGAAAGAUUGUAGCCAACAGGAUGGUCUGUAAAGGACCUAUUAGAAUUAAAAACACCAAACUGUCAUUGCCAUUAAUUUUUAUAACGUGCACUUCAAUUGAGUUCACUUUAACAUUGUUUUGGUUUCUACGCUAACUUACUUCCAGUCAAACUGUCCGCUGGCUGGCUGGCUAACAGUGCAAAAAUGUUUCUGGAGUUGACUAAUUCAAGCAAGUUAUUUAUACGAAAGAAGAUUAGGGCCACAAGAAGAGAAAAAAUACAGGAGGGAGAUUUUUUUAAUUAACAUUUCAGGAUCAAAGUCAAAAUUUUAAAAAGGUGAAAUUAAAUGCCGUGUGGUUUAAAUUUGUCAUAGCCAUCCAUGUGCCAGAGGGCAUUGGGUCCUCUGCUUCGGUAAUGCCUGCGCCUCAGAUGCUGGGCUCGUCUGUGCUCCACGCCUUCAGAAUCUAUCAACUUGAUCAGUUGUCUUAUUGUAUCUUGUGAUACAUAGCCUCGCUGUAUGGCACACAAGUGUAACCAUUGAUAACCCUGUAUCUGCAUCAUAAUCUUCGGUACGGUCUUUUCAGAGUCUGAAUACUUAUAAACCACACUAUGUUUGUGUGCUAAAAGAGCAAGGAUUUCCUUGUUACUAAAUGCAAUUCUAGAGUAUAGCUUUACAAACUGUUCUACAGAGGACAUGUUGUCAAAUGACGAGCGACAACUGAUUCAUUAUCAUUCAUUUCAGCAUUACGAUUUUAUUCAUGAAAUUUUAUCUUUAUAUGCGUCGACUUCAAUCUCGUAAUUUUGACUUAAAUCUCGAGAUUUCAACUUUAUUCAUGUCGACUUUAAUCUUGAAAUUUUAACUUCAAUCUCAAAAUUUCAAUUUUUAAUCUCGAAAUUUUGACUUUAAUCUUGAAAUUCUGACUUUAAUCUUGUUCCUGUAAUUAUUGUUUUUUUUUUUUUUCUCUUUAUGUGGCCAAAUCCUCUUUAUGAUGGUUUGGAACAAGUUUUUUUAAUCUCCUCGUGGUUCUACAGCCCACUGUCUGGGUUUAGAGGGGCGAGGUCCACAAUACCUGGCAGAGAACUUAAUUAAUGCUGAGUAGAUCAAGCAACGUUGACUGGUCUUUUUUUAAAUGGAAGAAAAUAACACAUCUAGUCAAAGCAACACUUUCUCAGUUGUAUUCAGAUGUAUGCCACUGAGGCUUGACUGAAAUGAAACUACAGCCACAGUAAAUGAAUCCAGCAGAGAGGGGACAAUGACUGGAGCUGCAGGGCCUCAGGUGGCACAUGCUGUGUCGAUGAAGGACAUAAUAUAAAAUGGCUUUCAUAUUUCAAAUUUGUAUAAUAAUAUGAAUAUUGAAAACAUUUAUUUCCAUCUCAUUAUCCAUGACUUUACAAGUUCAGGCCCAUACUGGUCUGACAACCUCACCCUUCAAACAACAACCACCUGUACAUCACAUCCUUAAUGAUAUUUAUAUCUUACCAUCAAAUACAUGAGUGAUAUUUCUUAGUGUUGAUUGGCCUUUUUAUUGAGGUAAACAUCUCACAUUUGGAGCUUCAAGACAGUGUUGUUUUUGGUGACAUUUAUGAAGUGAUUUGACCCGACUGUAACCCUGCAAACCUUCUUUGUGCUGAAUGAAUCUGCAGGAGUGCUUAGAAAAUAAAAAAAUGUUUAGAGUUACACCUAUGAGGAGAUUACUGAAAAACAGAAGAAUCCAGGUGUCUUUUAGUAGACUGAGCUGCUCAUAUUCUCCUCAUUUACAUGGUUAGUUUUGGAUGUCUAAAGAUUUUCAGGGGCUGAGUUCAUGUUCUGGAUAAUGAUAUUGAAAAAACUGAGUUCAGGAGGGCAGAAGAAGGGAUUUUCUGUGGUGAUGGGAGAAAAUUAGAGUGAGUGGAGGAGGAGGAGGAUGAUUCACUGAGGUCACCCAUUCAACCCAACACAGUCACACGCACACACACACCUGGUGUAUUCACUGACACUAAACAGCCGAUGAGUCAUCAGAGCAGCAGGCAUGUUUGGACAGUUUAUAUAGCAGACCAUUCAGCUGCAGCCUGCAGAACUGUGUGUGUGUGUGUGUGUGGGAGAGAGAGAGAGCAAGCGUGUGUGUGUGUAACAUUAAUUGGAAAGCUGGAUGUUGUCUCAGUAGGGCCGUGCUCUCUCUGAUGUUAAGUGUUAAAUCUGUGUUUGGGCCAAACGAACCCUCACAGUUGACCGAAAGUUCACAGCUGGAUGAAGAUAUGCUACAUUUAAAUACUCUGCAUGGGUCACUGCAAUAAUUUUCUUACCAAUUAAAUUAUAAUGUGAUGAUUUCUGCCCCAGAAUUCCUGGUUACAUAAAAACAAAACAAAAAAACAAAUGUGAGGGAGGUUAUCACAAACCUACAUGAACUUGGAAACAUUUUAAUGAUUCAGGAGAGACAGCAGUCUAAACAGCAGACAGAAAAAUAAAUACUAAUGUUAUAGCAUAAAAACUUUAACAUGUCAAUAUUUUUAACGUCACAUUUUCCCUAAAAGACAAUUAACAUUUUAAUAGGAAUAAAUUUAUGGUAAGCCAAUAAAAAAAACUAGAUUUCCAUUACUUAGCAGAUGCAUCUAAGCAAAUGAGUCUUCUGCCCACAAAUGGGUGCAUAAGGUCAACAGUAAUCUUACUACAUAUGGAAGGCAGACUACCUUUUUACAUCAAAACCUUCCCACAUGCAUUGACUUGACUUGACUUGUAAUGCUUCAUACUGCUGAUUAAAAAGCCUUCAUCAUUGUAGCAUUCAAAGGAUAGCUUUGAAGAGUUUCUAACAUGUAUUUUUGCAGAUCAGCUGUCUUUAAAUGUUCUGGGAAGUUACAAACUUAUCUUGGCACAAAUGAUUUACUCAUACAGACAUCUCAUAGUUAUUUUUGCAACUUUGUCGGUGUGAAGACUGCAGCGAAGUUGGUAAUUGGUGAGCUUUAGAGGGGUUUCUGACAAAGUAAAAAUAAACCGUCCAGAGCACCAUGUCUGUACAGUCAGGGGUUAUUUUUUCACCCCAGUGACGCCAUCCUUCAUGACAUACUUUGGACUCGCGGGUUUCCAGUAGACUUGAAGUAUGAACAGACCCAGAGAGCAGUAUUUGGGUUAGCCCUGGCUGCAGGAAAUGUCACUAUCACAGGCCAAGUUAGAUGCAUUGGCUUUUACAUCACUACUGGCACCACUGCUGUAACGGUGGAAAUCAGCCAACCCACCAUUACACUCUGAAUGAAUGGAGGAGAGGUCUGGUUUCAGCUGAAGCUUAAAAAUCCUCAAAGGUUCAACCAGGACAACUGUGUGUUUAGUUCAUUUUAAAUUUUGAUGAUUUCACAUGAACCAUAUUGUGGUAAGAAAUAGUCUAUAGGUACAUUAUUGUCAGGUGCUGUGGGUUGAGCUUAAUAUAUCACACUAAAUUCAUGCCACUUGAGCAGUUAUGAACAUUACAUUCAUUUGUUGUGACUGUGAUUUUUUUCCCUCUUUCCUUUCUAUCCUUUCGACUGCUCUCUGUGCUGAAAGCUCUGAAUCAUAACCACACUUUCUCGCUGUCCGCUUGAUGGAUUGCUUCAGUAAUUGCAGGCUCGAUGUUGACGCAUUAAAUCCAUGUUGAGUUUUUGAAAGGCAGAGAGUGGGACUCUCUUUUUCUUUCAUUGGCUCUUUCAUGGCUAAGACCUCCCGGGGGGCGAUCAGCCUUUAUGCUCCUCUGCAAAGAGGAAUCAGCCUGCUGCUGAAUAGCAGCAAUUAUUAUCCUAGGACUGGAUGCUGCUGUGAGGAGCUCACAUUUCCAGCUCAGUUUAUAUCUGCUCAUCUCUUUCAAGUUCAUGUCUACUCGCUUUAGUGCACCCCUUUUCAUCCCUGGGACUUCAACUCAAAUCCAAACCUGUGUAGUAUAUUUCAUCACCCCCUGGAUACCUCAGUUCAGAGGGGUUUUAGCAAAUACAAAUCUUUACUUUCCAUGAAUGAAACACAAAUAAGAGGAGACCUCACAAUCUCUCUCUUUAGCUAACACAAAUUGUAACUUGCACAUCCAGGUGGACAUUACCAUACGAUAAUAUUGUAAAAUUUGUUUGAUAAGAUUGUAACCUUACUUGUUAAAAAUGCAGUUGUGGUACCAGAGCAGUAGGUAUGAUGGAGGCACAGCAGUGAGGUCCAGGCUGUUAGGCUUGGGCUGGUUACCACUUUCAAGGUAUUCUCCCACAGUUUUACAGUCUAAAUCAUGCUGUUAGCACAGAAUGAGGAAAGCUCUUCAGUGAACAUGCAUGAAGCAGAUAAACUGUAAGAUAAGCGUAGUUAGGUCACAUACUAUAUUAGUCAACUCAGCUUGUUCUGCAAGGAGAAGGGAGCAGCAAGAGUACAGAGAGAGAAACAGCUUCAUACAUGGUCUUUUUCACAGGACCUGGACUGUCUCUACUGUCACAUUAGCAGCUCUGUCUGUGUGCUCAUAGACCCACUGUUUGACAAGGUGCUAGGAGAACAGAUGCUUGUCAGAUGACCAUCACAGACACAGACACAGAGACAGAGACGUCUGUCUCAAUGUUGCACCCAAAUGGUGACCUUUCAGUGGAUUUUAUUCUGUCUUCCUGAGGUCAAUACUCUAUUAUUCAGUGUGUUUGUUGGGAUUUGUCUUCCAAAAUCACAAGAUACAGCUGAAUACUGCUGCAUGGUGCUCUUUCAAAAUAUUUGUCCUCAAAUUAAAAAGAGGUCUAAGCCACUGACAUGUCCACAGUGGCUCAACAGAUUUUUUACCAUUUCAACUGCUUGCAUUGCGGUUUGAACUUUGAAUAGUCCUUGCAAAUCUCUUUUGACUCCACCAAGUUCUUGUUUCCAGGCUGAUAUUCAAGGCAGCAAAUGAGGAUGAACUGUGAGUGAAGGAUCUGGGUUUCUGCGUGUGCAGUUCUCCCCCCGUCGUCCUCUGAUUCUCCUUUCUUUCCUCUCCUGUCCCACUUCCUGUUGGUCGCCUGCAGGCAGAACCUGACCGACCAAGUGACACACACAUACAUACACACAUACACACAUACACACGCACACACGCACACACAAAAGGGAAGAACUACACUAAAGGACAUCAUUAUGCUUGGUGAGUAGUGUGGAUGGUCUUUCUGCUUGAGUGGAUGAAAGUAACCAGUCAUCUAAUGGCACAGCAGCUGAAGGAGAGAAAGCAAGUCCUCCUCUCUUUCUUUGGAAGUGUUUUUGCACAAACAUAAAAGCUGGUAGCCAUUUAGACCUGUUUUAAGUGAUUUCCUGUCCUCUUGCUUUCAUAAAAACAAACAAACAGAAUCUUGCUGUUAUCCACUGGAGCCCCCUGACUCUGACUGGGUCGUCUGCCGUGUGUGUUCUUCACAUUAGAAUAUCAAUUUAAUAAUAAAAAUCUGUUACACCUGCAGAUAGACCUUUAUUUAAAAAAAUCUGGUAAGGUGAGAAUUAAGUGUUGUUUAUUUCCAGUCACUGUUUGUGUGACAGCCUAAUAAAAGAAAGUUAAAUAUCUAAUUUGGUUCAUAAGACAUACAAACGUGUCAGGCUGAGACUAAAUGUAGCUUGCCUGCAGUUAUAUAAACUAAUCUUUUACGUGUUACUGCUUUGAUGUUUGGCCUUCAAAGUAUCCAAGUGAGAGGCUGUGUGGGUGUCAUAUCUUCUUGAAAGACACAUUCAGUUAAAGUUAAAAAUCUGUGCACUUGUACAAUUUGAAAAGCACACAUCUCAUGAGAUCUGAUCUUUAAAUUCUGAAUUUUGGACUCUUUUAUAAGUGGUCUCAACUCAGAUUCAGCUUUUGUGGCUAAGUGAGCUUCAUCUGCAAGUCAUACCAAAAUGAUUUUUUAUUUUUUGCUUCCCUAUACAUGAUCUUUCUUACUUUGCAGGCAGAUGGAUUUUGAAAUGUAAAGCUAUGACUUUGCACUCUCACAUACCUGAGUACAGGAGUAGCAGCCAUUGGGCCACAGAAAGCACAUAUGCAAUCACCUGCUCAUGAAUUUGGAUAGUUUAAUUCAACACUUAUUUAAUGAAAAGUAUUAUGCUGUUUUUAAAGGCUUCUAUUUCUGGAUUGGUCAUGACUGGAAUUUAAUGCAAUUAUUUUUCCUAACUGUUCUGUAAAAAAAUAUAAACAUUAUAGUUUGAUAAAACAACAUUUUUCUACUUCUAAACAUUGGUAGUAAAGCAAAAUGGCGCUGCUGCCUACGUGCACACCCAAUAUACUCGAGAGGUCUGCCCAGGUUAACUGCUAUCCCGCGGCUCUUUCCUCACUUGUCACCUUCUGCUCUCUGUUCAUUUGCUUCUCUGUCCACUGUCCUGGGCUUUUUUUGAUAAAGGCAUAAGCUGGAAAAUAAAUCUUUAAAAGAUCCUGUGGUAAAAAGUAGUAACAAAGGAGGAACAGAACCAUUGUCUCUCUGUGUGCUAACUAUUAACAGAGACAUUAACUUUAAUGAUUAAUUAUGUUCAAAAUAACAGAAAUUAAUAUUUAUAUUGACGUCAAAGCAGAUUGAAAGUCCAAACACACUAUAUCAAUCAAGAGUUGUGGAUUAUUUCAAAUCUUCUCAGGCCUUAUACUCUUUCUCAUGUUGUCUGCAUUUCAUGACACUGUAAGAAAGGAAGGUUUCGAAUCCUUCUUUCCCAGGAAAACAACCUCCAUGUUACUGCUUCAGACCAUUUGGUUCAGUAGGAACUGAAUUUUUCAGCUCCCAAAUGGCUUUGCAUAGUACCAUCUUGGUGUAGUCGCCUUUAGAGCCAAGUCACUUGCGGCUGACACAAAGGCUAUCCCCAUUUCAGUGCAUUCCUGCAGUUAAGUAACAUUAAAACAGCUGCAAUGAACAAUGGAGUUUGCAUGCUCUCCCUUUGUGGGUUUUCUCUGGGUAUUUCUGCUUCCUCCCACAGUCGGUGAUUCUAAAUUUCCAGUAGGUAUGAGUGUGUGCAUGAAUGGUUGUUUGUCUCUUUACAUGCCUGUUGCCCAAUGGCAGCUGGGAGAGGCUCCUGCCCCUCAUGACUUUUAAGGGUUAAGUGAUAAAACUAAUGAAUGGAUGCCAAAAAUUAUCAAUUAACAAUUAACGAUUGUUAAUUAUCAAUUAACAAAGUAACGAUUUGACUGAUGCUUUGUGUUUUUACCAUUGUACAAUAUAUAGUAAUACAUACAGUGUACCUCCAUUUCCAAUCCACAGUGAGUCCUCAAGUUUGUAGUAUGAAUAUCUGCACUCAGGCUCACAUAUAUAAGUCACUUUGACUUAUCAUAGUACAUUUCAGAUAUCUGAUUUGGAAAGGUUAAUAUUGUAAAAAAUAAUUAAAAUGCAGGUAUAAUCCUUGCAAUGGACUACUGGUCCCAACAGUCAGCCGUGUUCACCUUUUGCAAACGAUGAAGGUAGCGUUCAAAUGCUGAAAUCUAAGUUCUAUGAGAAGAGUUUGAAAUUACUCAACCAGAAAUAACAGCCGUGCAUUUAAAUCAGUGCCAAAAGCUAUCCUCCCCUCUGUGAAAUAAAUGAAGUUAAGUUGGACUUCAUGCAUCCUCUAACACAGAGAGGAGGCAGGCUGUCAGAAUGACCUACAGGCUCAUCAUCAUCAUUGUAUAUAAAACCAGCCAAUUCGGCCAGAACGGCUAAUUGAGAGCUGAGGCUAACCAGCAGGAACACCCCCAGGCUCAAAGCAUGUGUGUCUGUGCGCCCACAUGCGUGUGGGUGUGUGUUUUGUGUGUAUUUGUAUUUCUUCUGAAGCGUGGUGUAGCUCAUUUGCCUCUCACCAGGUUUAAAGGCUAUGCUAACAGGCUAAGCUGACGGAGAUUAGCACUGCUGUUGUUGUUAGCAUUGUUAGCAGCUCUGCUUGCAGCCGGAGAAGUUGUAGUGCAUUCAGUGAUGCGUUCACUGGCAGCAGUGCUGACAGUGCUGUUUAGAGUAAAGGAUGUUGUGUGAAAUCAAGUUAAGCUUGCAACUGUUGUGUAGUUUUGGUGAGUUACAAAUCAUGAUCCAGCACUCAAACUAAUUUAAACGACUGUGUCACCAUGAAAGUUUGCCUUGUGGUGCAACAGUCUGCUCAUCCGGAUGCUAUACCAGGCAAAACAGCAUGACUGAUCUUUGAAGCCACAUGAACCUUAAAGGUCAGCUGGUCAUCAGUCAUGACACCAAAGCUGCAGGCAGACUUAUUGGGUCUGGUUUCAGAUGGUCCAAGCUGGAUAUUAAUCUGUAGUUCCACAGAGGGACCAGCUGGAAUGACAAGAUGCUCAGUCUUGCAAGAGUUGAGCUAAAUGUGUCAUUCUGUCGUCCACUAUGGCAACAAAUGAUAAAAAACCAAGCCAGGAUUUUGUCUGAAAAGUGUGUGCAAAGGCCCAUGAAACUGUGAGAAAAAUGACUGCGCCAAGUGAGGUGGUGUUUACUAAGAAGAGAGGGGGACACUGACCCUUGAGGCAUCCCUGUUGAGAAGCAAAGUAGUUUGGCCGCUCCUCCUCUCCAAGGUACUUUAAAGCUUAAGGAGAUAAGCUUAACCUGUUGCUCCUCUUUUAGUAAGGGAGGUUGACGAAAUUUUAUUGUGAAAAAUGUUUUCUAAUAAAGACUAUUGCUGCAUUCGAGUUACCUCGGAAGUCAGAUGUUGGAGCUGAAAAUGACGUCACACCUGAGUUCCCAGCAUUUUAGUUGCCAAGUUGGAAAAAAGCAAAAUCGGAGGCGUAAACAAGAUGGCUACAUCUACGAAAGUUAUUUUAGCGUUUGCCUUAUAUUCAGACAAGGCAAGCACUAAAGUAACUUUGGUAAAUGUAGCCAUCUUGUUUACGUCUCUAAUUUAGCUUUUUUCUGACUCGGUAACUAUAACGCUAGUAACUUGUGUGUGACGUCAUUUUCGGCUCGGAUUCCUGACUUCUGAGGUAACUCGAACGCAGCAUAUAUCUGAUGUUUUCAGAUUUUUUUCUGUAUCAACAUCAAUAAUACCAAUGAGCCACAAAGUUUACCUACCAUAAAUCUAUUUCCUGUAGUCCAGGUUGGUGUAAAUUUAGCAACUCUAGAAGUUUUGAAAAGUAUAAAGAAGCUCUAUUAAGUAUAAAUAUCUAGGAGAAAAGAGGGUGUAAAUGAAUUCCUCGAGGCCUGGUUUAUCUGAGACAUGCUUGUUUUCAUUUGACAGUUUGUUAAUGGAGGCAGCAGCAGCAGCGUGCAGCACAGGACCUGGUGGCUCUGUGGAUUCACAGCUCAGUGGUCUUCAUUAAGAUGAUGACUAAGAAAUUAUCUGUCCAGCAUCCCACUGCCAAUCUGCCCCGCAGCCAUCAAUGUUCCCACGUUCUGCUGGCACUCAAACACUUAAAGGCAGACACAUUUUAACUACACACAGAUUUUCUCAAACACUCACAACCCCCCUCGAGGGGUUAUGUCACUCCCCAGUGUUAUUCUGAAAAGUCUGGAAACUGAAUUUAAGCUACUUAUUGUGAGGAGAGUGAAAGAUAUUAAGUGUGUUUGAGAGAGAAGUUCUUAUCAGGCCCUUAAAAGAAGAGAAGAUAUAGACUUUAUUUUAGGAGAAUGUUCUUCCCUUAGAGGCACUUAUUAGACUUCUUAUCCAUCCACUUAUUAUUCUUGUCUCCCUGCAGACGGCUGAUAUCCAGCGGCAUCAUUUUAGGGCAAAUAUGAGAAGCAAUAUUUCCACAAGACUUUCUCCAGCGUGACAGCUUUGACUUAGUAUAUCCUGCUUCUGGCUAGAAAACAUAACGAUUUCAUGUUUCAUUGAUUUGUUUGAACAGAAUAUCAUGUCCAGAUUGCACAACAGAACAGUCCACUGCCGCAUUUUCCUCCAAGCAACGAUUAGAUUUACUUCUGCUGAACUGGAGCUGAACAGAUAUUAUUAUAGAUAAUACAGUAUCUGACAAAACCCUUGAUGUUUAUUAGAAAAACAGACCACAGAGCAGCAAUAGAAACUAGCAACACUGACCAGCAAGCUCUCAAGCAAGUGACAACAGUGUAGACUAUUUUUAUGUGCUUUUAGCGAGAUAAACUCAGGGCAUUUUUCACACAUGCCAUAGGGUUGUCGACUUUUUUUUGCUUUGUUUGUGUUCCCCCUUUUCACUCUCUCUUUCUGUUCCUCCCGAACCGCUUGUAUGAGGCACAUCCAGCUGCAGCAGAUGGCUGUUCAACACAAGUCUGGUUCUGCAUGAGGUUUCUUCUGUCUGUUAAAAAGUUUAUUCCUUGUCACUGUGGCUACAUGUUUUCAAAUGCUUGUUUGUGGUAGAUUAAUGUUAGUCUCUCAAGAUAACCUCACUAAAGAUAAAGUCAUGGUCUGCUCUUUCUCUUGAUAUCAACUCACAGAAAUAAGGACCGUUAACUCAACAGGGACUUGGUGCGUAAUCAGCACCCUGGACAGCUGCAAAGACAGUUCUGCAUGCAUAGUCAGCUUUCUGCUGGGUUUGGUUUGGGUCGGUAUGUCAAAUAGAAUAUUCGAGUGCAGACUCUGAGAAAGAGGUUUUUUAUUGAGAUGAGGAAGUCACCUGUUGAACAAACUCUAGUAGAAGGCAGGCUCAUGUGAUUUGUUUUCAAAGUCAAACUGGAGGAAAAUGUCAGCAGUGUGGAAGAUGCCUGCUGUUUCUCAAGAUAUAUCAACAUGUUAGACAUGCUCCAGUGACACCUUUUUAAAUAGAGGGAUGGACAGGUUAUGUGGUCGGUUAUUUCUCACUUGGUGAGAUGCAUUUGUGUUACAUUAUGCUGCUUGUUGAAUGUGACUGCAGUGACUCUUCCCACUGUGACUUUACAUAUUCUAAAAGCAUAGUGCCUUGAGGGAAGAGCUUCCUCAUCCCAGUCCAUGGACUGACAGGUACGCACAAGCACAGUCAAUUCAGAGAGAAAUAUAAUGCAUGAAAGCUAGUCAUAGCAAAACUGGGGGGAAAAAGCCAUUUCUGAGCGCAAAUUGAUCAAGCCAUACCAAAAUAGCUCAGUACCAUGUUAAGAAGUGUGGUACCCCUGUGAGCGAGUUAUAUGUACUCAUGCUAAUUCACAUGAGUGGCAAGUUCUGCUGAACUUUUCCAACUUUAUCUGAGUAGGAACUGAGGUAGGCUGCAAUGUCAGCUUGCAGGUUCUUUCUGUCUGUGCCUGAAUAAACAAAGAGUAUCCCUGAGUCACAACAUUAAUAUUCACAAUAACAACACAACACAGAAGCCCACUGGUUACACAGGCUAUCUAAAGCACAUGCUUGGCCCUUUAUGCUGUUAGAAGACAGACUGAACUCUUUAUAUUCACUUAGCAUGUUUGCACUAAUGAAUAAGUAUAUGGCAAUGAAGAGGAAAUAGUGAGAAUGCAUAAACCUUAUAAGAGCAUACUACAGAGAAACAUGACAUGAGCUCCUCAGGUCUUUCAUGCUGUAUAGUGUCACUUAGUUAAAAGCAUAGACUGUAUAUAGAAUGGACACGGUUUGCCUCCUCACUGGGUGAAGCCACCACAAGAACAGCACCCUCUGGUGACAGGCUGCAGUAUAAAUCAUAAAUCCCGCUUCCUCCAGCCAUCCUUAUGGAGCUGUGGACAAACUUUAAACAUUUAUUACACAUAAUGUAAAUUUUUCUCCCCCCCUGCUUGCGAUGUUGACAUGUAGUUACUGUAAGACUGGUUUGUGUUCAAGUCCUCUUAAUUCUAUACAGCUCCAUUUUUAAAAGUUAUUGGGUGGGGGUGGGGGGGGGGGGGGGCGUUCAUGUUUUCUAUAAUUGACACUUGAUACAGCCUAUGAGCAUACAAAAAUUGCGUAGUUCAUCGGGGGAUAUGCUAUUUAAGCAGAGCGUCAUCACAGUGACUCUCUUGCCGAAUGUGUACAACACUACCACACAAGGGGUGGUUCCAGGAAGUGGAGAAAAUCCCGGAAAUAUUGAGAGCAGAGCGGACAGAAGGCAGAGCCAAGUUGUCUGUAGUAUAUGCAGUCCGUGGUUAAAAGUUUGAGCAGAACAGGAAGGUCUGGAUGUUGCAAGUAAUGAAAAUGUUAUGAUAAGAUUCUCUCUCUCUGGUGUGCUUGACUACCCCUAUAAGGAGGAUUUUGGGAAAGCAAGCUAUUGUUCUGUUACACACACACACACACACACACACACACACACACACACACACACACACACACACACACACACACAAACACCCCACUUCUCACCUCCAUGCUGAGAGAUGGAGUGGAAGAGACAGAGGAGGAGAUUCCUCUCACUAUUUAUAGACGCUGCCCUGAUUUCCCCACCUGCUAUAAAUAAACUCACCUACACUGAAUUUAUUCACAGCUGCGUGUCUGGUGCUUGUAAGCUGCCUGGAAGGGAGAGAGAUGCCUCUUUUUUGAAGGACAGCAUGAAGAAUGAGACUGUGGAUGACAUACACCAAAUGGUCCCAGAUCAAGAGUCAAACUUGUAAUCCUAAAAGAGGGCCCAGCCUAAGUAUGAGCUAGACGUCACCUCAUGCCAUCCUUUUUUAAUGGCAGCAUAGAAUGGUGAGGUGGUCAAUGGUCAGCUUUUAAUGCUGCUGAGAAUCUAGCCUGAGGCUCUCAUCGGGAAGACAGGGAGGGGAAGAUUUUGACAGGAAAUGAGGAUUUUUUUUAUUGCAGGAGAGGGUUUUUCAGCACUUACAACACACACACACCCGCACACUCAAAGAGACACACAAAUUUCUAGUUAAUUUAUUAUUCAUAUGGCAUUUACAAUAUUAAUCGGAGGAUGUGUGCUCAUUUCAAUUUAAUUGGCCCUUUUAAAAUUGAUUGUGUGUGUGUGUGUGUGUGUGUGUGUGUGUGUGUGUGUGUGUGUGUGUGUGUGUGUGUGUGUGUGUGUGUGUGUGUGUGUGCGUGUGUGUACGUGCGUGCACGUCUUCAUCACCAAGUGGUUCUUGUGAUGAAUGUUUCCACAUUGCUGCCUUCAGUCAGAUCUCCCCACUGGCAGCAGCAACCUCUCGGUGCCUCGUCUCUCUCAGAGGCGAAGCUUUGAUCUGCAGGAAACCGACACUUCUGCUCAUUUUCUGCAGUUUCCAUUCAGACAGUUCGUCACUUGUCCUGUCUGUGAACUGACUGACUGCAUGUAAGAGGCUAAUAUUUAGCAUAAGUAUUCACUCUUGUUAAAAAUGUAGCAUCACUGCAGUUAUAAAUCUGUCUGUUGUCUGUUCAAACAUCUCCUAGAAGACAAAUAGAGCCCCCUUUGGAAAAGCUGUCAGAAUCAGUCAUGUGGGCACUGAAGGCCUUGUGAGCAAAAACUGCUUAAAAGAAACUGGUAGAGUAGUUUAGCUGCAUUCAAAGCAAAAGCAAAUCAAACAUAUGCCCCAUGGUACUAUGUAUUAAUAUUUUGCCACUCAGAGUGUCUGUUAUUAUAGAAACCUAGUAAGGCAGUCUGUACUCUAGAGUCUUACAUAAACAACAUAAUAGCUUCUGAAAAAAUCUGUGUUAUUCAAAGUCCCACUCCAGUUGUUUUUGUUUUUACUACUUGAAGUGUUAUCAGUGGUCUUUAAACUGUGAUUUUGAAGUUUUUAGCCAAAACCACGUUAACUGUGUCGUUUUCAAGGGCUUUUCUUAAGCAAUUUGCCUCUGAGUCGUGGGCAGAGACAGCGCUGCUCUGCAAACUCCUCUUCGAUUUAGCAUGUAGCCCAAAAUUGCCGGUGUACUAGAAGAAACCAGUAACAUAGGAGCUAAUCAGCUCUCUGACACUAUUGUCUUUAUGUACAUGAUGAAAGCUAACAUCAUGAUUAGAUUCCUUAUGAGCAUUUUAAUCCGCUAACGGACACGCUUGUUCCGCGAUCGUCCUCUCUAUUUCUCCAAGCCUGGUCUACAUAGUGGGGCUCUGGGGGCGGAGCUUGGAUUGGUUACAUAGGAAAUCUCACUGUUCCUGAACCUGCCAUUUGGGUCUGCCAGAGAUUCACAGCGAUUUGAAUGCACAAAUACUGAGAAAUGCAAUUCUGGACUUCUUUUUCUCAUAUGUCCUGUAGCAUCAGAAUAAUGCCAUAUGAGCAUGUAGACAACAAGAAAAACAUGAUUUUCAUCGGAGUGGGUCUUUAAGUUUAACAGUUAGAUUUAUGCUCAAAUACUUCUUUUCGGAGAAAUCUGUUUUAAGUGUUUAAUUGUUUACAUCAAAGGGGUGAAACCUUCUGGUUUGACAGCUUUGUUGACAAAUGCAAUAAGCUUCUUUACCUGAUCAGCAGAGUAAAGAACUGCAAUAACCACGAGGCUUUGUUUCAAUCCUGCAAAUAUCGCCUUUGUUGCUGCUGACUGAACUUUCUUGAGGGAUCUUUGUUGUUUUAACAGUGGGUUAUUUGUGUGUUUUGAAUAACAGAGGGGCUUUGAAAAUCGGUGCUGUUUCACUUGUUGAUCAUUAGGCACAGUUGCACGAGGGCCCCAAAUGAUGUCACUAAUACAAGGUGCCAACAUUGUUUUGGCAUCACUUUCUUUAUUAAGUGGAGCUGGAGACAAAUCCAUCUGUACUGAGAGUAAGAACUGCCCAGUGAAUCAUGAUACAAUACAAUGUUUGGCUCACAAUAACAAUAGUAUCAUGAUACAGUGAGAUAGCUGAUAUGUGGCCAAACAAGCAUUUAUUUAUACAUCAUGAUAUCUAAUUGACAGAGGAAUACAAAAAUGCCCCCAAAAGGCAAAGUGCAAGAUUAAUGUGUCUAUUUGAGUACAGUAUACAGUUGUAUUUACAGUGAUGUCAGGAACUGUAGACAGACCUUUCAGUCAGCUUCAUUCUUCUGUAACCCGCAGUGACAAUUCUGCUGAAUGAGCAUUACUGUGAGUCUUGUCCAUCACACUAGAUUGAAGCAAAUAGGAACACAUUUGCCACUCAUUGUCAGUGAAAUUGCGAAUAAUGAUCAUCGACCCAUCGUCAAUGAGUGCAACUCCUUAUGUAGACCGGAGUGUAUCCACCACCUUUGCUCUCAUCUCAAAGUAAGGACUCAUUUUUGUUUUCCUUUCUUCUUUUUAGUUUUAGAGACUGCUUUAGCUUUGCUUAGCCUUAGUCCACCACAGUCUGAAAUCCUGCUGUCUUCCUCUGGUAAAAUGCUGUCAUCAACAUCUUUUUAGGCUGACAGGCCACUCUUUAUGUCCCCCUCAUUCAUGUCCUAUAUUCAGCACUGUGAGGAGUCAUUACGUAAUAACAAUAUGAGUCAAAUUGUUAAGGUAAUUACAGUUCUGUAUUUUUUAAAUUUGAUUGUUAUGUAAUUAUUGUACAAGUCAGGACAAUGACCUAUAGACAUAUCUAUAUUUUGUCUAAUCCUUAACUUUACACGAGCAUACACUCAGUGGUCUUUACAACACUUAAUAUAGCAACUCUUAUUAUUAUCAACAUAAAACAAUUAAACCACUGACUCAUAAGAUAAAAGAAAAAAAAACUAAUCUGUUUUAUCCAAAAUUACUUUAAUAACAGCCUCAUUUCUCUGUCUAACGUGCUCCAGGUCAUUCACUGAUAAAUCACAUUAUCAUUGCUACACUCUAUGUUCACACACACACACACGCACGCACGCACGCACGCACGCACGCACGCACGCACGCACGCACGCACACACACACACAGAAACGCACAUUCUGGAUUUCCUUUUGGCUAUUUAUAGAAGCUCAGCUUGCUUUUACAGCUACUAAUAAUAAACAGUUGGUUGUGUGUGUGUGUGUGUGUGUGUGUGCGUGUGUUACCUGUGCUGAGCUGUUUCCACACAGACAGAUGGCAGUUUAUCCCAAGGUCAUGGUCACAGACAGUGUAGAGAUGUAGGAAGUAAACGCUGUCAGGAGGGAAAAUGAAAACAUUAAAACAAAUGUAAGAAAACGAGGAACAAAAAUCAGGAAACAAAACAAGAGAAGAAGGUUUAGUUUGAAGCCUCAGACAGGAGAGGAGGAGGAGGAGGUGGAAAGAGACUUCUAUGGCAAAGGACUGGAGGUUUUUGGAGGUGUAUGAUGAGCUAAGAUGUAGAAGGAAUCAGCAAAGCGUCAUGGCAACACUCCCUGUGAAUACAGCUUCUGGUUUCUUGUCAAUUAAUAGGUUUUAAUGACAUAUAAAGAUUAAUCUAGCUGUGUGGUUCUCUGACUGUAAUUCUUAAAUCAGCUAGACUGCGGCUUAGUUUUUGGUUACAGGCACUGACUUCUUUAACAUUUCAGGGUCAUUUAUGUAUAAUAUAAAAAUUACAAGGUGCAGGAAAUCAUUAAGUUCUUUUUGUUUUAAAACAGAAAAUUUAGAGAAAAGGAAAUUAAAUUCCAUUCAUUUGAUGAGUAUACUGCAUAUUCAAUGGAUGACUGCUAAGAUCAUCAAACACACACCUACACUCACCAACCUGCUUUCCUAUGUGACCCUUUACUGCAUAUGUGGAUAAGUGAUUAAGCAUCCAAGGUUAAAGCUUUUUCACAAUUCAUUUGCAGGUGGAGAUGAAGCAUUACAGUGUGCAUGUGUGUGCGUGUGUCCUUCUUUCAUAAUGGUUUUCCAUGCAGUGUCUCCAUUAUUCUCCACUCUUUCACUCUCCCUCCCACACAGGUAUGACUUUACAUUGAAUCUCUUUCUGCACAUAUUUUAUUUCAGACCAGCAGAGACCUUAAAAGGUUUCUCUCUGCUUGUGCUUGGUUUAAUAGAUGUAAUAGCAUGCUGCCUGAAUAUAUUCUCUUAAAAAGGUCACUGACUCAAAGACCUGCUGUCACCCCCCUCUCCACUCUGUCUCUUGUCAAUGCUGCUCCUAACAAAGAUUUGUUAUUAGUAUUUGUGAAAAUAUUGAAUAUACAAAGGCUUUACUUUUUCUUUUAUAUGUUUUUACUUUAUUGCUUUGGUGAGCUGGUCACAAGCUCAAAUAGGCAAUAACAUACUUUAGUAAAACCACCAAAGCAAGUGUGUUCUGGAUUACAAAAUUGUACUUUUAGGCCCACUAAUAGAGGGCUUUAAAAAUACCAUAACAUUGUUUUAUUUUAAAUAUUAAAUGAUUAGCCAAUAGUCAUAAGGGAUUAUUUAUUAUUUUGGCUGCCUUGCCAUCGAUGGUGAUAGAGGAGACACAGGGUUACAACACUGGCCACUCAAACUGGAGUAAGAAUAAGGUCUAAUACCAACAUUAACUAAAGACUUUCAAUUAGGGGUCUUGUGGUAACAGACAAUAGUACCGUUGUGUUAACAGUGAGAAUAUGGAGUAUAACGAUAACUAGUUGUAUUAUGGACCUUAUUCCCACGAUGGCCAUCUUCUUGUGACAUCAAGCUCAGGGUUGGAAACUUAAAUAUUAUCAUGUUAGCACUGUGUUCCACAUAAUAUUUUAUAUAAACCUUUAUAAAACCUGCCAAAUACUGUAUGGUUUUUAAACUUGAAAUAUGACAUCAUCUCUUACCUGAUUUUGAUGUCUCGCUGUCUUUGUCGCUGCAGGGCUGUGAAAUGACCACAGCUUGUUUGGUGACCAAGGUUAGGGUUUAACUUAUAACCUGAAACACAGAAAUGAGACACGUUGUUACCCAGAGUCAGGUGAAAACAGGUAAUAAUGCAGGGUAAUGCAUGGUAGCUUUGUGUUAGGGUCUAAUUUUUACCAGUUAAAUACAUAAAUCAUCCAAGAUGCAGAGUGUAUAUAAGGACAUAAGAAGAUCUGGGUUCAAGUGCGUGUGCUUGUGUGUAUUUGUGUGUUGUGAUGUUUGACCUUGACUCCACAGUUGUCGUGCUCAAUCCUCAGCUUCUCUACCCUUGGCAAUUUGGUUGUCAUGGCAACCACAGCAGCUAGCAGGCUCAUUGGCUGACAGGUUGAGGAGGAGAGUCGAUGUCGAAGGGUUGUGUGAGAGUGUUUGGUGGGAGUGUGUGUGUGUGUGUGUGUGUGUGUGUGUGUGUGUGUUCACAACACAGACAGCCUCCCUGAGAUCAAUGGAGGCUUGGCGGCUGAUGCACCUGUGCUAUUUCUGUUCAGUUUGAUUCAUCUGUUUUUCAAACACAGUGUCUCCGUGUUUUACACCUUGCUGCUGGGGACAAUGACCUUUUCUGACACCAAACAAUAACACCUGCACAUACACACACACAUGCACACAAACUACUCUUACCUGCAACUUUUUUUUUCUCUUCUCACUCAACUAUCUCUCUCUGUCACCUAGACUCAUGCAGUAAUAGAGCAGAAUAUAAACAGCUGUUAAUGUCACAUCUGGCCCUUUUUUAGGAAAGAGGAAGAUGAGGCAAGGUCACACACACACACACACACACACACACACACACACACACACACACACACACACACACACACACACACACACACAGUGUCAGGGAUCAUUACACCAUCAAUAGAGAGAAGAGGAGACUGCAUCCGUGUGUGUGUGUGUGUGUGUGUGUGUGUGUGUGUGUGUGUGUGUGUGUGUGUGUGUGUGUCGAUAAUGAUGCCAUUAAGCUGUGAGUGUAUUUAUAGCAGGCUCUUUGUAAAGGAGAACACACACUGACCCUCUGAGAGAUGGAGAGGGGGGAGACUACAGAUUUAUAAAAAGUGUAUUUUUGGAAUUAAAAGAAGAUUUAAAAGGUUUAGCAUGUUAGGGUUAGGGUUUUCUAUGAUACUGCAGUAUCAUAGAAAACUACUCAAAACAACUAUUUGCACUUGUUUUUAAAACCCUUUAAAAUAAAUUAAAAAACUUAAAAAAAUUAAUAAGGAGUGAUGAUUAAUUCUCCUUUACAUGUUUUUGUAAAAUAGAUUAAAAACAUCAGCAGCUGCUCUGUAAAAAUACAGACAACAAAAUCCCAAACAGCCCAAUAUCAUAUGGUAUACCCUAAAAAAUAAAUGAUGAGUUCGAUUAAAACAGCGAAAAAACAAGAUUGGUAGGUCAAACUGUGCUAAAAGACCCAUGAGUGUCCUCUGACAGGAUAUUUGAAACAGGCAGUGUAAGGCCAGUCUGAUAGGCAGCUUCAACUCUAGUGGCUUAAUCUGCUUUGAGCAUAAAACUUGAUCUUGGGACAACCAGAAGCAGCUGGUCUGCAAAUCUGAGGUCAUAAAAGGUCAGAAUGAAUAGCCAAAGUUUGUCCAAUAAAUGUUUAGAAGGCAGACAGUCUUAAAAUUACUCCUUUAAACAAAGAAAACCUAGAGAGAUUUAUGUAUAUGGAAAAUAUUUUCUAGGUUGUCUUGUUUUAAGAAAUAGGAUAUAUACAGUAAUCAUGUUGUAAAUGUUUGGUUUGAAAAUGUGUGCUUUGAAACCUUAUGUGGGGCAUUUUAGCUGUCAUAAUUAUUUGAAAUUGAAAAAUUAAACCAUACCAUAAUAUUUAUGUGAUUUUACAAAAAGAGGGAAUUUUAAAACACAACCGUUGCUCUCAAAUUACACGUGUUGAUUUUGCUCUCUCUCAAAACCUUAACCACCAUAGCUUGUUGGACUUUUGACCUGACGACUGAAAUGCACCAAUCAGAAAAGGACGUGUAAAGAAUAUCUGUUAUCUUCAUGCUUUUUUUUCCUCUCUGUUUCUUCUCCUAUCACCCCCCCCCCCCCCUUCCCCCAGUUUGGCGUUGCACCCCGAGCGCUCUCUGGUGGCAACUGGUCAGGUAGGGAAGGAUCCCUAUGUGUGUGUGUGGGACUCCUUCACUGCGCAGACCGUCUCUCUCCUCCGUGAUGGACACACACAUGGCAUCGCCUGCUUGGCAUUUAGCUCUGACGGACAGGUGACACACACACACACACACACACACACACACACACACACACACACACACACACACACACACACACACACACACACACAGUUUAAAGUUUAAUGGUGGAUAUUGUGAUUCAACCAGCAGACUUGGUUGGCUGUAUGUGUCUAACAGAUGGUUUUUGUCAUUAAAGGACAGUCGUUUAUCAACUUAAAGGUCAUGGAGGAAGAAUAGUGUUUUGAGCACACAAACACACACACACUCACGCUGAAAAGGUGGAGAAGAAUAAUGGGAAAGGACAAGUGUAACAAUAGUGAUGAUGACUGUUAGUCAUGAAUUGGCACAAAGCACAAAGGAAACCCUGAAAACUUGACCCGGUAAAUGUUAAAUAUAGUGGUGGAGAGCUGAGAACAGAAUCCCAAGUACUACACUGAUUUGUACCUUAGAGGUACUUGCACAUUAAUCCAUUGUAACAUGUUACAUACCUUUUACUUUUACUACAUUACUGUUGGUCAUAACUGCCUUUUUGUUCAGUUGUAGGUACUGCAGUUUAGCAGUUUAGAAACUGCUGUUCAAAGCGAACCCCAUGAUAAUUCUUACCAAUCCUGUAUAAAUUAAUCUUGAAUCAAAGCUAUGUUUUCAUAAAUGAUAAAUAUUUGUUUUUAAAGGUCCAGUGGACUGGGUAGAAAUGGAAUAUGUUAUUCCCAAGUAUAUAAUCACCCCAGUAUGAAAUAUUGUUUUGAGUUUGAUUGUUUUAUUUAUACAUAGAAGUGGGCUCCCUUCUCUUGCACUGUCCUAGUUCUGCAGUAACACUGAAUAGACAACUCAAUUCAAAAAAACUUUAUCUAUCCAAUAGGGACUGCAUUUGUGUAAAAGCACCAGUGCAAACACAACACAAAGCUAGACAGGCAUCUGACAAAAGGCAGACAAAGGAAACAGGUCAAAAAGUCAGGGGUAAGACUGAGUUCAACUGAAAAUAUUCAUGAAUAAAUAUAUCAGUAAGUAUGUAAGCUAGUAAGUAACAGCACUGGAAGUGGGGUCAGGUAUAGGCCCAUGAACACUGGACCCAUGAAUUGCAACAGUCUCCUCAGUUAGGGUUUAACACAUAACACAUCAAAACAUAAAACUGCAUUAAAACAUUCUCAAAGUUCAAACAUAACAACACCAAUAAUAAUAAUUACAUGGUAAAUAUCUUAAACAAAAAGCUUUACAAAUCAGGAAGUCAGCCCAACAAAAAAGAACAUGAAAUAUUGUUGGUCAAUGUCAGAAAUUGUAAGCAUAGGAAACGACAGGAAAUGAGUUUUGGAUUAGAACUGUUUUUUUGUCACCAAGAGCUAAUGUGGUUUGCAACCAAAGUCCACACAAGCUAAACACAUCAUAAAUACACAGAAACAAACUGUAAAUAUAAAAAAUAAAAACUCCUUUAGGUGUCAUCAUAAUAGAGAUGCAGCAAAAUAUGAGAUAAUAAGUCCAACAGUCUACGCAAUAACAAUAAUCCUUACAGCUUGUUAAACUUCUGCGACAGCAGCUACAGCUGUGGAUGGAACAAAUUACCUUGAGAUCAUUUCAACAGAUAAAAACAAUAUGCACUACACUCUCAAGUACUUGGCUUUGUGCUAUAAUUGGUAAGCUCUAUAAAUUACUAUGUUCUGAUUGUUUAUUUGGCAUUAAUUUGUCAAAGAAGUCAGUUUUUUUUUCAACUUUUACUCAUUUUUCUGUUUUUAAAUUUUGUGUUUUCUUAUGACUGUAAUGAGAAAAAGGACUGUUUAAAAAGCAGGAAACCAGAAUUGCACAGGAAAGACCCACAAGUAGAAUAGUGGGUCACCUCAAGGACCCCAGCUUCAUGGGUUAUGCAACCCAACUUGCUAAGUGUAAAGGCAUAAAGCAUUUAAAAGAAGAAUGUUCACAGAAACACUUAUGCUUUGUCAUUGUAUUUUGCUUAGUCAGCUCAACACUUGUGAUGCCCUGUUGUUCAUGGUCCAAACCUCUGGCUCGUAUUUCCUGCUGACUGCCAGCUUUGAUUUAAUUUAAAAAUGACCAGCAGGUGAAAAGUGAGGAGAAGCACUCUGUGUGUGGCUGCAUGUUGUUACCUGUCUCAGCAACUUACUUGUCAGCCGUUGUUGAGUAUCCUCGAAUGUUACUGAAAAAUACAUGCUGAAACAAAGUGUUGCUAUUCUCAGCUUUCCAUUUGAAACAUCUCUCUUACCAAAGAGCUGAGAUAAAAAGAUGAGCUGAAUGUGAUCACACUGGAAACACUUUUAAAUAAACCAGAAGCAACAGGAAAUGCAUUGAGUUUGGUUUAUCUAUGAUUCAGUCAUAGACAAAUGAAUUAAAAAGAGCCGUAGCAGUAUGACCGUGAAUGAUCCCGACUGAUGUUUCAGCACUUUUUGCUUCUGGCUGAGGAUUGGGUCACAAUGACUUAACACCCCCGGAGUAAAUCAAAGUAAACACAGAAUCAAUAAAAUAAUCAUAAAUCCACUUUAAUAAUAAAUCAAGAACGCAGCCUUUCGGGGCAGAUGAUUUAUUAUGAAGCAGAACCAGAGAGUCUGACUUUUUCCUCUGAUCCUGUUAGACUUUUUAUUUAUGCUACAGAGAUGCUGUUCACAUAUUUUGAAUUCUGAGCUGAAAAUCUCUCUCAAAAAGUUCUGUUCCGUCUAACUUUGACUUCACGCCAUGAAAGUUAAGCAGAACAGACUGUUACCUCGAACAUUUUUCAGAAUGACAAAACAGUUUUUGUAUUCAUCUAAAAUCAGCAACAACAGGCUGUAUUAGGUCGAUAUCUGCCAAAAGACCAUGUGUGUCAUAUUUGAUUGGAAAUUCUCUUUUAUGGGCUUGUGUAAGCUUAGAUAUUUUGAAAUAUGAUGACAUUACUUUAAGUCAGUGCUUGAAGUGGGAAAAAAAUCUUUGUUUUUAUGCAUUAGAUUUCUACAAUCAGAAUAAGACACAAAGGAUAACACUGAUUUCAAAGCAUACAUAUAUAUUCUCUGCACCUCCGUGAUCCUCUCCAACAGGCUGUAUGAAUUAUAGUCAGCAGCUUUGGUGUGAGGUGCAACAAAGUCAUCAGACUCUCUACUGCAGAGUGUCAGGCAAAAACAGACAUAACAGCAUGUGGCUGGGGAUGGGAGGGCUUGAGGAGGAGGCUGAUGCAUCCAGGGACAGAGUGCAGCAGCGUGGCAGAGAUUGGGCGGUAGCGCUGAAAGUUCAAGGAGGCAGUGAAAAGAUGCAGGAAAGCUGAAUUAAUUGCAGAUAAAACACAAAAAAAGCAGAAAAAGCCCAAACAAUUGUAAAUUCAUGAGAGAGCUCUAAAAACUUUCCGAGAUGCAACAUCAGAAGUUGGAAUAAUCUGACACCGGAGAAGCCUCACAUCAUGGCUUGUAUGCAGGUGGUGCACCAGUAAUAUGGUGCAGGUGAGGACAGUUCAGGAGGGAGCCACCCAGUCUCUGUGAGGAAGAGAGAGACAGACUCCACAGAAAAAAACAACUCCAGACAUGCCAACAAAAAGCAAAAAUAUGUUAUCACUACAGUAAUACGAGCUAAAAUGUUAUUUAUUUACAUCAACAACAAAAACUUUUGCUUUUAACAAAUCUGCAAGCAUUCAUUAUCAAGAUAUCUUAUUUGUUUCCAGACUUAUUGGCAUUUAAUAGAAAUUUAAAAAUCUCUUUUCCUCCUCUCCUCCCCUCCUCUCCUCUUCUCUGAAGCGAUUGGCCUCAGUUGGCUUGGAUGCCAAGAACACCGUGUGUAUCUGGGAGUGGAAGAUAGGGAAAAUCCUGGCCACAGCUGCUGGACACUCAGACAGGGUAUUGGAGAGAGAGAGAGAGAGAGAGAGAGAGAGAGAGAGAGAGAGUGUGUGUGUGUGCGCGCUCAUCAGACUUGCAUGCUAACAUCUCUCCCUCCUUCCAGAUCUUUGACAUCUGCUGGGAUUCGUUUCAGCAGAACCGUUUGGUGAGCUGUGGAGUCAAACAUAUCAAGGUAGUACACACACACACACACACACACACACACACACACACACACACACACACACACACACACACACACACACACACACACACACACACACACACACACACACACACACAGUAGGAAUCAUCGGUUCUCAUGAUGCCUUUAAUAUAAAAAACAAUUUAAUGUUCCAUGUAAGAAUGAAAUGGUCCAGAAUAAGUAGUACAGCUUCAUAAUAAAAGCACACAGGGAACCAUUAAUUAUCCACCAUUUAUGAGCUUGGUGGUUUGAAGAUGCGUGUUGGCGGUGAAAGUGUGCAUAAUCAGAGGUAAAAGAAAUUACUGAUUCCUUACUAACAACCUCACAGCGUGUCUAAAUUAUGAAGUCAAUGUCUCAACUAAUUACAAGUAUAUAUUUCAGUGAAAAUGCUUUUACUACAGUGAAAAGUUUUCAGUGUUUUUUCAUGAUUAUAUUUGAUGUUUUUGAAGUUAAGUAACACUAAUGCAUCAUGUUACACAUUUUUGUUGUGUCACUGUCCUCUGAGAAGUCCACUCUUCAUGAGCCUCAGGAAAAGUGCAGUUUUCAGUUUUGCAAUGGUGCAUUUUCCAGCUAAUCCGAGAAGCACUUUGUCUUUGAGAACGAUUUAUGUGAUCACCAUAAAUUCUUAGCACCACAUCACAUGGCUGCAGCAUAAAAUGUGACAAAACAAAAUAUUGGCACUGAAGAACAACAAUGGGAAUGAAAAGUCGCUGAGAUUAACAAAUCCUUUUCAAAGUCAAAUGUGAUGUAGUGCAGAGAGCAAUAGAGGCUGUUCUGAGCACUGAACCAGAGUGAGUCAUGGGUUUGAAAACCGCUGGAUCUACAGUCAGCACCGUGAUUCCCAUGUGAAAGUGACAUUGUCUUUUCAUCUCAUAAUGUCAAGUAACUUAUGUUUUGAAUUACUUUACUGACCUGAAAACUUAUAAAUAACAAUCCCCAAACCAAACUGACAUGGACCAGCUGCUGUAGAAGCAGGUCCACUUUGUACAAACACUGUGUCCAAGAUGCUAACAAGUAAUUGUGUUUGAUCCGGUUGAAAAGUUUAUAUGUUUGACAGAAAUGGGAAAAUAUGUCAUAAAAACUUUUUUUUUUUAAAUUGUUCGGUUCAUGACCAAGAUUCAUAAAUGAUCUAUCAUACAACAUCUAUAAAAAACAGUCCUACAUUUCUUGGAAGAAGAUGAAAAAAAGGAUCGACUGAAUAAGCAGGAAGUUAUCUACUUCAAUUAGGUCAGCCCCUUAGUAUCUGUCUAUUUAUAUCUUUAGUAUUUAUUCAUGGGAGCAUCCCAUUUAAAAAAAGUAUAUAUUGUCCAAUGUAUCAGCCUGUUAGAAACCAUAAAUAGCAUUAUAUAAUAUGGGGGCAGGACUAGAUAAGCUCUAAAAUUCAUUCUUUUCCUUCUCAAACUGUUUAUUUUUGACGUACAGUACAUGUUAGUGUAAAUUUAUCUCUGACAUGUACAGUUGUUUGGUGUACAUAUGUAUUAUUUUGUUUGGUGUUUUUGAUUCUAGUUGCUUUUUUUCUUGUUCUUAAAGCUUGAGAUAAAUAAAAAAGAAAGAAAGAAAGAAAGAAAGAAAUGAGGAAAGAAAGAAUAAACCUGAUGCAUCUGCACUGAACAUGAACGUCUCAUUUCUUCAGAUAAAGGGAUCUGAAGUAUUUCCUCCUCUGUGUCUGAAAAAGUCUUGUGUGUGUCCCCUCUCUUUAUCCAUAGUUCUGGUCUCUGUGUGGGAACGCUCUCACUCCAAAGCGGGGGAUUUUUGGGAAAACAGGCGACCUGCAGACGAUCCUGUGCGUUGCAUCCGCUAAAGAUGACAUAACCUACUCUGGGGCACUCAACGGGGACAUUUAUGUGUGGAAGGGACUUAACCUGAUAAGAACUAUUCAGGCAGCACAUGGGGUGAGUCUCAUACCUGCUCAAUAGUAAUACAAGAAUAACAAUAUUUAGCUAACAGCACCUAAAUGUCUGAUUUCUACUGCUGUGUAAUUUUUUAGUGGUGCAACUCAAGAAGUGCUGAUGCCUGAAUCAACAUUCUCACACUCAUUGCUCAUCUAAUUAUAUCAACACAGUACAGUGGCACAGCCGUGAACUUAGCGGAAAAAAAAAGCUUUCUUGUAGAUAUUUAUGGAGAUCUAUGAUCAUACAUUUCUUCUGUGUAUGUGUUUGCUUAUGUGUGAAUGUAGGCAGGAAUCUUCAGCAUGUAUCCCUGCGAGGAGGGUUUUGCCACAGGAGGCAGAGAUGGCUGUGUCCGACUGUGGGACGUCGACUUCAAACCAAUUACUAAGAUUGACCUGCGAGAAGCUGAGCAGGGAUACAAAGGUACAAAACAAACCCUUGAAAAAACAUCAAGUUGGUACAUUCAUUGUUUGAAAAAGGUGGAUCUAAUGUAGAUCUGCAGCAUUGCUCAGGUAGAAUCAUAGACUGUAUAUAGAAUAGACGCCAUCUGCCUCCUCGAAUACCGCCUCCUCCAGCAAUCCCUAUGGGACUGUGGACAAACUAUAGAAAUUUAUUACACAGAAUAAACAUUUUUCUCCCCCCUGCUUGCGAUGUUGACAUGUAAUUAUUAUAAGACUGGUUUGUGCUCAAGUCCUCUUUUUUCUGUACAGCUCAGUUUUUUUAAGUUUUUAGGGGGUUCAUAUUUUCUAUGAUUGACACUUGAUACAGCCCUUGGCAUAUGUCAUCACAGCGACUCUCUGCAGCUCUCCCACCGAAUGCGUACAAUGCUACUGCACAAGUGGUGGAGUGCAUACAACGCUACUGCGCAAUGUUGGUUUGAGGAAGUGGAGAAAAAACACAGAAAUACAGAGAGCUUUUCGGCUUUAAAUGUGUAUACAGGCAGAAGGUGGAACCAAGUUGUCCAUAGUAUAUACAGUCUAUGGUAGAAUCCCACUAAGCCACAAUAGCAUAUAUUGACAUGACAUUUGCUAUGAAUGGUAGCAUUUAAAUUAAAGUACAAGUACAAGACUAUUUUCAUGUUACGUAUGACUUUACAACAAAGUUAUCUAAGUGCCAGUGCUUGUAGCUUCUCCACUAGCUUUGAUCAUUGACUUGCUAUGUGAGUAAUAAAACUAUGUCUGCUGUUUCAAACCCUAAAAUGAUUUGUAAGCAGUUGUUAUUGUCACUGCCAUUACAAAGCCUCAGUCACACCUACUGACAGGCCUGGAGUUGCAUAAUCAUCUGUUAUCACAGAUGUGCAGCAUGACGCUUCCUUCUUCUUCUUCAUGGUUACUGGGGUUAAACUUAGUUAGCACUACACAAAUAACUGUUCUUUUUAUUACUUACACCACAACUACACUAUAAACCUGACCGGCUGAAGAAAUUCAGGCAGCAUUUGGAUGAUAUAUUGAAGCUACAGAGACCAAUCUUAUUAUCAUAUGUCAUUUGCAAGCUUUAUAAGCAAGGAAUAAUGUAGAGUGAAUGUGUGGUUCAGAAAAUUAUAAUCUAUCAAGGAGAGCAGAAUCAAAUAUUUCACACAGCUUGGCCAAUAAAGAUUUAAAUUUCAAUCCCUAUAUCAUGUCCUCUUUACUUGUAAACCAAUACUCAAACUGUUAUUGAGCAAUCUCAGACCUAUCAGACAAGGAUAUCGCUUCUGGGAGUUUCUGCUAGAGGCUAUUUUUUUAUGAAACCUCAAUUAAUGAAAAUAUGGAUGAAGACUUUCUUUUAGGCCUUUCUGCUUCACUGUUUACAGAUGGGCGAGGACCAUAAGCCCUGAAAAUGGACUCCAGCUGGAUUGUUAGCAGAAUUUAUCUGCAGAUGUCUGUUAAUAGAAACGGGAUAAAUGAGGAGAUAACUCUUUGUCAGAUGACUGCUGAUUGGAUCCAGGAUUGCGCAGCCAAGAUGCUUCACUUUUUUGAUCUCUCUGCUGACUAAAUUGCUGCAGUCAAAGCGUGAUAAAAUGCCAAGGAAAAAAGCAGUGAGACUUUAAAUCAGAGAACAUCAGACACCGGCCACCCUGACCCUCGCAAACAGACUCUGUUUUCUUUUGUGUAAUUCAUGUGCAAAGAUUGAACAUCCAAACACAAGUAGAGGUGGAGGUAGAGAGUUCAAUACCAUAAACUGCGUGACAAGCAGACCUUGACUUGAAAAUACUUAAACUCUCUAUUGAAAUUAUUCUUCUUUCAUGCUCUAUUGCAAAGAUUCUGAGCUUAAAUGAUAAUAAAAACAGGGUAAAAAGUAAUUUUCAAACCAAACACUCUUAUCUUGCUGAAGGUUAUGACGCCUGAAUCUUUUCUCCCUUUGACAAAACGCGGAGGAGCUGAAGAUGUGAGUCCUUCACCUCCCUUCCAGUCACUCUUUCUUUAUAAAGAUUUUGAUUGUCAUCUCCUGUCUUUAGCUGCAGAUAAGAUGACCUGAUUCACCCUCUCUAACUUGUCUGAAAGUGUUUGAGGAAAAGUUUUCAGCAGAGGAGUAAAAGUUUUAACAGGAGAGCAGGUAUGACCUGAUUUUGGGAGAACCCAGAGGUGGUGAAUGUUUGAACCUCGCUCCUCAUUUUCUCUCCUAAAUGCCAUCACCCAGCUGGAGGUGGAGAUGAUGUAUGUCUUUCCGAAAAGCUGCGGGGGGAGAACCAUUUAGCCCCUGGCCUCCUUUUUUAAAUGUCUUCUUUCUGAAAAUGUACCAGGAGAAAGUUAGUGAAGAGAAGACCCAGUCACAGUUGGAAAUGGCCUCAUUUUGGCAAAGUUUGGAGAAGUUAGGUGGUCAGGUCUUUGAUUUCUCCCAGAGAGCUUUAGAGAAAGUCUCAAAAGUUUAGGAGAUGACUUACUCUGUGCCAAUCAGGAAGGAAGUAAGAACAGAUAAGACGGAGGGAGUGAAGGUUUGAUCCACAACUUUGGUCCAGACUGAAUUUCAAUGAAUUCAGUGAAUUUUAAUGAAAUUUUGUACUUCCUUGAUUCUUUUUUGGCAACAGAUAAAGAGCUUGCUUUAAGUUUGCUGGACUCUGAAAUGGAAACAGCAAAUCUCAAACUGAUACUGACCUGAAAAGCGCUAUGACAAGUGUAAUUAUAGGGAUUUUGAGCACAAUUUACCAGACUGAUGGCAAACCCAAAGAUUUCUUUUUCACAAAGCAUAAUGUCUCAAUGGAUCAGUAACAUUAGGGUGUUUUAUCCACAAGAGUGUCUCCUGAGAACUUUUUUUUUUCUUUCUGCAUUUGCACCAUCAUGGUGAUGGCUAAGAUGAACCUCAAAGUGACCAAAGCCUGCUGGUCUGCCCUCUAAAAGGCUCUCCUCAGCAGACUGUGGAGGACAGUCGCCUCAAAAAACCUGACCGCUGAAUCCAUCAUUAUCUCUGGCUAGAAAGUUUUUCUGUCAGAUCCACUUUAGUUGUUGUUGUCUUUCACUUUUUUAUGAUCGUCCUCCCUCACCUUCUCACAGCACAGUUUGCUGUAUGGUGGAUACUCAGUGUAGCUCCUGGCGAUGAAGUUCUUGGACAGAUUUUAGAAUUAUGCUUUGCAGAGGGAGAGAGGGACAAGAAAAAAAGGGAAGCAGAGGAAGAAGUAAAAGGUGAAGAAUGAGAAGGAAUACAAGAAGAACAAUAUUUCAAUCAGGAGAGACAUUUAAAGAUUAGAAAAUUUAUUUGACCAUCAUUAGAAUGAUGCUUGACAGAAAGUCUUUAGCGUUCAGACUCAAUGGGGUGAUUUGUGAGAUCGUAAGAUGCCUGAUCUGAGCGGCGGUAGGAAAAUCCCCCAAUGGAGCCCUGAAGCUGGUGGUGGUGGCGGCUGAUGACUGCUGGGACUGGAUGGAUGAAUGAUGGCGCUGUUGAUUCUGCUGAGAUUGGGUGGAGAUGGGGAGGAGGAGGGUGCUGCUCACAAACCAGCAGCGAGAAAGAACUAGAGGCAGAGAAGAAAUUUGUUUUUAAAAUGAGGGCAGAACGAGGGAAAGCUGACUGUGGGCAUGUGCUGCCAUGCUAUUGGAUAGGGAUAGACACCGGUGAAGUGGCUGAUUAACCAAUGACUGCUCAGAGUGAUGACAUCAGGAAAAGUGAGUAGGCGUGGGAGUGGAAAAGACACUUACGCAGCUGUGACAGCAAUUAUAGUCUCCUUGACUGAACUUACACUGGAUGUAAGUUCAGUCAAGAUGAAAACAAAGAUGUAGAGGAGUGAAGGAAAAGUUAUGCAAGAGUUAUAAAAGUAAAAACAGGUGAAGAGCAGAAAGAGAAAUUGAAUUAGUGCUACAAAAACUGUAAGAGGAGAAAGAUAAACAUGAAAACCCAAUGACAGACACACUAAUCAUUUCUCUAUCACUCUUUUCUGCCUUGGGUGACUCAGAACCAUCUCAUUAAGUUUCCCUCUCUUCUUCCCUCAGGCUGUUUUAAACACGUCUUAGAUCACAUAUGAGAGAUCCUGCAAAAACUCUUUUCACUUAUCACCACUUUCCCCUCAUAACUUCUCUGGUAUCAGGGUUUGUUGGCUGGUGAACCUCCAGGGAGGAGUUUCUAACAAAGUUACAGGAAACAUCACACUCUGAUUCAUGCCGUCAGCGACAGCAGGCGCUCUAAAUGGUGGGAGCCGCAGAGCUGAACGGUCUGCUAAUUAGAUUUCAGACGGUGGAGAACAAGAGUGUGACGGAGGAGAUUGGAGAAAUGACGAAGGAGAAAAGAGUGUGUGCCUUCCUCCUGUCUUGACUCAGACUUAAAAUCGAAGUGGGCCUUUUUCUUAAUUGAUGUUUGAAACUUGGAUAAUUUCGCAGAAUUUUAAUGUCAGUCAUCACCUCUGAGACAGCCUCACAGAUGGCUGCCGUGGUGUACUGGUGCUUGCUGUCAUGUCUUGUUUUGUUCGACAGUUUUCCCUGCACAUCCAUACAGCUUGUAAUUACACCCUUCCUGCAUAUUUUGGAGCAUAUUUUUUUAAACUCUAAUUCUCUUGUUAUUUUCAUUUGAAUCAUCUUUAUUCUCUCGCUCCCCUCACAUUUUCUUCUCCCUCUUAUUUUAGAACCUGUUAAUUACUGUUAAUUCUCGUUGCAGCCCCCGUGCUGUUUUCUCAAGAUAUGUCUUGUUUUUUUUUUAACAGCUGAUCCAAUCCUCCUCCUCUUCUUCUUCCUCGUUUAGGUCUGUCUAUUCGUAGCGUCUGCUGGCGAGCUGACCGUAUCCUGGCAGGAACGCAGGACAGUGAGAUCUUUGAGGUGAGAAAAAGAAACUCGGGCCUCAUGCUGCUUCUCCUGUGAUGAGAAGUUUUCAAGAAGAGUUUCGUUUUGGUCUUCUGAACAUUGACUCAUCGUUGUCUUGCGCACAGUUAACCCUAUCGCAGUUUGUUUUAUGCUCCACCAAACAAGACUCAGACAAAAAGACAAAGAUAACAGAGAUGUCAGAAAGAGGACAGGAAAGGCAGAACAAGACCUGAACUUAAAGACCUCAAACACAUCAUCCUUUUUACAAAAUCCAAAGAAACUUCCAAACUAGAGGUGAAACUUUUUCUUGUGCAAGGAGAGUACUUUUUCAUUAAUCACUUUCUCUAACAUUUACUUUGGUGCCCACAUGCUGCUAAGAGCUGGUUACUGAGUUUUCCUCUGUGGCCGAUGUUUCUUCCUCAUCAUUCUCCCACUGUUUUAUUAUGUGUGGCAACCAGCAUUAAGAAUCAUCCUCUACAAUGAACCCAUUAAUUACGCAGCAUUACCAUAUGCUUAUUCUUAGCAUAUUGUCAGCAUUUUAUUUUUUUCUAAAAAGAUUGCUGUCAUCAAUUCCGCCAAGGCUGCACCAUACUGAAUAAAACAAGGAUGUAGUCUCAAGGCAUCCCUCUUUGGUCUCUGAAGAGGAGUAGUGAAGCCUGACUCAUAAGACCCAGACACAGACAAAGAGGUGGAAGCCAGGACGAGGUGCUCACCUGUUAGUGAAAUGAGCCAUGACCCUGAUUAUGUAAAACUCAAAGUCCCUUCAUAAUGGAGAAAUUAGAGCAGAGUUCAGCCAGAGUGAUGAGCCUCUGCAGGCUUUAGCUCUGCCUGUUUAGGCUGAACGCUGCCCUCAUAUUCAUAAGGAGAGAAAGAAGAUACCCAUAUCAACCCAUCCAGAUUCACUGACUUGUUUCAACUAACAUCUUUAGUCUCUUUCUAAAACACUGUCAAUGCUCUGUCAUUUCUCUAAGUAUAUGUUAUGACUCUUUAUUAUAUCCAUACCACUGUUGUAGGGCUGCACGAUUAAUCCAUUUUACAUUGUAAUCAGAUUAUUUGCCUAUGAUGAUGUUAAAAAAAAAAAAAUUAAACUCGUGAAUCGAUUUUCCUCUCUAUCAUGUCUCGCAACUCCAAGCCACCAUAGGCUCCCCCUUCCUGCAGGAGUGCUCCCCAAUUCCCACACCCACCAGUGUGACUCAACAUUGCGUUUGCAAAAGAAGGUGAUAAUUUCGUGGCUAAAUAGGUCAAGAGCGUGUCAGUCGUGUGGAAUUGGUACAGCUUCGCAGUUUCAAAUGAAGAGCAAACCACUCCCCGCUGCAAAGUCUGUCUGAAGGCGGUAUCAACCUGUCCACACGGAAACUUAUUCAGGAGUAAACCAAAAAAGAUUUUUAUCGUAUCGGUGUUUCAUCCAUGCAGGUACAAGAGUGCAUGUAACUGUAUACGACUACAAUUUCAUCUCCGUAUAGAUGUCUAACUGCAUCACUCUUGAAACAGUUAUGUGACACACAGCAUAACUCUUUUAUGCCGACUGCGCAUGUCUGGCCGAAACAACCUUAAUACACGCUCUGUACUCUUCUUUAGUCUUUUGUGCAUUUCCUGUGCAGCGUUACAGCGCCUCAUACUGGCUUGGCAUAUGCACUACAUGGUUUUCAGUGGUUUCAUUUUGAGAAAUGAUAGAAAAAUUAUCAAAGAGAAGUUUUGUGAAGUUGCCACUGAGUGAAAAAAAGGAAAUCAAAAAUCAAGUUUUCAGAGAAAAACAUCGGGAUUUUAUUUUUGGCCAAAAUCGUGCAGCCCUACACAGUAGUAAAUGUAACCUGACAGUCACAGGUCAGACUUGAUGUUAAAACUAGAUUAAAUUUGAAUAAAAAGUACAAUUAUUUUUUCUGCUUUACAUCAGACUAAUGAACGCGUAUCGCAGUAUAUUUGUUUGUUUUAGUCUAUCUGAAGAAAUAUUGUUUUUUUACUUGUUGAAUUACAAGUUACAGCUUCAAGCUCAGUUUAAAUUGUGUCUUAAGGUGAUGGUGAGGGACCGAGACAAGCCGCUGCUCAUAAUGCAGGGUCAUAGCGAGGGUGAACUCUGGGCACUCGACGUUCACCCCAAAAAACCUCUGGCUGUCACCGGCAGCGACGAUCGCUCAGUCAGGUAAGUGCAAGAGCAACAGUUUCUUUCUUUCUUUCUUUUCUUUUUUUUAACAUAGAUCACACAUACUGGGAGUUGCUCAGUGUUAACACAGUCAUGGGUGGUACCUGCUCCGCUGGAGGGUUCACAGGUUUAUCUGUUUACUGUUUGUUCUGAUCAGCAGCAUCUGCUCACUGUUUUCUUUCAGCCCCUGCAGGAAGUUCCUCAGAGACCAAUUAUAUAUUAUAAAACCAUUAUAACACACACAGUCAGCUGAAUACACAGAGACACAGAUGGUGGUAGAACAACAGCACUGAAGAAUGAGGGGAUGCAGUCAUGGUUGGUGCACUCAAGGGAAAAGCUUCUCCAAUGAGCUCCACUAACUAUCAUUCUCUUCCUGAGAGAGGGAGUUUGCACCUUUGUCAACAAAAUAGAAAUGGAAAGAGAAAAAGUCAAGUUGUUUAUCCUAUUUUUAUGUUGGUUAAGCAACGCUAACCAACAUGUAGAGAGACUCACAUUGUUCUCCUCUUCUGGUCACUUCAUGUAAUAAAUUAAGGAGUCAUCACUCAUUAAGACUCGUGUUCUCAACAGUAAUCCCCUGUUUUAUUUAUAUGUAUGGUUUUUAGUUAAUGAGGGCAGACUUUCUAUGUAGAAUAAGAUUUUCUCUGCUCAGUAAAUGAUGCUGAAAUCACCUUUACGACAACCAAGAACCUCUGAGGCUGAGGAGACUUCAUUAUCCAGACUUCAGUGCGAUUAGUGUUGUGUGUCUGCUGCAGCUUGAGACUCGGGACUCUCCUGUCUUGCUCUCAAACCUUAAAGAUCUUGAUUCACUGUAAAGGAUGAAGAGCCUUUGUGAAUCAGGUCCCAUUUAGAGCCACAUGAGCCCUGUAUGAAUGGAGACUGUCCAUCAAAGUGUAGGCAGCUCCAGCAGGACAACACAGGACUGUCAAGUGUAGAUUGGACAUAACUCUCACUGUUUGAUUAAAUAAAGUAGUGUAAUAUCCCUGACUGAUUGUUUAGUUUGUUGUUUACUUUAAAAUCGCUGCACAAGUAUAAAUCAGCUCCAGCUUAGUUAACUUUAAUUAUAAUUUUGUAUUAUAAAUCCAGUGCCGUAUUUUAAUGGCUCUAAAAAGACAAAUCAGAUCUGCUUCAGCUGUUCUUUGAAUAACACACGCAGUCUAUGUGACACGGCAGAAAAGAGGGCAGAUGCUUUACAAACAAAGUUGUGGGAGCCUCAGGCCAGUGAGAUACUGACAUUGAAAAAGUCUUUAAGUGUGCAUGUGCUAAGUGUACCUAAGUGUGUGUAUGUGUGCCAGGUUGUGGAGUCUUGUGGAUCAUGCCCUCAUCGCACGAUGUAACAUGGAGGAGGCAGUGCGGAGUGUGGCGUUCAGCGUGGAUGGAUACCAGCUGGCACUGGGCAUGAAGGACGGAUCCUUCACGGUGCUCAGAGUCAGGUAGUACAAACACAACAAACCCGCUCACACAAUUCAUAAGAGCAUUGAGACAAACAAACAUGAACUAAAUUAAAAUGUAAUAUUGCUUUGUUGUGAUGCGGCACUAACAGGAUGUUUCUGUCUCUCUGUCUCAGAGACAUGACGGAGGUGGUGCACAUCAAAGACAGGAAGGAGGUGAUUCAUGAGAUGAAGUUCUCUCCUGAUGGAGCGUACCUCGCUGUUGGCUCCAAUGACGGGCUUGUUGACGUCUAUGCUGUUGCCCAGAGAUUCAAAAAGGUAGGGAUCAAGGCAGAUCAAUGCUGUAGAGAAUAAGGAAAAUAAAUAAUAAUAUUUUUAAUAGACUAUUAAAAGAUAUUGAGGGGAGAAAGACAUUGGAAAUUCAAACUGCUGCAGAAAAUAUCUUCUUUUGAUUAACUUUAUCUACAUGUUGUUUUUAGAUUGACCUACAAAACAAUUUUUUUUUUUUCCAUGUGUUUUGUCUGUCCAUCUGUGUGCAGGUGGGGGAAUGUGGUAAUUCAACCAGCUUCAUCACACACCUAGACUGGUCCAUCGACAGCAAAAUCCUGCAGACCAACGACGGGGCCGGAGAUCGCCUCUUCUACCGGAUGCCCAGUGAGUCUCUACAGUCAUUCUUUGAGAAUCUCAUUUUAGCGAACAAACAAAUAUACCCACUCAUGUUUGAGUUUUUCUUUUUCCCUGUACAGCUCAUCAUGCUUCUCUUUAUUCUGACUGGUUGUAUCCUGCAGAGUAAUUUUGGUGUGCAUUGUUUGAUAGUGGCGCCUCCUGGAAAUCAAAAUUGAGCUUAGAAGUUUUAAAUGAACUGGCUUAUUGAAAUAUUAGGCUGAAAAAGUUUAAGAUGUUUCCUCGAACCGAGUGCUGGUUUGAUGUUUAAAAGAGUGACAACUUUUAUCAUUUAGUCCUUUUUUAUGGAGCGACACAACACAACUUUUUUUUUCUUUUACAAAGAAACUUACAAAGAAAUAAAGAUUGCUGAAGGUCUAGCUGGUUAAAGGAAAUAAAAAUAUGAGAUGAAAAUGAGAGUGAAUGAUAAAGAAAUAUCCAAAGUCAUAGAUGCAAGAGAGAAAGAGAACAUAAAACCUGCUGCAGGGGCAAGCAGAGGAGCAAUAUGCACAGGCAUCUCGUGACAUGGUGACAGUGGUGUUUGUUGACAGCAGGUACAGACAGAGUGGACAAUCCUUCUACAAUUUUGAACAAAUCUGAGCAGCAGGACAACUCUCCGGUUUAUUUCAUGUCCAUAUAGCAGGUGAAGUUGGAAUCUCUAACCAGAAUGAUUGUAAUCAUGUUGAAGAGAAAAUAAGCAUUUGAAAAUAUCAACCCUCACUAGUUUUUUUAAUAUUGUAAGAAGCUUUUUCAACACUCACAAGACUGUUUCAGGCAAGAGGUUGUUAUCUAAUCCUCAUGAUACAUUUUAGGUAUUUGAAUUAAAAUAGGGUAUAUACGGAGUUAAAUAUAAACUAUGACACUCGAGGAGCUGUAGGUUUCACUCUAAAAUUUCCAGCUGAGAAAAUCCCCCCGGACCCCAACUCCCCCUGUGGUGAGAGCAUGUAUUUCAGUGCACAUACACAGUGAGAUUCCUGCAACUAUUCAGGAACUAAAUAUACUGUAUUGUAAAUUUCCUGUGUACCUGUCAGAGAAAGGAGGACACAUGCACGGCACAUGUGGCAAGAUGAGAACAGCAAGGCAGAAGGCUGCACAUGACCUCCUGUAAGAUGUCAUUAAAGAGUAAUAUAGUCAUUCAGUUUUCAGUCGUGGAUGACUCAGUGACUCAGUUUUUUGUUCUCAGUAAUAGAGGGUAUAUUCUAGUCUCUUUAAGUCUCGUCACAGUCAAAACUCCUUUAGGAUAGAGAAGGGCUGAUUUGUCUUUGUUGCACUUAAAGAAAAGGUAAUCAGUCAUUUUUCUUUCUUUUUGGUUCUUGUAGUGAACGACCUCAGACUGAAUUCAGGUUGCACACAGCUCCAAUAGUUUCCCACACAGGAUAAGGAUUUUGUUAUGCUGCUGAGGAGUUGAAGGUGUGAAGCCUGUCGCCUGCAGCUCUUUAUUUAACAGCUCAGUGAGGCUGCUGCUGCUGCUGCUGGCUCCUCCUGGAACUCUUUGACACAAAUUUUCACUUACAGCAUGAACUAAAUCAGCCUUGACUGCUUUGUUGAUGUAUUCAUGAUGAACAACUGCAGUCAAUAACAGUCUGUUAACCUCAGAGGUAGGAAGAUUGAAAAUGGUUUUCUGUGACUGCUUAUUAUUUGUACAAGCAUCUCCUUUGUUCUGGUGUUUUUUUGUUUUGUUUUAUGAGCAAUAGAAAAGAAAGGUGAGCAUUAACAGUAAAUAGAGGAAUACAACGUUAGUUUUACAAGCUUUAAGAGUAAAGUCUAUUCUUACACCAAAGCUGGUUUACAGUUUGUUUUUAAGUUAAAAAUGUGCUUUUAACGUUCAUAGAGUAGAAGAAUUUAAAGGAAUUUUUUUUGUACAAUAUUUUCUUCAGCAUCUUCCAUUCAAAUGUCACUUUGAAUGGAAUAUACUAAAUCUACCUUCAUUUCAUUUACCUUUAGCUUAUUUGUAAGGUACCUGUUUUCAUACACCCCACACCAAACCCCCGAGAGGGGAUGAAGUGGCACAUUGUUUCCUUUGAAUUCCUCUUUUUUUUGUCCAAAGCGGGAGAAAGCAGCUUCGUUUCUUACCAAAGUCAUACUUACACAUUUCGACUGAUUUUUGAGUGCAUUGUACCACAUAAAAUUGGUCAGUAGGCACAAUAAGUAAUCAUAGAUAAGGCGCACUGGAUUAUAAGGUGCACUGUCAGUUUUUGAGAAAAUUUAAGGAUUUUAAGUGCACCUUAUAGUCCAAAAAAUACGGUAAUUCAAAAUCAUACUUUUGAUGUUCAAGUGCAAACAUAAAAACAAAGUUUUGCAGCCCUGUGGAGUUUGCUCUUGUUUUUCAUCUGAAAGUGGAGAUGAGACAUCAGCAUCUCUGCUUUUUCAAGUCAGAGCUAAAAUCUGUCCUUAUGAUGCCAAGAAGCUGAAGGGUUCACUUUUUACCAGUAUGUGCUGUGAAGUGGAUCCCUGACAGCUGUGAAACAUAUUUCACGGCUUAUAACAAAUCUCCCUGCCCGGUGUUCAGAGUGUCUCUACACAUGUGAAAAAGCGUGAGUGUGUGUUUGCUGGGGUUGAGCCACAGACAGCCACUGACUAAAAUAACAGUGAAGUCAAAGCAAUGUUAAAAGACGUUAGAGACUAUCAUUACAUCAUACAGAGGAGACCCCUGGAAAGGAGUCCGGGAGAAAGUCGGGACCGCCCUCUCGCCAUAGAACUCCAGUGAAGCUGGGCUUCCGAUGGGCGGGACAAAGCCCAGCAUUUAUCCAAUGAGCGUCUAGUUUCGCUGCUGGAACAACCCACUUUUAGCUUCCACAUUGAAGUCAGCAGAAGCCCAGCGUCCGGCUGUUUAAAGCGCUGAGGCGCUGCGAGGAUGAAUGAGAACGAAGUUAUGCCGGUUACCUGUAAUUAUCAGCUUCUUAUCACAGUGUCUGAACAAAAGAUGAAGGCUUUCUAGUGCGUAUUUAGUUAAUGAAAUGUACACACAGCAGUACGUAUUUCACCACUUUUUCUUUUUUUGGGGGGGUAACAUUUUAAGGGAAGCCGAGCUUCCCUUGCAGUCUUAGAGCAAUCGCCACUGGGUUGGUGAUAAAUCUCAGAGCUCCAUGGUAAACACUGUCCAACAACUGUAGAUCUAAACAGAGGCAUUCAUGUACAGUAAAUCACCAUAAUCCAGAAGAGGUAAAAAUGUUGACUCAACAAGUCUUUUUGUAAUCAUAAAACAAACACAAGACUUGUUUCUGUAGUAAAAACCUAGUAAAAAAAAGAGUUAUCAUCAAGCAAAAAUCCCAGAUUUUUAAAGGCAGAAACCAGUUCAAAUUCUUGACUCUCUUUAGUAACAAUUUUCCCAGGCAAGGUUAUAUUAGCUGCUCUAGAUGAUGUUAAGAAUGGGAGUUUAGUUUUGUCUGUAUUUAGAACAAGCUGCAGCUGGCUAAGCUGAUCCUGAACUAAAUCAAACGCAUGCUGAAGAUUUGCUAAAGGCUUGUGCAGGUGAAGGUGCACAGCAGUAGAUCACCAUAUCAUCAGCAUAGAAAUGAAGCGAUGAAUUGAGAACAUUUUGCCCAGUCCAAUUUAUAUUUCAUUUAAACAACAGGGGGCCCAGUACAGACACUUGAGGCACGCCCUUCUCAAUUUUUAGUUUCUUAGAGGUAAAACCAUCUAAUUGAACAUCCUAAUUUUCUGUCAGUCAGAUAGUUGGAAAACCAACCAACAGCUUGUUCCGGGACCCCAGUUAAAAAACAAUGGCACAAGUAUCACCAUCUCUUAACAAGUGGUAAAAGUUUCACUCUGCAGUAUGUGGCUUGUAUAGUCCUGGAUGAAUGUACAAUGGCCCAUUUAAAAAUGUGCGAUAAGACACCUGAGCUCAGAGACAUUGUUUGUUCUGCAGUGUAGUCAGACUGCACUGUGUGUGCUUUCUAAAUCAGAUGGUGUCUUUUUGUCUCAUCUGCUCAAAUUUGUGAAUCAGUCCCUGAAUAAGUAAUUUGGAAAAAAUACAGACCAUGAAGCAUAGAAAAUCAAGUUUUAUAUCCAACUCUUCACCACAAGAAGCAUGAAAACAAAGCAAAACAAACAAUACCGGUGCAGACAGAGCAAACUGCUGAUGUGAGAGACGGUUCAUUAUCUCCACAUGAGAUAGCAAAUCCAGCUCUGGGACCUGAUUCUGAAAAGAAGAUUAAAAUCUGCACCAUCCUCCAUCCUCUCUGUCUGUGACAAAUGUUGUACAAUGUGUGAAUGGACUGUUUGUUAUCACAAUCAUCUACUCUGAGAUAAGCCGGCGCAUACGAGUACAUGAACAAUUAGCUACCGAAAGAAAAAUGUUUUUUAAGUACGAGUUAACAUUCACAAACUGUUCCUCUCUCCUGCAGUGGGAAAGCCAGUCAGUAAGGAGGAGGUGAAAGGUCUGUGCUGGGCAUCCUGGAGUUGCGUACUGGGGUCAGAGGUCAGCGGCAUCUGGCAAAAAUACUCCAAUCUAACGGAUAUCAACGCUGUGGAUGCAAAUCACGCUGCAUCCGUUCUUGUUUCAGGAGAUGACCUCGGCCUUGUGAAACUCUACCGUUUUCCCUGUCUGAAAAAAGGUCUCCUUAUUUAUUCCUCUCACUCGUCUAUGCCCCUCGUCUAUGUCAUGCUAUUAAAUGUGAAUCUUUUUCUUGUUAAAGGAGCCAAAUUUAAGAAGUACAUCGGCCACUCAGCUCAUGUGACCAACGUCCGCUGGUCUCAUGACUUGCAGUGGGUGCUGACUACAGGUGGAGCUGACCACGCCCUGUUCCAGUGGAGGUUUCUGCCAGAGUCAGUGAUGAACGGAGGACUGGAUGUCAACAUACAAGGUACAGCAGAAUCAAAGUAAUGGAUGAGGGAUGAGGUAGAGCCAUUGAAGUAGAAAAGAGCACAAAACAAGAGUAAAUGCAAACAGUAUAUCGAUACAGGAAAUGGGUACAGUCGUUUUGAGGGGGCUCUGAAGGUCCUUCACAGCUUCAGUGUUUUCUAACUGGGCAGGGGGAUUCAGCUGUAGUCAGCCCUAGCAUCCUUGAAAAAGAUCAAGAUGUCUUUAUAAGAGUUACGAAUAUCCCUGAAGUUCUGUAACAGGCUGUAGAGAGACAUUUUUGAGUUUUGCUGCUUAUGUAAGAGGUUUCAGGUUUCCUAGAAAGGCUGUACGGAUCUUUAUUUGAGAUCCAAGGGCUCCGAGGGCUUCUUUGGAUAUCUUUGUGCCUCCUGAAAGUGAAAGCAAAAUAGCUGUGUUCAGAAGUCCUUGUGAAAAAUUUAAGCCUAUUAAAGAUGGUUAUGUGUUUUCCUGAGUGGAUUCAAGGAAUCUUUUUGUGAGUUUUUCAAGUGUUCUCUAGGUUUUCUUGUAGGUAAAAAGUCUAAUCAGAUAUGUUAGACAUUAGGUUAUUAUCAGUGAUUCCAGGAUGUUGUAAAUAGACCUUAUCAAAACUCAUCGGUAGAUUUCUGAAUAUGAUGGGUCAAGACUUUAGAAAGUUUCUUAAAAGUUUUAGCUUCUACAUCUCCUCGUUGAUUUCAGGAUUUGUUUUUUUUUAAAACUAUGGAGGGCUCUUGUGUUUCAAGAUUUGGAUGGGUGGUUGGAGUUACGAUAAAGGAUCUGAAGUGUCUAUACAGGAGUUCAAUUGGUUCUUAAGUGUUUUUGUGGUUUACUGAGUCUGUGAAUCCUGGGUUUCUUGUGUAUGAUUUAAAACGCACAAGUAACAGUUCAAGGUUGGCGUAAAUAGAUCUCACGGAAAUUUUAAGAGAUGUUUGUGGUCUCUCUUCAGUCAGUUCUGGAUUAGUUCAGAGAGGUGGGUUCCAGUCUGAUGACCCUAAAUUGGUUCCUGAGGAGGGCUUUGGUGGUUAUUGACGGGGUACUUCAGUCUUUUCUUGUUUUCUGGGACCUGACCAGGAAUCACACUUUUCCAUAAGGGGUGUUAGGUUUCCCUCGUAUACUAGGAGUACUCAUGAACUUUUCACAAAGUUUGAAAAUGCUCUGAAGUGCAUGUUUGAGGGUCAAGAGAGUUUAAAGGGUGACACAGAUACUGAGUUUGGCAUUUCUAAAGUGGGCUUGGAGAUCUUGUUUGAAAACAUAUUCCUUGAUUUCUUGGAGGACAGAUUUUAAAGCCAUACAGUAGCGGUAAGUCGACAAGAGAGGUUUAUUUUUAUGUACUGCUGUUGAAGUUUUAUUAUAAUGACUGAAGUCCCUGGAGAAGUUCUUCUGGAGUUGGCAUUGGAGGUCUUGAGCUGGUUGUCAAAGACCUUGUGGGACUCUGAUUGUAUUUGGUUUAUCUCAAGAGGGUUAUGGAGGCCAUGAAAGUUCCUGUUAUUAGUCCUGGAGGAAGUCUCAGUACUUCUUUUUGGCAGUGUUAAGAGAUGUCUGUGUCAAAGCCCAAAAGCCUAAGGUUUUUUUGUUUGCCUGGAUAUGAAACAGACUGAAACUAAUAUUGCUGCCUCUUGAGCUGCAAAGGCAAACAAGGCCAUCAGCGUAGAGAUUGACUUUUUAAUUUAUAAACCACUGUCAGGGGUGGGUGUCAGACACAGACACAGACACAGACACGGUGAUUAAAAUGCAUCGAGCUGAAGCAGCCUUUCUUUGUCAAAGGUUUAUCUGUAAGUGAUACAUUACAUUACAGAGAUUGAAACCACUGCUUACACAUUAACAUGGAAAAAAGACAAAGGGACAAGAGAUCGUGCUCUGUCUACUGAGGCAUCAGUGUUGAGAUAAUCCAAAAGUUCCUCACAGGAGCUUUGAGGGAUUUGCAGAUCACACUGAUGUAACAUGCUUUCAUACCAAAGGAUAUGCAAAUAGUUUCAAGUCUUAUUUUGAAUAUAUUCACAGCGAGUAGAGUUAUAAUAUGAUAAAGUAUGAUUGAUGGUUAAUGGUUUAACUCAGGAUUGUUGUAUCAAAAAAACAAACAAACAAAAAAUAAUGUAACCAUCCAAUCUAGUCAUCUGUUCCACCCCAGAAAAGCAUAAACAAAUACUCAUCUCUACAAAUCAAUGUUGGGGUGGUAACUUGAUCUUCCACUUUUGUUUUUUUAAAGGAUCUGUUCAGAUGGUUGGCUAAGCAGAACAUGUCUGUCUGUGUCCUCUUGUAGACAGCCAUGGAGACUCCAACAGUGAGGAGUCGGACAGCGAUGUCUCAGAUGUCCCUGAGCUCGACUCUGACAUUGAGCAGGAAACUCAAAUCAACUAUGAGAGACAGGUAUGACAUUCAUGACCGUAAAAGCUGCUUGUGGUGUUUUUAUUAUGAUCCUCAACCCCUGAGCAAAGACACUGAACCCUCAGCUGCUAAAACAGAGCUGAUAGGUACAUGUAUGCAUGAUGUUACCAAGUGCGUUUUAAUAGCGACUCCACUGUGACAGCUCCUUGUUCUUAUUCCCGUCAGCCACAGCACAGCAGGGCUCUGUGCCGUUGCCAUGGUAAUCCCAAAAAACGCCUUAUCUCCAAUGCCAGCCACUGCCUGGCAGACUUCCCCAUGACUACAGUCUGCAGUUUGUCACCAGUUUUUGCGACAAUGUGGUGUUUAGAGAUAGGACUUAGAGUGCGAGUGUGUGUGUGAGAGACAGACAAAAACAGAAUGUGCAUGUGCGCUGAAUUAAUCAGACUCUCUAAAGUUUAAUUGGAGACAGCAGGAAAACAUGGAUUAUUAUUGAAAUAUAAUCCAUUAUCUUUGGCCAGUCCUUUCUCACGUCCCUCUUUUUCACACUUUUCUCUCUAUAAUUUGUCUUCAGUUUCCUCCUCCCACCAUUUGGACCCCCGUCUUCCCUCUGUCACCUCGUAGAUUUCAGUUUGAACCAUUCUCACAGUUUUGACUAGAGGAAUUGCAAGUGACUUCUAAAUCCCAUUGAAAUCUUUUCCUGGUCCAGUGAUGUUAAACUUGGUCUCCCGUGUGUUGUGGAAUUUGAAGACAUGUCUCAGUGCUUGAAUUUCAUGACUAUUAAAGUCAGUAAAUUUUUUUUUUUUGUAGUACAUUGGGAUUGUCAAAGUUGACUAUUUUCACUGAAAUGUCUUUACAUAUACUCAUUGUUUUGUUAUGAAAAGGCUUAUACAGGCAACGUUUUUAUCUAUACUUGAUUAUGGUGACUUCUUAUAUAUGCAUGCAAAUCUCUCUUCUUUAAAAAUGCUGGAUUCAGUGUAUCAUGCAGCAUUAAGAUUUGUAACUGGCUUAGAUUUUCGUACUCAUCACUGCAGCUUAUAUGAGAGUGUUGGUUGGUCCUCUCUGCAAAACCGUAGAUUGGAACAUUGGUAUAUCUUUCUUUACAAGGCCAUUCUAGGUGACUUGCCCUCUUACCUAUGUUCCCUCUUAACUCCCAAAAUCACCAACAGGAGUAAUCUCUGGUCUGAUGGACAGAUCAUGUACGCUAUUCCUCUGACAAGGACCGUUUUUGGCGAAAGCGCUUUCAAGGCUUUUGCACCCUCCUCCUGGUGUAAAUUACAGGGUUAUUUUAAACUGGAUUAUCUGCCAAGUAUGGCACAUUUUAAAACUAGAAUUAAGGAGUUUUUGAGUACUGAAUGCACAUGUCUUCUUACUGAACGCUGAUUUAUUGUUGUGUUUUGCAUACUGUAACUGUUUUGUGUUUCUGUGUGUGUUGUUUUUCUUUUCUUUAUGUGGAACUUCUUGUGCUGCUAUCCUGGCCAGGACUCCCUUGUAAAAGAGAUUCUGAAUCUCAAUGGGUUUAUUUCCUGGUUAAAUAAAGGUUACUAACUAACUAACUAACUAACAUGAAAUAAGAUUCACAUUUAUGUUCCCCUCUUGUCCUGUCCUCUGGCCAAUAUUUUGAUAUAGCUCUGCUUUAGUCAGCUUUACCUGAUCCAACAUCAAUAUGACGAGUCCAUUAAAUAUGCAGUUGGUGCAGAGUGGCAGAGUGCAGAGCCUCAGAGUCCUUACCAGACUGUUAAACACCAUUUUUCUAAAGCCAAAUUUACAUCUGGUUUUCCUUUUAGCAUGAACUGUCGAUAAUAAAAUAAUCUGGAAAAUACAUUUUUAAAGGUCUACCCUUGGACCUUAGAUGAUUUGUAAUAGUUGCAAAAGCCAUUUGAGGUCUAGUUACCACAUGCACAAUUUGUGAAGUCAAGGAUCUGUUUGGCUGCAGAUGUCACAUCAGCCAAUUUGGUAACUGGUGAAAAUUUCAAACCAUGAGAGGUGCUGAGCCAUCUCAAGACAUGGGUUUUGGGGUCACAUUCUUACAGAGUAAAAAAGAAAGUGUAUAAUUUUCAAGAAAUUUUGAUACUUGAUAAUUUACUGACGCAAACGUGAGAAGAAAAGAGGAAAACGCACAUUUCUGCCUCAGUCAAAUGGUCUGUAGCUCUCAGUCAGUGCUGAUCCACCAUGACGAUCCAUAAAUAUGCAGUUGGUGAGAGUGGAAGCAGAGCCGGAUCCAAACCUCCUGGGAGCAAAGACUCUCCCUGAGAAACUCUCAGACGACUGUAACACGCCAGCUCACCCUGAACAGAAUAAUUUGCAUGAAAAAUGAGCAGUCUCAUAUUCUGCCGAAGGUGGAAACACUGCAGUGUGUGACCGGUUUCAUUCUCUAACCGAGGAGAAAAGCGUGUCCACGGUGGAUGUCAUGUUGAUAUGUGGAUAAUUGAGAGAAAUCAGUGACUCGGUUAAUGAGAUACAUGAUCCCCUGUGCUAAAAACUCUUGCAUCAAUUGUGAAAAAUCUUUUUGUCAAGUCUGUACCACUCUUCGGCCAUUUCUACACCAUCUUUAUGGGUCACUGUGGGACUUUGUAGUGUAAAAAAUACUCUUAGUGAAAAAAGAGAUGAUCAAGUUUAAUGUUGCUUUGGCUUUGAUUAGUAAGCUGUGGGCAACAACCAUGCUCUGAUUUUAACACUCGCUCUACCAAAAUUCUGUAACCACUCGAAUGACCAUAGCAGUCAUUUUGACUGCUCAGUCUUGAUAUGCACAUAAUUUGGAUAAUCAACAAAAAAACUAAUAAUACAUUGGUGGAAUAGAUUAAGAACCUUCCUCAAAAUGCCACGACACAUCAUUCCCUGAACUUGCUCAUCCAUUGAAUUCUUCCCCAUCAGGGCUCUGAAGAAAGGCUAAAGCCUCCAUACUUGUCAUUUUUCUUCUAGUUGUCAUUUUUGAGUGUCUUGAGUUUUGAGUAAAGUUAUAGCAAGAUUUUAGCUUCACAGAGCUUUAAAUACAAAACAAGAAAUAGAGCAGGAGAAAGAGUGGGAAAAUGUAGCAAAUAGUAAAAUAUAACACUCUCUGUAAAAAGUCAAUUUGACUGCUCUGGUCAUUUAAGGAAGAAAUACUCAGAUCUCUUUUGUGUUUUGAAAUUUGAAUGAUAAAAUAAUGUUGGUAUAUGGUAUAUGGCUGGUAUGUAGGUUUUAUUUUAAAAAAGUUAUGACAUUAUAAAUUUUGAAAGCAGUCAAAAUGACUGGCUUGGUAGUUCGAGUGUAAAAGCCCUCACACCUGGGAGUAAAACCCAAAUGAGCAUGAUGGCUCUUCAGCAAGCUCAGGUGUUUAAAUGUUUGUGUAAAGACCCUGAACCUUUGACCGCAAGUACAGUGUCUUCUCAGCCUGAUCAUGACUCCUCGAGAAGAUGGAGGUAAAUUGCUGAAAAAUGUCAAUUUUUUUAUCCUAAUGACCACAUGACACCUCCUCAUGUUACAACAGAACAGAUUUAAGUAUUUCAGCUCUGCUGCAUAUAUGGCUCUGAAGACAAACAUCCAACACUUCCAUGUUGAUCUUCAUUAAACUUGAUAGGUAAUUAAUUAACCAGUUAAUUUAGGUGUGUGGAAUUAACAUCUGCGUGUGUGUGUGUGUGUGUGUGUGUGUGUGUGUGUGUGUGUGUGUGUGUGUGUGUGUGUGUGUGUGUGUGUGUGUGUGUGUGUGCUGUUUUGCAGGUGUAUAAGGAGGACCUGCCUCAGCUAAGACAGCAGAGCAGAGAGAAGAAACAGCAGGUCGGAUCUCUGAAAAGACAGAGAGGACCAGACCAAGGCCUUCGGCUGCAGUUUGUCCACGGGUAUCAUGUCAUUGUGUGUAUGUCAGUCCUCAAAGAGUCAGGUCCAAAUCAAACCCAGGGUGUUAAUAAACCCUGGGCACUUAUUUUUGUUGUCAUUCAGGGGUUGGUGUCGGUGAGGUGAAUUUUAAAGCUUAUUGGACUCAUGCUGGAAAACUGAUGAGGGAGACGUGUUAUCUCUUCUUUUUGAAUUUUUAUCACAACACAUGAAGUUCAGCUUCUGUACCUCUCUGCUAAGAAUGUGGGCUGGCUGCAAGAUGUCAACAGGUUUAUCUGGCAUUCAUAUUUACAUGCAAAAGCCUUCACACUGCUGGUUUGAGCAGCUCGCUCCAGAUGAGGCUCACAUGCCGCUUUUAGACAGAGAUAUUUACCAUCUGCAAAUAUUUGGAGGGAGCUGUGGCGUGAUAUUCAUGAGGAGUGUCAUACCUUGGGAAAACGAUUCGACCCGUCUGUCACCUGAGUCUAUCAAUAUUACUUUGAAAAUGCAAUCAGGGGCUGAAUCUGAGUAAGGUUGUGAGAUGUACAGGCAUAUAUAUUUGUCAAAUUGUACGUAUAGUCUGGAGCCACCAUGCAUGAAUACGUUGACAGGACACAUGGUUGUUUAUGUGUGUUUGUGCAGAUACCGAGGUUACGACUGUAGGAACAACCUGUUCUACACUCAGGGGGGUGAGGUGUUGUACCACGUAGCAGCUGUGGGGGUGGUCUACAGCCGGCAGCUGCACAGUCAGCGCUUCUACCUCGGCCAUGACGAUGACAUCCUGAGCCUCAGCAUCCACCCACUGAAAGACUAUGCUGCUACUGGACAGGUGCGCACACACACAGUUGAUACAAAACAAAACAGAGCUGACUCAUGAUACAGAUACUGAGAUAUAAACAGAGUAAAUUAAUAAGCCAUUCAUUGUAAAUUAAGCAGAAACUUAAAAGAGCUGUUUAAGAGUAAGAUUAUUGUGUGUUUUUGCAGGUUGGGAGGGACCCAGCCAUCCAUGUGUGGGACAUCCAGACUCUGAAAUGUCUCUCUUUGCUCAAAGGUUUCCACCAGAGAGGGGUGUGUGCUCUGGACUUCUCAGGUACCUUGUUUGUGUACCUCAAAAAACAGUUCAAUGUGUUUUAUUUUUUGCUCAGCGCACACCUGUAGAUGGUUUUUCCUUGCUGCUGUUGUUGUUGUUGAUUCUGAAUCUUAUCUCAGGAACCAGACCCUUAAAUCUUGUCUUCAAAAUCUAUGCCUGUGUUCCAGAUUUCUUUCUCACAGUUCCUCACUUCAGACACUUCCUCUGUCUCACUUUCCCUUUGUGCUUCGCCUCACUGUGUGCACUAUGUACUCUUACAGCGCCUGAAUUUCAACAGUGUUGUCUCGAACCCAGUCAGUCAACCGUGCACUUAAAGGGAAUGAGGGUUGCAACAUCACACUGCCUCUGGUUCUGUUCCUUCUUUCCAUUGCAAAUUGUAAAAAAGCUUCAGCAUUUAGCACCAACACUUGAAUGUGUUGCUGGAUUUUUUUCUUUCUUAAUUUUGAUCUAAGCUCAUUGAAAGUUGCUAAACAUGCGCCUGCUGUGACUGUUUUUAAUUGUCUUUGAGCUCCACAUGAUGUAAAAUAUGCAUCUGCAACAAGGCUGGUUCCUUUUCUGCUCCAUCACGAGGAAAGCAAAAACGUCUGUCUGUAAAAAAGGAAAAUUGUGUACUCUUUAAAAUGUAAAUUCAAACAUAAUGCCAGUAGGAAGAAAAUCACUUUCACAGCACCGUAGAAUGAUUCUCGCUCUUUCUCUCCUCUGCAGUUUCGCUCCUGGACUCUGUAAAGUGUCUCGUUUGUUGUGAAGGUAAUUUUUUCACAGGUGUCUGUCUCCUGUGUGUGUGUCUGAUGCAGCUGAUGGAAAGAGUCUGGUCUCAGUGGGAGUGGAUGAUGGACAUACAAUCGUGGUCUGGGACUGGAAGAGAGGCGAGAAACUUGCUACUGCCAGGUACAAUAAAAAUUACAACUGUUAUUACUCAAAGAUAAGUGCACUGUAAAAAAAAAAACACUAUCAGCAGACUGUAGGACUGCCAACAGAGUGACAGAGUAUCGUUUUUUACCUUCACCUCUGCUAUCACUACAACCAAAGCUGCUACAUGUUUUACUGCUCCAGUCAAACAUCCUCCGUCAUUAUCACUGCAACCAAACAGCACUCAUUACAAACUGCACAUGCUCAUCCUGUAGUUAUGCUUACUCUGAUGGGAGGAAUCAGAUGACCUCUCAUUGCUGCUCCACUGUGACCUCUGGGACUGUUCAUUUCUUCAAAUGCUUUCUCUGCUGUUGUUCUGCUUUGCUGUUUCCUACGACUGCUUUAUAGCUGAAGGCUUGCAUGGGGAGUUUUUAACUGAUUGUGAUUGACUGAAAUGAACAGUGAUGUCUAUUUAUGACUUUUAAAAGCAAACUAGAUGAUUAGCAGUAACACUGAAAAAUUCUUUGUUGUAAUUUUAGAGUCAGCAAGAGAGUAGAGGUCAGAUGAAGUAAUUUAAAGCAAACCGAGGAGACAAAAAGGAGUUAUACAAUAUAUUUGACUGUUGAGAGAAAGUAGCAUGGGAAAGUAAAACACCUCCUACUUUUACUCAGUGGAUCUGUGACGUUAUGAUGUUUUUGAACCUGGAGAAAAUCAGGUACUCUGUGCGUGGCUCUACAGAGAAAUAUAACAAGACUUGGUCCUUAUUUGUGACACAUGUCAGAAUGUCGCUUUGAGAUGUUAGUCUUUCUUGCUGCUUGAUCCCUGUAUGUAUGAUAUGUCAUUUUUGGGAAUUGGUAAGAAACGCUGUCAUUUAUUACCUGGUAAUGCUGUGCAGAUAAUAGAAUCUUAGCAUCAGUUUAUUUUUAUGUAGUUUUUAUUAUUUGUCUAUUUUAUUUUCUGUCUUUUUAAUCAUAGUAUUAUACAGUUUUUCAUUAUUUAUAUAUCUCCUUCCUCCUUAUAUACUCACUUCUUUAAUCACUGUAUAUAUAUUUUGGUGAACUAUACUUAUCUAUAGCUUUGGUUGUUUACCUUCUUAUUUGCCUCCUCUGGGUGAGGAGAGGGGGGGUGUAUGUCAUGACCUUCAUUGUUUUUCAACAUGCAUGUACAUGGAAAAUAUCAAUAAAUAGAGUUGAAAGAAAAAAAAAAGAAAGAAAGCAGGAUGAUUUUAGGUCAGAUAAUAGAUUUUACAAAUGCUCAGGAUGAGUGGGGGUUUUCACUUUGUCCACUGGGGCACCAAAAAUGACAAAAACAGAAAGUUUUAUUGAGUUUUUCUUAAGAGCUUUGAGUAUUUUCAGCCUUUGAAGUGUCUUUCUGCAUGUAAUGUUUUACUUGUGUUUGCAGGGGUCAUAAAGAGAAGAUAUUUGUGGUGAAGUGUAACCCUAUGCAGAUGGACAAACUGGUCACAGUGGGAAUCAAACACAUCCUUUUCUGGCAACAUUCAGGUAAAAGCUGCAGUCAUGUUUGAUUAUCAGACUUUGAUCCAAAUAGUGCUGCAGGUUCGAGAGGCACUUUUUCUGUGUCCUAAAACGCUGUGAGGUUGAGCUGAGAGAUCCUGCGUGAGUAGAGUCCGUAACAAGAACUAUGAACACUUGUAACUCUUUUGGGGUCUCUAUCAGGAGUCAAUAUUUGCAUUUCGUGCUUUGGCUUUUCUGUUUCUGCAGUAACCACUGCGCCGUCUUAUUACCAAUGUAAUCAACAUAAAAUCAUCAAUAUUCUGUAGUCUGUUGCUGACCUAUUGCUGCGGUUACAGCUAGUCUCCCAAAAGACACAAUUAAAUCCGUUAUUAAAUCAACUGCAGACUCUCAUGUGUAAGAGUUUGUGACCUUUGUGCCAACAGCUCUCAGACUGGGACACAGACUCUGUGGGGGGGGGGUCAUUAGGGAGGUGUAGUCUGGCUGCUGAUGUAGCUGCUCAGCAGCACAGUCAGCAGUUGUAGCAGCCAUGGCGUCAAUUCACAUAAAAUCUGCACUUCAAUCAGAAAAGACGCAAUUACCAGAGAGAGAAAAAAAGCGUCAGCGAAGGAUGAUGAAAGGGAAAUGUCUUUGCCAUUCAGACCUCACGAUGGUGUCCUCAUGUAUUCAAAGUGGUAAUGAGUUGGAAGAGGGUCAUGCUGGGACAGCUGACUGAAGCUAACAGCAAAAUAAGUGAUUGAUAACUUUGUGGUAAAAUUGAGUUAGAAUGAUUCUGUGAAGAGUAAAUGCCCACGAGGAGGCAACAAGAGAAGCAGGAAGAGAUGGAAAGAGAGAUACAGAGUGACAUGUAUAAAUGAUCAUUGAAUGAAUGAAUGAACAGUCUUCCGCUGAGCUCCUUUUAGGUUAAGAGUCAUAAUUGGUUGUAUAUAGAGUAAUGCACACUCUCAGUGGUCAUCAAUUUAUGUCCAUUAUACUUAAAACUAAAUUAGCAACUACAAUAAAGGGGAAAAAAAGCUUUUUAAGACUACAGAACUUGCAUUAAAGUCAUGAAAUCAAAUAACUGAGUAUCAGUUUUUUAAAAGGCUUUUGAAUGAUUAAUUUAUCGUGUUUAAAUGCUGAAUUUCUUCAAAAUGUAAACAUCAUGUAAACAUAAUUUAUAAUCUUGACUUUUAGACUGUAAGGCACAUGACUGAUCGCUACAUGCCAGCCUGAGUAUGUCCCUCUGACCCGAGUCCUCCACAUUGUUAAGUAGCCUGCAGUCAGCUGCCACCAAUCAAACAAGCCCUGUGGUGAACUUCUUUGAUUUAGUGUUGUCCACAUUCAUCCAUCACAUUUCUGAAGUAGUGCUCUGCUGGCUGUGAUGCCACUGUAACAUCAGUUUGAUUAGCUGCACCUCAAUGGAUAGCGUAUAGGUGGUAGCUUAAUGCCAAAUACUCAUUAGAUAAUUUACCUUUCCUAGACACUUAAUGCAUAUUAGUUUUAAUUAGUUCACUGAGCCAGCUGGGACUUUUUUGAGUGAACUUUGCCAUAUAAAAUAUUCAUUAUGGUAAUGUUAUUUUUAAGCAUGUUAGUAGCAGGAGGCAGGAAAAUGCUGCUGUGUACCAUUAAAGUUAUCUCACUGUCUUCCAGGUGGGGGUCUUACUUUUAAACGUGGUGUGUUCAGGAGCAUCAGCGGGCCGGAGACAAUGAUGUCAGUGUGUUAUGGCCGCAGCGAGGGGCUGGUGUUCUCAGGGGCUGCGACAGGUGACGUCUACAUCUGGAAGGAGCCGCUGCUGCUGAAAACAGUGAAAGUCCACGACGGGCCGGUGUUCGCUAUGUUCUCCCUCGACAAGGUGAGAUGGAGCUCUUUAGAUCAAAAAGGGUUUAUUCACAUAACUUCAAGUUGGGGCAUCAGCUUCACUCGGUGAGUUAAGCAGGAUCUGGGUAAGUGCCAGUUUUGGGGAGAAAUCUUGAAUGUAAACUCUACCCCUCCCAACCAGUUUUCCCCGCAGCUCCUCCUCUCCCCUCCCUCUCUGCUACAGCAAGCCCUGCCCACAAACAGACGCUCCUGCUUGCUCGUAUUGUUCCAAUUAAAUUCAGAUAUAAUGCAGAUAAAUGCAGAUAAAUACUUCAGAUAAUUACAAAUGGAGCCCAGUCUACGUGAAAAUAAAAAGCAUUGAUGCUACUGUAGAUGCCAACAGACUACCAGCAAACACAAUGUUUGCUGGACUUCUACAACUAGGAUAAAGUGACAUAGUCCAGGACCCGAGGUAAACAGUUUAGCAGCGCUACAACACACAGCAGGUCCAUUUGACAAGAAACGCUUCUGAUGCAGACACUGGGCUUACUCUGUUAAAGUGGUUUACCUGUCCAGCAGAAAGGUUACAGGGUCUGUAAGAUCCCAAAGCGUCCCCCAUCAACCCGGCUGUUUAGCUCUUGUCUGGGUGGUCUACCUCCUUCUUAAGCGCCCGUUAUUUCACCAGUCUCUGGUAUUUACUUUGUUUUCUUGCUUGUGUUGGCAGUCGUGGCUAAAGGAGGAUUCAGACAAUUUUCUGUAAUUUCUGGUUGGUUUCUACUGUCCAAUAUUGUAGCACGCUAACUUUGUUUGGGCUCCUGAACGACACGGGAGAACAGCGUCUGCCUCACAACCAAUCAGGAUGGGGGAGGUGGAGAAUGGCUUUGUUUACAGUUAGAAAGAGCAAAGCGCUGCGAAAUUUUAAAAUGUUGACUACACAGACAUAACAAAACACUGCGAUAUCAUUAUAUCACCAAAUGUCAUCAAUAACUAAUAGCUAUUGACUGAUAUUAAAAGCUUUUUUGUAUAUAUACCACAAAAAAGAUGCUUCUUUAACGGAUUCCUGCCUACCCCACCGUUAAAUCACCUUCUCAUGUACAGAGGCUACAGUCACAAAAGCAGUCAGCCUAGUGACGAUAAUGACCCAGGACCCUUUGCUUGAGUUAUUCUUGACCCUCUCCUCCCAGUUUCCCAUGAUUUCCUUCCCUGUCCACCAUCCUGACUCUCAAUUACCCAAAAAAAUUAAAUUCAAAGAAGCCUGCAGGACCAGGUUUUGAUUAAACAGUGUGAACGGCUCUCCAGACGAUUUUACUCCUACUUAAGAUCUGUUUACAUCUGUCAGCUUAAUCUGUGUGCGUGUGUGUGUGUGUGUGUGUGUGUGUGUGUGUGUGUGUGUGUGUGUGUGUGUGUGUGUGUGUGUGUGUGCGUGUGUGUGUGUGUGUGUGUGUGUGUGUGUGUGAUCGAACCUGCUGGAAGUCAGUGUUAGCCAUGUUGAACAGCAGCUAAAUGCCCAAAAUCUCAAUGUGGGCCCAAGCAGACGCGUACUUUCUUCUCAUGUUUUUCACCGUCAUUCCUCUGGUAGCUUUGGUUUCCUCCCUCUCCUUCUUUCUGCUCUGUUUUUUUAUGUCCCUCACAUCCAUAAUUACCUGACUCUUUUUCUUUUAUCAAACAUACAGUAAUUUGCAGAAAAGCUAAUUGAAAGACAGACAUGAGAGUUUAACCAGACACUCAAAUCAAUCCACGAUCAAUUUUUACUUUGACUCAACAAGUUAAUGUUCAAUGAUGCUUGAGUUAUGAUGUGUUUUUAUGGUUGAACCAUAGAAUUACAAAUAAUUUCAUAUUUAUAUUCCUACUUUUGCUCUUGUCCCCUGGUGUCUCUUCAUAAGGAGAUGGAAUAUCUUUAUCAUUUUCAGCGUUUAGGGAGUCAGUGAAUGUUUUAUGGCUCUCAGAGUUCACACUCUGUAAAAAAAUAGACCUUUUCAAACAGCAUAGACUGAGUGAGAGUCUUCAGAUUAAACAUGAAGCAGAUCUGAAGAUCUUGGGGUGAGUGGGAGAACAAAAGAGAAAAACCUGUCAGAAGAGGAAGACAAAGAGUGAAAGCUGACAGCCCACAGAGCUGAAGGAGGGGGAGGUGGUUGUCUUUCGCCUGUCUGACAUGUUUCUGCUUUGUUUCAGCUCAGCAGGGAGCUGCACAUGUCUCUUAUUGUACAAUCGGUAAUUCAGUGGAAAAUAUUUGUUUUUAAGGGGUUUGUGACAGGUGGAAAGGACGGUGUGGUGGAGCUGUGGGACGAUAUGUUUGACCGCUGUCUGAAGUCAUACGCCAUCAAGAGAGCAGCUCUAUCCCCCGGCUCUAAAGGUACACAGCUCUAUCCAGCAUUAAAAAAAGCCUGCACUACAUGCAACCACAUCUGAAAAAUUAAACAUCUCUGUGAAACUCAAGUGCUUGUUCAGAAACAUUGUUCUGGGACGCCCUGUCUGCUGAGAUAAGACAGAGUCCUUAUCACAGCAGCUCCUCACUUCCUUACAUUUCCUGUCCAUCUCCUGUUUCCUUUCAAUUAGCUGUAAUAUCCUGGAAACAUUAUUAAAAGAAUAAAUCUUCAUUUUGUGUUUUGAAUAAGAUGAAACCUGACAAGCUACAGCUUCAGCACAAAACCAACGUUAAAGUUUUAACAAGCCAACUGAUCAGCGUUUGUUUUCAGAGUCUUCUAUCCUUCUCCUUAAGGAGAAACUAGAUUUUUCUCUCUUCGUGUCUUUUUUUUUUUUAGCUCAUGGGUUCAAUUAUGUGGAACAUGCAAUCUUGCUGGGCUAGUGUAAUUUUAUCUGAAUUCAUAUCUGCACAAAAGUCUUGAAAUUUCACAAAAUUUUGGCGACUGGCUUCAUAUGUGAGUGUAAACUGUUCAAGUUUUCAAUAGGACUUAAUCCAAAUUUUUUCCUGCCUGCCUGCUUGUUGAGUUUUUUAAUGUAAGUUUUGGCUGAGCUGGAGUGAGAAUGCAGCAGGAAAUGUCCAGAAAAGUUCAUGUGGGUAGGUGAGGGUGAUGAUGACAAUAUUAUGUACCGGGUGUGAACCAUAAAAGCAACAUGUAACAGGAUGAACAGAAACCCCCAAAGUUGAAGGAGGGAUAUCCUUUUCAAGACAGGUAUAGAUAGGGCUGGGCGAUAAAACAAUAACGAUAUAUAUAUCAAAAAUUAAUUUCCCUCGAUAUCAAUAUAAAACAUGGUCAAUAUGCUUUUCAAUAGUCAGCAUUCUGCCAUGUUUUGAUGGACUAUACAAAUAGACAAUGAAAAGGAGAGUUUCUCCACAUAGUAGCAGGCUGCAGCUACACGCAACCAUAGCACUUUAACACGUGAAGCCGACAGCCCUGAUGCUCGACCUCACAGAUGCAGUAGCUUAUUGUAUUGCAAAAGACAUGCUACCAAUAAGCACUGUUACAUUUCCUUUAAGAGUAAGAGGGAAUAUUAAAGAUUGGCAAGCGAUUUUUUUAUAUCGUGAUAUGUAUAGAUAUUGACUGAUAUGAAAAAAAUAUUGUGAUAAACUUUUUCCCAUAUCGCCCAGCCCUAGGUACAGAGUAGAUGUCUGCACAUUUGUCUGUGUGCUUAUUGCCUUAUGUAAAUGCAAUAACUGUCUUUAUAUUACAAGUUCCUGUUGCUUUGUCAGACUGUAUGAACUACAUGCUUUUGCAGUGUGUUUUUUGUUGUCUUGUCUACUGAGACAUCCUCCUGCACCCCCACUUCCUCAGCAGUGCAGACUUUAGACUCUCAGGCAACAUAUGGAAACAAGCAACUGUGGGGCAGAGCUCGUGAGAAUUUCUGGAAUAUUUCAGUAGCUAUUGCACCCAGAGCGGCUUAAGCGAACGAGCAAAAGUUGUAAGAUUGAAUAAAAAGAAAAUCAAGUCGAGCUGUCAGAAAUACCACACAGGAUAAAAAAAACCUAAAUCAUUCAUGCAAAAAGGUGAUAUGUUGUUCUUCAUCGUCUUUGCACACCAGCCUCCUGUUUUUUCAAACACUUACAUAAAACACCUACACUAAACAACUUUACCUUAAAUGAAUUGACAUGUUUCAUUUGUUGAGUUUUAAAUUUAUUUGAAGUGGGGAUUUUCAACAGAGACAUCUUGAGACAGUGUUGACGCUCUUUUAUUCAGCACUGCCAUCUAGUGGCCACACAGUUAAGUACACCUCUGUUUGUGACCGUCUUUACCAUUUACCCAAAAUCAACACUUUGAUUACCAACCACGUAGAUGGCUAAUGACUGUGUGUGCCUGUGUGUGUGUCCAUGUGCAGGCCUGCUCUUGGAGGAUAACCCAUCCAUCAGAGCCAUCACUCUGGGUCACGGUCACAUCUUGGUUGGAACCAAAAAUGGAGAAGUUCUGGAGAUUGACAAGACUGGACCCAUGACCCUGCUGGUGCAGGUAUGUUGGGACUGGGAGGGUACUUUUAGAAGCCUUAUAGAUUGACUGGUACAUGUCCACUCACAUCAAAUCUCUGUGAACUUUAGGCAUGUUGUGGUCGGGUGACCAGUUAUCCCGCUUGAUUUGUCAGGACUCCAGGACUAAUAAAGUGUGUUACUGUUCAGGUUAAGAUGGAGCGAUUCUAUUCUAUGUUUAGGCUGUUAGACACUUUUUGAUCUCUGACCUCAUUUUUACAUAGUUUGGUGUCUAAUUGAUGAAGGGUACAGUUUACAAAAAAGGAUAUAAACCUGUUUUGUCAGUGAUAAGGAUGCUAUUUUUGAAAGUGGAGACUUCUCUUACAUUGCAUCUUAUCUUUUGCUCUAUUAUUGAAUUGUCUCACAAUUGAGAAUAUAAAUGUGACACGUAAAAAAUCAAAUAUUUUUCUCCAAUGGAGUCUGAAGGCUUUGAAGUGUGCAAUGAAAUCUCUGUUCCUGUGUAAAACUCUGUCCUUAACUAAAAAGUAAGUCAGAUAACUGUUUCCAUGGUGACAAGAAGUGCAGAUUGUUGAGCAGUUGGAUCCAAAUGGAAAAAACAACCACUUUUACUCUUUUCAUUUCAGCUUAGUAUUGUGUGUGUGUGUGUGUGUGUGUGUGUGUGUGUGUGUGUGUGUGUGUGUGUGUGUGUGUGUGUGUGUGUGUGUGUGUGUGUGUGUGUGUGUGUUCGCAGGGUCAUAUGGAAGGUGAGGUUUGGGGUCUGGCUCCUCACCCCCUGCUCCCCGUCUGCGCCACCGUCAGUGAUGAUAAAACAUUGCGACUGUGGGAGACAUCCGCCAAUCACCGCAUGGUGGCCGUCCGCAAGCUGAAACGAGGUCAGCUGUAGGAGCAGUUCAGACUUGGUGAUAAUGGGAUAUGAUACUCACAAGUUUGAAUUAGUGUAAUCACCUGAACAUAAUUCAGGUCUGACGUGCAGCCAGCUCAGAAGAACGACAGAGAGUGUGGUCGUCUUUAUCUUUAAAUUGUUUUACCUACAAGGAGUCAGCAGCUUACAACAAAGGCAGCUUCCUCUGACUGAGGAAUUCAGAUUUUCACACAUCCUUUAUGCCGUCUAGAAACAGACACCCCCGCCCACUAACAUAACAUCUUACAAGUAGCAUGACAUUACAACAGUAUCCAAAUAUGGUACAGGUUGCAGUUGUGGUCUGUACUGGGAGAACAAAGACAGCUUAGUUCAUCAUCAGGUUCCUGUUCAUCAGUUCAAUGUCACACUGUUGGGAAAACAACCUCUGAGUGAAAAUGCAGCACUCAUCUAGUUGCAUGGCCUCAGUAGAAAAGUAACAGUCCCGACUCCAAGGCCACACUUCUCCUUUCUCAUGCUCAUUAAAAGAAACAGAUAUAAUCCUACAAGCAUUCACACCAAGUCAUUUUUAGUAAAUGAUGAUUAACAUACAUAUAUAAUGAUAAAAUACACAUGUGAUAGCAUAUGCACACAAUUUUUCUUUCAAUUAAACAUAAUGUUUUGUGUUUUGAAGGAGGUCGCUGCUGUGCCUUCUCUCCUGAUGGGAAGGCGUUGGCUGUCGGUUUAAGUGAUGGCGGUGUGCUGGUGGUGAACGCCGACACACUGGAGGAUCUAGUGAGCUUUCACCAUCGCAGGGAUGCCAUCUCAGACGUCCGCUUCACUCCUGGUAACCACACACACAUGUGCACACACAAAAACAGAUGUUACUGCAGAGAAUGAGUCCACUAUUCUUCGCUCUUGUCUGUCGUGCUCUCAGACUCAGGGAAAUUCCUGGCGGUGGCGUCACAUGACAGCUUUGUGGAUAUCUACAACGUGCUGAGCAGCAAGAGAGUGGGCAUCUGUAAAGGAGCUUCAAGUUACAUCACGCACAUCGACUGGGAUACCAGAGGUAACACUGCAUGCUUUUUGUACUUUAUCUCAAACAGCCUCAAGCUUUACUUUGCAGCAAAUACCCUCCCCAUCAUCUGCUGAUGUGGGGAAGUUUCUCUGAUACCAUCUCAAAUCUCAGCAUGGAUGGUUAAUAAAUCUGGAUUGUGGAUUGUAUAAAAGGAGUGUAUGAAAGCUAAUCUGCCGUUUUUAAAAUGGCCAGCAGAGGGAGACUCCACUACCUGCAAAGAGAGGUGUAGUUGUUUUUGUUUAGUUUGUUAUUUUAAUAAGCAUUUUCUGAAUCAGUUCCUGGUCUCACUUCCUAGUUUUGAGUUGUCUUCAAACAGCAUGGUGUGAUUGUGAGUUUUGACUGUAGAAUAAAGACAAAGUGAAGUUUUAAAUGUUUGUAAACUGACCCCUGAUUAUUCCACCACUUCAGGCUCCAGCAGAGUUUUAAAAUCUGAGUGAUGCCUUAUAGUUUCACUUCAUGAAUUUUACCUUUGAAAGGAAGGAGGAUUGUGUUAGAGUUUUGUUUUGAAGCUGUGUGUUUGUGUGUUUGUGUGUGCUGUCAGGUAAACUGCUGCAGGUGAACACAGGAGCAAAAGAGCAGCUCUUCUUUGAGGCACCGAGAGGAAAGAGACAAACCAUCAGGAACUCUGAGGUGUGUUGAGUUUGACUCAGCUCUGUGUUGUUUUUAAAUGCCCUCAAGCAACAACCGAUGUGAGUUUAAACUGACAGCCAUAAAUAUAUUUCAUGUUAGUCAGCUGGUAGAUUAACAAACACUGCUACAUACUGUACAAACACACCCAACUAACAACUGUGCAUUUGAACUGUUUUAUAAGUAGUUAGUUUGGAAAAUGCUGCUAGUUGAGCAGGUUUGUUAGUGAUUCUUGUUGUUUUUCAUCUCUGAAAAACUGUAAAUCUUCAAAGUUUUAAAGUCCCACUCCAAUUAUUAUAAUAUUUUUUUUACUACUUAAAGUGUUAUCAGUGAUCUUUAAAUCAUGAUUAUGAAGUUUUUUGCCAAAAUUGCAUUACCUCUGUCAUUUUCAAGGGGUUUUUUUUUCUGCAGAGCUCCAGUAGCUCAUUAGCAAUUUGCCUAACAUUGCCAGUGUAGUAGAAGUGGCAGGUCACACAGGAGCAAUUCAGCUCUCGGACACUAAAGUUUUUAGGGACAUGAUAAAAGUUAAUUUCAUAAUUAGCUUUCUUACGAGCAUUGCAAUCCACUAACGCACACGCUUGUUCUGCGAUCGUCCUCUGAAUUUCUCCUCUAUAUGCAGAGUCUGGUCUGAAUAGCAGGACCCCGGGGGCGGAGCUUGGAUUAGUUACGUAUGAAAUCUUACUGUGUCUGGACCUGCCGUUUGGGUCUGCCAGAGAUUUGCAGUGAUUUGAAUGAAGAAAUACUCAGAAAAGCAAUUUCACAUUUAGUUUUCUCAUGUUAUGUCCUGUAGCAUCAGAAAAUUGCAAAACAUAUAAAAACAAGAAAAACAUGAUUUUAUCAGGGUGGGUCUUCAAAUCCUGUUCAUGAAGUCACCUCCCUAGUCUGUUUUUGUAUUUCUUGUUGUGAAUGUAUUUAGCUGGAGAGGAUCAACUGGUCAAACUGGACGUGUGUCCUUGGUUCAAGCUGUGAUGGAAUCUGGCCGACGUACAGCGACAUCACCGACAUCAACGCUGCCUCUUUAACCAGAGACCGAACACUGCUCACCACCGGGGACGACUUCGGCUUUCUCAAACUGUUCAGCUACCCUGUUAGAGUACGAGACCGGACACAUCACUGGUUACUGAUGAUUGUGAUUUACAUGACACAAAGAGAGAAAUUAACAUGACUGAGAUUUUAUUUUAUUUUAGCUUAUCUUCCCCAGAAAUACACAACAGGAACAAAGCUGAACAUGCAGCAAAUACAGUAUGAUAAAACAAUCGAACUAACAUGACAUAAACAUGGAAAAAGUGUUAGAUAAUUAUAGGAUUGUUAUAAUUUAAACAAGAAGAAAAUGAAUGAAGCUAAUAAGCGAUAGAUUAAUACAAGAUGGAUGAACUGAAUAUAAACAUGAGAUACAGAUAAAUCUAAACUAAAAUAAAAAAGAACCAUUAGAUGAGCAAAGGAUAAACACAACAGUCUAGUCAACCUUUAAGGAACUGAAAAAAAAUAUUUCUGUGCAAUAAUUUAAUUUUGCAAGCAAUGUUUUCUUACUGCCUUAUUAGUCAUCUCUUAUGUCCUUUUCUCUGUAUUGUUUGUUUGCUUCAAUUUUGCGACCCUUUUCAGCUGUAUAUCUCUCCUGUAAAUGUUUCCUUUGCAUCCUUCACUACUUUUCUUUUUUAUCAGUUUCUUUUUGAACUUCCUCAUUGCUUUACUUCCUCUCUUUCUGUCGACCUUUGAUAACUAACCGUAUUAGUUAAUCUCUUUAUUAAUUCUUCCUCUUCAUCUCUGUAUUCUAAGUAAAAAGGUAUUAUAGUAUAUGUUCGAGGUGACAGCGAGUCAUCUGUGUGUUUCUUCUCACCCCAGGGUCAGUAUGCUCGCUUUAAACGUUACGUUGGCCACAGCGCACAGGUGACCAAUGUCCGUUGGGCUCAGGAUGACUCCACACUGCUGACUGUGGGAGGGGCCGACACCGCCCUGAUGAUCUGGGCGAGAGAGAGAGGAGGCGUGGCCAGUGGGGAGGGGGAGGGGCCCUUGUUCCGUGAUAACCGACCACCUGUGGACAGCGAGGAGUCAGAUGACGACAUUGAGGAGGAUGGAGGUGGGUGUGAAUGUGAUGUAACAGGAGCUGGUUUCUGACACAGUUUAAAAAUCUCUGAUCUUUAUUUGCACAGGACGGGCAGAAACCUCAAAACUGUCCCUGCAGAUGUGUCAAAGUGCGCUCUUCGGUUGAAUACAUGUGUUAGUGUUCAGAAAUAUGGACAACAACAGAGGUUUUUUUUUUUUGUUUGAAACCAAAUGAAGAUAUAUGAGUUUGUAUUUUCAGGUCACUGAAAGCUCGGUAUCCUCUGGAAAGUUUUUUUUUAUUCAACCCACAACUGGUGUUUUUGAGAACAGUCAAACUAUUUUAUUCUGUAUUUUAUUUAUUUGUGUGUGUGUGUGUGUGUGUGUGUGUGUGUGUGUGUGUGUGUGUGUGUGUGUGUGUGUGUGUGUGUGUGUGUGUGUGUGUGUCUAAAGGCUACGACAGUGACGUUGCUCGAGAGAAGGUGGUUGAAUACACCACAAAGAUGUACUCAGUCAGUCUCAGAGAAAUGAGAGGGACCAAACCUCACCAACAACAGAAAGAGCUGUCUGCUGAAGAGAGGUAAACACACACACACACACACACACACACACACACACACACACACACACACACACACACACACACACACACACACACACACACACAAAGACAAAGACAAACAAACUUAACACAACAUAAUAUGCUCAAGUGAAAGCUGCACCAAACACGUGCAUGACUGGCCACCUGCUGUAGGAAAUGCGACACUCUGAAUCAAGCUUCUGAAUUUUAAAUAAAUUGUAAUUAUUGUCUAAACUGACUGAUAUAAAUCCAGGGGCUGAAAUAACACUGUUGUCGAUGCAAAGAGCUCACAAAUGACAAUUUAGAUUGAUGGACAAUGACACUUCACUGACAGUUUCUCUUUUAAUCAACAAUACUUUAAUUAUUUAAUUAUAUAUUUAUUGUAUGUUACUUUUUAGUUUUUCUAAAAAGUCCUUAAGUGUUGAGUUAAUUUGAUUCUGCAUCUGUCAGAGACAACAGAAAAGUAAUUGGAUUAUACUUAAUCACAUACUGAAAUAUUAGUUGUUUGAAAGCAGCUUUAGAAAAAGUACUCUGAACCUGUAUCUCAUAAUGCAAAUUAUAAAGUGACCCUGAUAAGUUUGCAGAAUGGUCAGUUUUAAAGGCGUUUAUAUGUUUAUCUCUUCACUGCUGCUGCUGAAGGUGAAAGAGGAGUUUUUAUUGGCCAAUUUACAUCUCUGUACACAGAGAAGCAGACAAAUGUAGAAGCACACUCGCCCUACUUGUUUGAAUGCUCGUCUACAACAUCACAUGUACCUGGGGCAUUUCAAUAAACAACCAGCUAUAAACUGGAUGUUGGACCUAGCUAGCCUAGAAGCCCAAAAUUUUGUUACACUUUAGAUGAUCUGAUUGGAAAAAAAAUAGCUGAGCCACGCAGGUUUUACUUGCAUUAGCUAGUUGUUGGGAUAAUUAUCUAAACUGUGAAUUAUCUCCAAUGUUUUCAUCAAAAAUGCAUCAAAGUCUCUUCAUCAUUCACUCAGACAUCCUUGACUGAGAUGGUUUUUUGUUGUUCUUUCUAUUUUUUUUUUACUCUAUCUUCUUGGUGCAGCUUUAGAGUUUGUAAAACUUGAGCAUUAAUGAUUUGAAACUUUCAAGAUGACAUUUUCUGACUUUAUGCCCCAGACUGUGCACAAGCUCAACUGAAACAUCCAUCAGAUUUCUUUUUUUUUUUUUACUGACACGGAAAUCUUCUGCUGUUUGUGUGAUUAAUGGCAAAAGUGUGUGUGUUCAUGAGUGUGUGUGUGUGGUAUUGUCUGUCGUUCAAGUAGCUCAGCUGCACCACACUGGGUGUUUGCUCUCCUGCUUGUUAAAAUCAGAGGGAUUUGUGCCUCUGAAGCAUGCACAGGCUUCUGCAUGAUCAGUGUGCUUUGUAUGAUCUCUAUGAGAAGCUUUCGUCUGAGUUUGCUGUGUAUGUGUGUGUGUGUGUCACCUUGCAUAUCUAAAUCCUUGUAAUCUCAGUGUCAGUGAGUUUCUGUGCCCAAAACACACAACAACAAAGGGAACCUAAAAGGUACAAAUGAAGUCUGUAGAGUUCAUUUUUCAUCUUACCAUCUAAAAAAAGUUUAAUCCCAUUCUAAAUACUUUAAAACACAUGACUAAAUAAACUCAUUUUCAUACAACAUCACUGAGCACCUCAGCCACAGAUCAACAGGUUUGUAAAAACAUUAUUUAAAAGGUAUAAAGGUGUCUCUGUACCCUUAAUACUUUGAUAUAGUUCUUACCCAGGAAUUUUUGGUUUUGUCCCUUUGUGGUACCCUUAUCUUUGAGUGCUGCUGCUGCUGCUCUCUGGCCUUGCCUGUAGAGACUCUUAAUAUCUGUUGUGUUUUAACUUGCAUUCCCCUGGAGGCAGGGCAUUGUCAAGUAAGUAUGACCUAAUCCUUUCUUCUUAUGAUAAACAGAAAUAGAAAAUGUCAGUGUGCUAAAACAGAAAUAUAAGUGCGCUGCUGUUGAGGGGAAACCUGUGAAUGAGGGUAAAAGCUCUGACCUAAAUUCAAAAUGUGGUCUUUUAAAUGUUGAAACAUGGUCCAGUCUUGGUCCAGAAACAGACUGAUGUUUUAAACUGAUGCAUUUGAUGAUGUUCAGUGAUGGCCUUCAUCAACUGACUAACAAUUUCAAUAUUAAAAUGUAACGCCCAAAAUUGCUGCAAGAGGUUAGGUGCCCAGCCACAUGUGUAUGCCUCAGUAUUUUUUUUAUUUUUUUUAUUAUAUUUUGCUAUGUACAAGAAAAAAUAUCUGUGAAGAGUGAAGAAAUGUUCAUUUCUUCCACAGGGUGUGUAAAGACAGGUACAGAUCAAAAUCCUCACAGGAGCUUCAACUGGGAGUUCUGGAAAUUAUAAAAUUAUAAUCAUAAAUUAUAAUUCAAUAAAUUAUAACUGAUUUUUCCCCUGAAAAUAUUUUUAUGAAUUUAUUCUUUUUCCAAAGCUGCAUUAAGAAAUUUGAUUUUGGCACCUUCUCUAAACAAAGAGGAACACCUUAUCUGUUUGCCUGUACAUGUCAAAGGCAGCGUUGUCUAACAAAAAUAAUCUUGUCCCGCUUUCUUUGAACAGAUAUAUUGGGCAGUAUGCAGUUGUAGAUCAGUGGAAGUAGGAGUUGAGUUCAUCCUGGUGCAGCUGUGUACCUGUCCAGAUAUCAUUUAUGUAAUCUGGUGAUUCUAGAGGGGGGAGAGUUGCAGGUUGAGUCUAACAGCAUGAAAUAAUACAAAUGAUCCCAGAAUCAAACUACUGUGAGGGUGCUGGGUCAGAAUUUUCUCUGCUUUUUCUGUGUAAAAACUGCCAGUUUGAAUGAAUAAAUAAACGAAAGAGUAUCCAACGUUUAUCUGCUGAUAGAUAUAAUGAUAAUAAUAUGGGGGGUCUAUUUGUAGUUUUAUGUGAGAAAAUGUCAUGCUUUGUCAUUCAUGUGUAACUUUGAGUCCAUGUUUUGGUAUUCUUAAAAAAAAAAGCUUCCUCUAAUUCAGACAAUCAUAUUCUGCAUUAAUUUACCAUUUUACCUUUUUAUCAUCUUCUCACUGACUGAUGUCUGAACUAAGCACUACACAUUUCAUUCCACCUUCCUCUCUAUGUCUCUCUUCAAAUCUAGCUUGUUCUUCCUCCAUCUACACCUUUAAUCUUAUUCAUAUUUCUAACUCUUUCAUCUUUGAAUUCACAGUUUUCUUAACUCCUCUUCAUCUCCUGCCUUUUUCCUCCUCCUGCUUUUGAAGUCCUAUGUUUUGUGUCAGCAAAGCGGUCUUGGUAUAAACCCUUUUCCACAGCCUGGUGUCUCUCCCGCACUUAUUCUAUGAUCGCGCUUUCAUCUAAUCUACUAAAGCCUCACUCAGACAUUAACAACAUCCCAGAGGGAGGUUGGGAAUCUUGUAGACAUGCACAUAAAGCUUCAACUAAGCCUGAUGAGACUGACUGAGAUUAAAUAUCAUGGAUAAAGGACAUAGGAUGUAUGGAUUGCAUAUCAGAACGAGACUAGAUUGCUUAUUCUUUGUGAACCAGGGAUUAACACUUGAGUAUUAACUUAGUGAGACAGAGACUAUGUUCACACUGCAGGUCAAUUCCAAUUUUUUAACCAUAUGUGACACAUAUCUGAUUUUUUCAUGCAAGUGUGAACAGUGCAAUUCUGAUAUUUUCAAAUCUGACCCAGGCCUCUUUUAUAUGUGGAAUUAAAUCGGAUAUGUAUCGGAUGUGACUGCAGUGUGGACGCACAGGUUGCAUUCAUCUGACCUAUAUGUCAUCAAUACGCGACAAACGUCACCAUUGUUGGACAACACCAACAGGCGCGGAAAGAAAUUUGUGCUUUGUGCGCAUGCGGGUCACUUCACGGACGCAUUCGGUUCACAUUAGAUGCCGCAUUUGUUGUUGUAAUGUGAAUGACCGCACAAAAAGAUCGGAUUAAACAAAAAAUCUGAAUUGUGCAUCUUAACCUGCAGUACGAAUGUCGCCCAAGAUGCUACCCUGAAAAAUGCAGAAAGCCUUAAACAGAAAGCUGUGAUACACUGAACAUAACUAAGGCUACGUUCGUACUGCAGGUUAUGAUGCACAAUUCGGAUUUUUUGUUAAAUCCGAUCUUUUUGCGCGGUCGUUCACAUUACAGCAACAAAUGCGGCAUCUAAUGUGAACCGAAUGCGUCCGUGAAGUGACCCGCAUGCGCACAAAUAGCUUUCUGCUCCUGUUUGUGUUGUCGAAAAAUGGUGACGUUUGUCGCAUAUUGAUGACGUAUAGGUCGGAUGAACACGACCUGAGCGUCCACACUGCAGUCACAUUGGAUACAUAUCCGAUUUAUAUCCACAUACAGAAGAGGCCUGGGUCGGAUUUGAAAAAAUCUGAAUUGUGUCACAUAUGGUUAAAAAAUCAGAAUUGACCUGCAGUGUGAACAUAGCCUUAGUGUAGCCAAAAGUGGAGCACGAGGUUUACUAAAACAAAGCAGCUGCAGCGAUUGCGGCUGCGGGUGAAAGCUGACCAGCACAAGUUUAAAAAAAUAGAAAAUACAAAUAAUGCUUUUGGCAGCUCAUUAAUAUUACUUUAACAGCUGCAAAAACACAGCAGAUGUUAAUAAACUGACAGUAUAAUUGACACACCUCUCAGAAAUUCUAAGGUGAUCCAUGUAUGCAAAUGAAAUAUGACCAGAGCCAUGUUGCAAAAAAAUAGUAAUUUCAGGCUAGGUUUAAAUUAGUCAAAGUGCAAUGGUGUGUUUAAGUGAAAAUCAUCACAAUCUUAAAAAAGCUGCAGGCGCAGGAACACUAGGGUGAAUAGCUGUUUAAAAACUGACUUUAGGAUGGAAGAGUUCAUAAAAAUUUCUGAAAAAAUGUAAUAAAUACAGUUGAUAAUAAGUACUGUUGAUAAAUAACAUCCACACCAACAUAAAUUUUUGGGUCACACUUUGAUAAAAAAUCUGCAAUUUGACAUUGUAGAGUUGAGCCCAUCUGCAGCCUAGUUCUCUGCAGAGUCUCCUGUGAGUGAUAAACUCAGUGUGGACAUGUACCUCACACAAAGCCAUUGAAGAAUAAACAAAUAAAGAUCAAUUAUCCCUGUAAACUCUGAGAUCAGGGUACAAAUAAUCCACAGCUAACUCACUGACUCUGUGGUAACAUUUCACUUUCCUGUCACAGCAUUAUGGGACCUGUAGAUGUUGGUGACAGUAAAAGGCUCAAAUAAAAGUCAGACCUUGUUCCUUUUUGACUUUGGCACACGCCUGAUUACUGAUUGCUUCUGCAUGUUAGCCUGACAGUCUGACGACAUGCAUCAGUAGUACUCUGGCUUUUAUAAGCAUGUAGCCACACCUAGUCACAUGAUAGUUUUUCUCAAGCAUGAGGUUUUAUGAGUGUGUGUGUGCGUGUGUGCGUGCAUGUGUGACGUAUUACAGUGCACAUCACAGACUGUAAUACAGCAUUAUUUAUGCCUACUGCGAUUAUGACUCCCGUUAUUAUGAAAAAAGCUAAAGCUAGGCAUUUUUUAAACCUUUGUUUGGUGCAGAAAAAAAAAGAUAAUUUCUGUCAUCAUAAAAUCAUGAAACCUGUAACAUUAUUUAUAAAAUUAAUUUGCAAUUGCAAAUCAUGUUCACAGAAACCAAAGUUUAUACCAGAGAGUGAUAUUUAUGUAGUAGAAAUCAUGAUAAGAAAAUGUUUUUAAGCACUCUGCAUCAAGAAUGAAUUAAUUUGAUCAGCCUCAGAAGUGAUGAAGUGAGAACUGUCUGUGUCAGAUAGAUGUAACUCAGGGAACACAUCAGUUAUAAAUAACUUCAUGGACAAGAAUAAAAACAGUUACAGUGACAAUAGGGAGUUAGUGCAUUCACCUAGACAGGGGCACAGUUCAGUUUAAUUAGGAUGGCGAUACGUCCUCUCUUUUACCCAGACAUGUCCUCUUAUUAGGGGGCUGUCCGGCCUUGUCCAGCUUUGUCCGAGGAAGUUUAUAAAAUCUUUCAAAUGUCCAGAGUAUUGUGCAGAAGUUUCAAGCUUGUGUCACGUGGACUUACUGAGUUAAAGUAAAAGACACUCAAUUCGACCCAAAAAGCUCUCAAAAUUAACUUCGUGCAACUCUGUGACUCCGCCCCCACAUAGUCGUGUCCUCUUUUUGGGGAUUCAGAAUAUGGUCACCCUAGUUUAAUAGACCUCUAGACCUAGAGUAAUAUAUAUAUAUAUAUAUAUACUCCUGCCCUGUUUGCCUACUGAUAUUCUGAGAUUUUUUGCCAUCUUCACAGUGAGGGAAGUUUACAGACAUCUCAAUAAACAGAGCUGGCUUUCCUGUGUGAAAGGUAUUAGUCCUGUCCCAUUUGACAUCAGGUUUAAUUUUUUAUUUGCCUACAUGAAGGAAAAGUGCUGUGGUGAGCGUUUGGAGCAUUUAAGCGUUAAAAGUUGAUAUAUUUCUGUUGUAGCUUCAGUUCAACUAACUCUUCUCCAGCUUCCCCAGAACUGUAUAUCCAUGUGUUAUAUUUAUUUAUUUAUUGUUUAAUCACUGUACUAAUAAUAUACUAUUGGUAAAUUAGUUGUUGUCGUUGUUGUUUGAAAUAUAUUAUAAUGACUACAACGCAGCAUAAGCAAUCAUUGUUAUGUUGUUGAUGAGUUGUUUAAGUAGGAAGGAGACAGACAGAGAUAGGGGCCGACAAGUGUGUGUGUGUGUGUGUGUGUGUGUGUGUGUGUGUGUGUGUGUGUGUGUGUGCGUGUGUGUGUUAGUAUGUGUGUGGGUUUUCUAAAGCUCUGUACCUUGGUUCUGUCUCUCUGCUGUCCAGGGGAUCCAGGUAACACCUGUCCACCUGUCUGUGCACAGCCUCCUCAUUGUGUGUGUAUGUGUGUGUUUGUAUCACACAGCGGCUGGCAUUACCUUCACACUGUCCACAGCCUGCAGGUCAUUUUUCAAGUCACUCAUGAAGACUGCUUUUAAAGACACAAUGUUAACAUUUGGUCCAACUUUACAUUUUAUACUUUCUCUGUUAAAUGAAGCAAAACUACACGUUCACAUACAUCAAAGACAUGACCAUAGAGCUUAUUUACUCCAUUAAAUCAUGUAAAUUCACCCAUUGCUUUUUUGGUCUAACCUUUUGAAGACUUUGGUCAUUGCCAUCUUGGUUAUUUGAGGCCAGAAGUAACUAUUUUUUUUGCUAAUUCAAAGAAGCUAGCAGGGUGAGAAGUUAGCUAGCAUGGUUAGCGGGGCACAUCCAUGAUGAAUGUAAACUGGGAUGAUGAUUUAAAUGCCACUGUCAGCUUACAAAUAAUUAGCUAUUAAACAAAAUAUUUUUCCUACAAAAUAGAAGCACAACACUCCACAAGGUUUACAUACACACUAAAUAAGCCAGUUUUUAAGUAGAGACUUACUACUCACAAGGUAGUUAUACUCUUAAACACACCCAUGUUUUUAAAACGCCAUCUUACCCUGAAUUAAGCCUGAGAUUACUUUUUGAUCGAGUUAGUAGCUCAUACUUUAAGAAAUUGAAUGUUAUUUUGAACUCAUAAGACAGAUAUUCACAGGGAAGUAUAAAAAAUUACAGACCUCAAUACAAAUGCACCUUUUUGUUUGUCAGCCUGAAUUGUUACUCAAUUACGACCAGUAUUAGGGCCACACUAAGAAAGAAAAAAAAAAUCAAGACUUCGAGAUUAAAGUCAUUGGUAACAAGAACAAAGUCAUUACUAACUAGAAUGAAAUCAUAAUUAAGUAAAUACCAGAAUAAAGUCAUACUAAAAUCUUACUACUACACAAGCUUACUACUACUAUUACUUACAAGGAUAAAGUUGUAUUAAAAUCACUAUGAUAGGCUACUUAAGAUCAUUUGGUGCUGAUGUGCCAAAAGAUUAAGAAUCUCCUUGUUUGAGAAACCCUCAUUAAAGUACAUUUUCACAAAAUGCUCCAUGGCUCUCAUUUCAACAACUGUCAUCUUAAACAACAGGUUAAAAUCAUAGACUGUGUAUAUUAUGGAAAACUUGGUUCUGCCUCCCGCCAGUAUGCAGAUUUGAAGCCAAAAAGCUCUCUGUAUUUCUGUGAUUUUUCUUCAUUUCCUGAAACCAACGUUGCACAGUAGCGUUGUACGCUACGGUAAGCUACACAAUCCUUAAACGCCAAUAGGCUGUAUCAGGUGUCAAUCAUAGAAAACAUGAACCCUCUAGUAACUCAACAUCACAACUGGGGGGAGAAAACUUUAUAUUCUGUGUUAUAAAUUUCCCAUAAGCUUUGCUGGCGGAGGCGGGAUUUACGACCUAUACUGCAGCCCGUCAACAGAGGAUGCUGUUCUCGGCGUGGUUUCACCCAGUGAGGAGGCAGACGCUGUCCAUUCUAUAUACACUCUAUGGUUAGAAUAUAAGGACUUCGUUCUCGUAAUCUUUUAAUGUGGCCCUAAUACUCCGUCGGACUCAACCGAUUAUGUUUAUGAGUGAAGUUGUCAACACAUUUUCUUUUUUGUUGACCGAGCCUAUGUAGUGUACAGUUAUUCAGGGAUAACUCUGAUUACUCACUGACGUCCAGUGAUCCCUUGUCAAUAUCAAUAUUUGCACAUUUCAGGAGUACGGUUUGGUGGCUUUAUCUCUUUUAUAUAUGAAGUGCAUAUUAUGUUUGACUUGCCAAACAACUGCGGUGGUGUCGUUAUUUACCAUCAGGGCAACAGCAGGAACAGGGCCUCAAGUACAGUGUGCUGGAAGGGACAAAAAAAAACUAGAGCUCAAAUCCUAGUCUCAGUAGCAGUGAUAUUAAUUUUACUGUCACAUGUAUUUUCCUCACUAGUGCUAUCACUGUUUAUGUUUGUUGUGUUGUACAAUUACUGACCAGCACGAUUUAUUCAGUGUGCAAACUAGUCGUGGACUCUGCAGAGAGGGACAGAGGUCAUAGGUCAGGUUGCAUAGUCUGAAUCUUUGAAGUCCAAGCAGCAUCAUGGCCUGAUGCAUUGAACCACCAUAUGUCUAUCUCUGCUGUUUUCAUGUCAGUUUUAUCUGUCUGUCAAAAACACACAUCUGACCAGCUUGUCUCAGCUUUCUGUCUGUUUUUCUGACUGUUUUUGAUUGAUGAAAUGACUAACAGUCUGAUCGAUCCUCCAGACCUCCAGUGAGUCGAGCAGCGCCACAGCCAGAGAAACUCCAGAAGAACAACAUCUCGAAGAAGAAGAGACUGGUGGAGGUAUAUCUGUCUCUAAGUCUUCAUCUCUGUCUGUCUGUCUGUCCCCCCUAUUCAUCUUUCUCUUCUCUCUCCUCUUCCUCCAGGACCUGGUUUUGGAUCAUGUAUUUGGUUUUCGGGGCUACGAUUGCCGUAACAACCUGCACUACCUCAACGACGGCUCUGACAUCGUCUACCACACUGCCGCCACCGCCAUCGUCCACAGCUUUAGCACCGGUAACCACGACAACAAGCUCAUACUAUGAAUAGUAUAUGUAGUGUUGAACAACAAAAAUGACUUGCAACACUGUGGGUCCAUAUUAAGCUGAGGUCAUGUGGACAGACAGAGCAGCACACACCAGGAACUAUUAAAUAAAAGUAAAAACUUGCGACACCAAAAUAGAUUUCUUUAUUUGUGGACUGUUUUUUAUUAUUUUAUUAGCAAUGACACUGAACUGUAUCUCUGGUAGUAAUGAAGAUCCAGAUUAACAGGGUUGUUGUAGUGAUCUUCUCUGACUUAGAAGAUCAGAGUGAUGUUGAACCUCUUUUCUCUGCAGGAACUCAGAGCUUCUACCUGGAACACACUGAUGAUAUCCUUUCUUUGACUGUCAAUCAGCACCCAAAAUACAAAAACAUCAUCGCCACUGGACAGAUCGGUACAUUUUGUGUGUGUACGUCUUGUGUCUGCAUGUCAGUGUGUUAAUACUAACUUGUGUGUACCAACCUAAACGAGUCCUGCUUUUCUCUCCUCUGCUUCAUGUUUAACCUGCUUGCUUUUUUUCUACUGAGAGAAUAGAAACAGACCGAUAAGACAAAAAAGGAGGGAAAUCAGAUGUUCAGUUGAAACAAAAAGGCAAAGGGUUGACAGAUUGGAUUGAAAAAAUAAAUAAACUUGAUAGCCAAGAUGAACUUUUAUGGACACUAUCUUUAAUAAAGGAGCUGAUGGCUUCCUUUAUUUCAGGAAAUAAGCUGUCUGUUCUUGGCUCAUCCACUAGCUAGCUUUACUUUUCUACAGAUUUUGAGGUUUACAAUCAACAUAUUGGUCUCAGAUUGUGUGUGUUAGGGUUCCCCAAGCCCUUAUUGAUGAAAAUUUAAAAUACACUGGUUAGGGUUUUGUCUUUUUUUAACAUAAAUAUGGGAUUACGUCCUCCUGUCCAACAGACUGUAUCUAAAAAAUAGAUGGAGUCUUGGGGCGUCUGUUUUGGCUCAGAUGUUCAAACCGGCCCCCCCCCUUUACAGAGGCUACAGUCCCCAUUGUGCUGGUCAUACAAUGAAAUCUUUGUCCCCGACAGCAUUUGGUUCAUGUCAACAUCCCCUACAGAUAUACAGUAAUUCCAUAUAUACCCUAGCAUUAGCUGAUAACUCAGCAUUUUCUACACAUCAUUCCUUUGGCACCUCAUCUGGACAUGGUGACCUCUGGCUUCAAAACCAGCCAACAUGGCAAAAAUCAAAUGCAGACUAAAGCUUUAGUACCAGACUACAAUGGGUGACUCUAUUGCAGCUUUACUGGUUUUAAAUACAGUCUGUGUCUCCACCCUGUUUAUUUUUGUGCCAUCCCUGAAAGUCCACGUUCACACCUGUUUAGUCUGUUGCCUACUGUAGACUGAUAUACGCAGCGAGAACCAGCCUUCAGCUGACGUUAGCUUGUUUUCAAUAACUCACUCAAGGUCUUUAUCUGUUCUGUUGUGUUUUUUUAUGUGUGUGUUUUGGCUGGCCUCAUUUGUCACCAUCGCUCUCACAACACCUCAGGUGACGUCAGUGAACUUCCAGGUAAAAAAAAAAAAGAAACCGCACCGCCUUUCCCAUCCCACUGAGACAAACACCCUGACACCCAGAGACAGCUAGCAUCAGCAAUUAACCAAUUAACUUUUAGACAGCACGAAAACGGGUCAUUAAAGUUAUUUAUUUUUUAUGCAUUUAAUCACUUAUUUAUUGUUUAUUAUUAUUUUUUUUUACCUGAGCAGAAAGAAAGGAUUAUGUCUUACAGCCACUCUACAGUAUUUAUCUUUAUUAUCAGAUCAAAUUAGUAAAUAUAGCAGCAUAAAAAGGGCAUCCUGUACCCUGUAAGUCAGUCAUAAUGUGCUUUGUUUUAUGUUAGGAACUAGGUUUUUGUUGAGUGGGCGUGCUGAACAUUUAAAUUUGUAAAAACUGGUGUUGUGUGCAGACUUUGGAGUUUUGAAGUUUUAUCAAAAAUUAAAGAAGCUCUGGUCGACAUCGAGGAAAACUUGAUGGCAUUUACUCUUACAUGAUAUUUCAUAAAAAAUGUCCUCAGCUCUUUCAUACUGAUGUUGUUCUGGUUCUCAGGGUGUUUGUAGGCUGCAUCGAUCCCUCUGACUGCUCUGUUUUUGUUCAACAAAUCUUUUUGUGACCUGACUCCUUCGCUUUGGGAAAAAAAAAGAAAAAAAAUGAAAUGAUAUCCUCUUUCUUUGUGUCUCAUGAUCUCUUCCCAGGCACCACUCCAUCAAUUCACGUGUGGGAUGCGAUGAGCAAACAGACUCUGUCCAUCCUUCGCUGUCCUCACACUAAAGGCGUCGGCUAUGUUAACUUCAGCGCUACGGGGAAGCUGCUGCUGUCUGUAGGAGUGGAACCUGAACACACCAUCACUGUGUGGCGCUGGCAGGAAGGUCAGGCAGACAUCAAAUCAGUGACCUUGAACCUAAAAGUUACUGUUACCAUCAUCAAUUAAAUCCAGUCAAAGAACUUCAAUUAUCCCUGAGGGGCAGUUUAGUUUUGCAGUCGUUCCACACUAACAACAGCAAAUGUAAAAACCAUCUGUAACACUUUACAAUAACCAUAACUUAGAAAUGGUAAAUAGACCAUUGAUAAAUGGUAAGCAGAUAGUUUAUCAAUGUUUAAUCAGCAUUUAUAAAUAGCAUAUAGACCAUUAAUAAAUUGCAAUUUUUUACAAUUUUAAAAACCUAACUCCAACCCAAACCCUAACUUUACAAUAUCCAUCUAAGUAAUGUUUAUAGGUGGUUUAAAUACCAAAUAUUAACCAUUUACAAAAUGCUACUGAGACACUUUUAAUCUAGAUGUUUUACAACCAAUAUUUAAACCCUCUAUAAACCUUUAAUAAAUAGUCCAUUAAUAAUUAAUGAAAAUUAUUAAUCAUAAUUUCAUUGCUUGUUAAUGGUAGAGAAACUUUUAACUUACAUUAAUAAACUAUUUGCCAUUUAUAAUUGGUGCUUCACCUAUGGAAUAGGUUGGGAAAAAUAUUUGAUCAUAGAUUAAUGUUGGGUCUAAAACCUGCCCAAAUACGUGAAAAGAAGAGAAAGACAAUGGUUUAUGCUCGAGGAGAAUGGACAGAGAUAGCAUCAGAUGUUUUCUCAAGGCCACUCUGAGAGUGGUUCUCUGUCCUCCCUCUUUUAUUUAGGGUUGUCCCUGGUUACACAAUGUUUCUAAAGGGUGGGGGAAAAAUAUGUGCAGCAACAUAAGCAUAUUCAUAAAACAUAAUAAUGAACAACUGUGAAUAUGUGAAGGUCAAGGCGGCAUCUAACGAGCUCCUUCUGAUAAGAGCGGAUCCUCCUCUUAUUUCCCACGAUUCACAGUGGAGGAUACAUCACCCACACCUGCUGAUAGGAAAAACAAGGAGAAUGAAGAAACAUUGAUGUGCUGUGUAGUAAAGCUAUUGGAGAGAGAAGUUAGAAAACACUCUUAUAUAAUAAAAAAACACUCUUAUAUGAUGUAUAAAAAGAGGUCAAAACAGUUUAUACUUGUAGUAAACUCUUACAUUAGAAUAUGAGGAAUAAUGAUAACUUCUAUAUACAUUUAUGCACAUUAUUCUAACAAUUAACAAAAAAUUUAUUUAACUGGGAGAUAUCAAAUAUGUCUCCUUGGGCCAGUGAGAUGCAAUAUUUAUUUUCCAUUGCUGAUUUAUCAUAAAUAUUUUAUCAUAAACUUUGCUGUAAUAUUUAAAAUAUAUUUUUCAAAAAUAUAAAAAGAGAUGGUCUGUAGAAAUAAUGAAUAAAAACAAAUUAAGAAUUUAUUGUCUUAUAAAAAAACAUAUAUGCAGUGGAAAAAGGUUAAGCUCAAAGAUCCCUUUGUGCUCAACUUUGUUUUGAGGCACUUUAGCACAGGCCAUUGAGACAGGCAGGUUUAGUGGUGUACCAGAGGAACAAAGACUUUGCCUGUUCUGUGACUUAGAAUAAAUAGAAAAUGAGAUUCAUUUUAUUUUCCUUUGUCCUUUGUAUGAUGAAUUUAGACAUUUAUUUUUCAAGAAAAUUAGUUUGUAUCCAAUGCUUUCUUUUACUUAGAUGAUUAUGAGAAACUUGAAUUGUGUUUUGAGAUAGGCUUUUUUUUUUAUACAGAUAACUAUACAUAUAAGUCCUGGGAAAAGAGAAAAAAUGUGUUGUACAUUAGAUUUGAGUUAAUGCAGCUUACGGGUGUAGAUAUAAUGGUAUGUAUGCUUGUAUGUUUUUCCUUUUCCUCUUUUUUUACGGUUUACAUGCUAUGCAACAUUGUCUGUUGAUAUUAUUUGGUGCCUUAUAAACCCAUGUGGGUUGGGCACUUUGUGUGCAUGACGCUUAAAUAAAUAAAUAAAUAAACUUAACUAACUGUAAGUUUAUAGAAAGAUUAAAGAACAUUUUAACAUUUAAAGAACAGAACAUAUGACAGGCAGUGUGAGUUAACAAAACAGUAACAAAAACAAGUAGAUCCAUACCAAGCCCUCAGUUUGGAAUUAUGUCAGAGAGCGUAUUAAACUCACAUGAAACGCUCUUUACUUAUCUUAGUAGAUCAGCAGGGACAGCAAAGCAGCAUUGCAUUGUGGGAGAGCCUCAGCAAGUGAAAUGUUGCUUUACAGAGUAAAACAACCUUGAAAUCAGUGACUGAUUACCUGAAUUAGUUUGAAGACAGAAAUGUUUGGGCUUAAAGUAAUGACUAUAAUAUAAUGACUUUUAAUUGGCUGAAACUAGACUGAAGUGUUUUAAAUUACUGUCAGCUUGAACAUGACUACAACUAUAACAGCAAGAAAGAUUAAAAAUUACCAAAACUAAAAGGAAUUUCUGUCUUAGACUAAAUUCAAAAUAGAAAGUUUGAAGAUUCUCAUGACAGAAACCCUUGGGUUAGAUCAUAGGACCUUCAGACUGGCCAUGUUACAGUUAUACAAUAUUGUAAGAAAUGAUGUGAUUAAACAACAUGGGGUCAAAGAAAGCUCAGGAGACUUUAAUGUUAGUGUGUCAUAGUUUAGAGGCAGUAUUUUGGAUUUUAGUCACAAACAGAUUAUUGUUCUCAAAUGACAGAGAUGUCUCCAACACAGGAUCCAAGGUGUGCUGCAAAGCUGGACAUCCAGACCGGAUCUUCGUGGUUGAGUUUCGUCCUGACUCAGACUCUCAGUUUGUGUCUGUGGGAAUCAAACAUGUGAAGUUCUGGACACUGGCGGGCGGUGCUCUGAUGUAUAAAAAAGGUGUGGUUGGAACGGUGGAGGACGGCAGGAUGCAGACGAUGCUGUCUGUCGCCUUUGGUGCUGUGAGUGUAAUUUUGCUUGUUAACUGUUGUUUGUAAAAUCUAAAAUGGGGAACUUGUUUAUUUAAAAGGGUUUGAUUUUUGUGUAACGCGUCUUUUUUCCUCAAAAACAGAAACACAACAGAAACUUAGACAAAAAGUUUAGACAAUCAUACUACAAAUGGGAUCCCAGGGUCCAGUGAUGACUCUUCCUGAACUUGUGUGUUUGCAGAACAACCUGACGUUUACUGGAGCCAUUAACGGGGACGUGUAUGUGUGGAGGGAUCACUACCUUCUCAGGGUGGUGGCGAAAGCUCACACAGGGCCGGUCUUUACCAUGUACACCACUCUGAGAGACGGUCUCAUUGUCACAGGGGGCAAAGAAAGGCCGUGAGUAAAACCAAAACUGCUGAGAAUGAAAACCAGAGACUGUAUAUAGAAUGGACACCGUCUGCCUUCUCGCUGGGUGAAACCACCGUGAGAACAGCACCCUCUGUUGACAGGCUGCAGUAAAGGUCAUAAAUCCCGCCUCCUCCAGCAAUCCCUAUGGAGCUGUGGACAAACUUUAGAAAUUUAUUACACAGAAUAUAAAUUUUUCUCCCCCUUAGUUGUGAUGUUGACAUGUAGUUACUGUAAGACUGGUUUGUGCUCAAGUCCUCUUUUUUCUGUGCAGCUCCGUUUUUUAAAGUUAUUAGGGGUUCAUGUUUUCUAUGAUUGACACUUGAUGCAGCCUAUGGGUGUACGAAGAUUGCAUAGCUCACCCGGGGGAUACGCUGUUUGAAUCGAGCGUUAUCACAGUGACUUUCCUGCCGAAUGCAUACAACUCUACUGCGCAAGUGGUGCAGCGCGUACAACGCUACUGCACAAUGUUGGUUUUAGGAAGUGGCGAAAAAACUUAAAAAUACCGAGAGCUUCAAAUCCUUAUACUGGUGGAAGGCGGAACCAGGUUGUCCAUAGUAUAUACAGUCUGUCAUGAAAACCUGUUCAACUGCAGCUGUCACACAUCAAAUACAGGAAUCAGAAACGACAUAAAGCAUCAAACUUAAGGCUUAAAGCUUUAAAUAACAUGAACUACAGGUUCAAACAUUUGCACUGAAAGGAAAGGUCAAAAUAAUCAAUAAUAUACUUUAACAUAGUUUAGGGCACUAUUAAUCUCUGGUGUGAUUUAUUUCUGCAACAUACACCAUUAGGCAGAAUGAAAAACCAUAUUGUUGUAUGUAUUUUCUGUACCUGCAUCAGCCAUGUAGUGGCUUACAUGUGAUAUCAUGCCAGUAGCCUGUUUAUUUGCUCAUAUAUUCUCAAGAAGGAGACUCAAACUGUGCAGUGCACAACAGUACGCCUUAGUGAGUUAAUUCCAUAUCUUAUUCAGUUUUUUUUUUAUUCUGGCCUGGUCUUGAAGCAGCCACACAGCUGCAAAGUGCUGGAACAUCUCUGCAAAUGUACUGAUUAUUUAUUUUAUCGUUAUAAAAUACAUUUAUUUUAUUAAUUUGUUGUCUCUAACAUAUACCUGUGUAAUGAUGUUUUUAUAUGUACUGUAUGUAUACUCUGGGUAGACUGAACCUGAGUGCUACACACAAAAGAAAUGAUCAUUUUCUGCUUGAGUCUUGGUUUUGACAAACUGUGAGUUUGCAAGGAAAGUUACAGAGAGACAUACAGAGAUCCUGGGUUUCAGCUGAUCAUUAAAACAUGUGUGCUGGGUAUUAACAUACAUAUUUAUGAUGUUCAUGGGCUGUGUGGCAGGACUAAAGAGGGCGGUGCGGUGAAGCUGUGGGAUCAGGAAAUGAAACGUUGUCGAGCCUUCCAGCUGGAGACGGGACAGCAGGUGGAGUGUGUCCGAUCUGUCUGCAGAGGAAAGGUGAGAACUUCACAGUUUUACUGAAGUGAGAACUUCAGUCGUUACCUUAUUUUUGAUUCCCCCUAAAGUCCAAUCUCGCCUCUACUCAGGGUAAGAUCCUGGUUGGGACAAAGGAUGGAGAGAUCAUCGAGGUCGGGGAGAAGAACGCAGCGUCCAACCUGCUGCUGGACAGUCACACCCGAGGAGGAAUCUGGGGUCUGGCUGCUCAUCCUGCAAAGGAGCUCUGCAUCACUGCCAGCGACGACUCCACCAUCAGACUCUGGGACCUUUCAGACAAGGUGCACAUGUAACAACACACUGAGUCCAAAAUUUCUUUCAUGGUGUUCGAUGCAGAAAAACACGUGUCCACAUUUUGUAUGAACUAAAGGCUUAAAAGUUCUUGCAGGAUAUGUCCCUAAAUAAUUUUUGUACUAAUUGACCAUUCGGCUAUUCCACCCUGUUUGUUUUACCUCUGUAGAAACUGUUGAACAAAGUGUGUGUUGGACACCCAGCUCGGUGUGUGAGCUACAGCGCAGAUGGAGAGAUGCUGGCAGUAGGGAUGAAAAACGGGGAGUUCCUCCUCCUCCUCGCCAACUCACUGAAGAUGUGGGCAAAGAAACGAGACCGCAGCGUCCCCAUCCAGGACAUCAGGUAGGAGGUUUGAAGGAGGUAGCGAAAAAAGGUAUACCACCUUAACAGAGGUUAUACCGUUUUUUUCUCAUUCUUAAAGCAAAUAUAUUAAAUCAGAGUCAGGACAUAAUGUGCACUGCAAAUUAUUUGGUUCUUACCAAGACAAAAAAAACUUAGAUUUAGAAAUGUUUGAUAAUUUUUCUUGUUUUAAGGACUUGAUUUUUUAUUUUAAGUGUUUAACUUUACACUACUAUCUUAUAUCAAGCACAACCUUAUAUUUUUUGUCUCAAAUAGGCAGGAAAUUUAAAAAUGAGGAAAAUAACUGUUAAAAUAAGUUAUAUUCCAUCUUUCUCCCAAAGGCUCAUCAAGGGGAAUCUUGUUUUAAGAUUCAGUAACAAACUCAAGUUGCUUGAUUCAAGAGUCACACAAAAAGGAUCUAGAAAAAAAGAGUUUAUUGCGCUGAUUUCAAACAUUAGAUGACCAAUGUUUGUUAAACUAGCACAGGGAAUACAAAACAGGCAAACUCAGUCACCUAAUACAUAAUACACAACACAUCCAUACAUACUUUUUCCUUCAAGGCACUGUACUGCCAGAAGACAAGACAGUACACAAUGCUGGGAGCAAAUAAUUUUAGAAAAUUUAUUGGGAUUAAUACUCCAAAAAAUGUAGAGCAAUAUAGAGUAAACAGUUUUAAACUUUUUGCAACAGUUGGAAUGAAGAAUAACAGUAAUAAAAAGAAAAAGACAGAUAUCACCUAUCAAGACGGAACAAAAUGGGAGUAAGGUAAAUCAGUAAAAUAAAUAAGUGCAAGCAAGUAGCAUGAAACGUAGAGUUUUACCUUACCAAGUUAUUUGAUUAAACCUGUGUGUGUGUGUGUGUGUGUGUGUGUGUGUGUGUGUGUGUGUGUGUGUGUGUGUGCGCGCAGGUUCAGUCCUGACCGGCGGCUGUUGGCUGUCGGUUCUGCAGAGAACACAGUGGAUGUUUAUGAUGUCAGCGGAGGACCAAGUCUGAACCGACUGGUUUACUGCAGCGACAUCCCUGCUUUCAUCCUGCAGCUGGACUUCUCUGCCGACAACCAUUAUAUACAGGUAUAUACACACAAAAAUACACACACACACAGAUAGACACACACACAUAGUGCUGAUUGGUGAUGCGCACAAGUAUUUGCUUGCCUCAUAUAAAUCCGCAAACCAUUCACCAAACUGUUAAAACAGUGAGUUCUCUGUCUGACACAAACAUGUCUUCAGUCACAGAUGUGUGUCUUCAUUGUGCUCAAAGUUGGACAGUGCAGGUGUUAUGCAGUCAUCCAAAGUACAAACAUAUUUUAUAAUUUCUUCGUGUAUGUUUGUAGGUGUCUUCUGGUACCUAUAUGCGGCAGGUGUUUGAGGUUCCUUCAGGAAAGUUAAUUAAUGACCAGAUCGUCAUUGACAGGAUCACCUGGGCAACCUGGACCAGGUACAACACACACACACACACACACACACACACACACACACACACACACACACACACACACACACACACACACACACACACGCACAUCAAAUUCAAAUUCAAAUUAGCUUAAACAAAUUCUGAAGUCUCAAACAUAUGAUUACAUAUGAGUGAUUUAAAUCUGCAUCCCAAUCAAAAUCACACCUGGAUCUGUCAGUCUGCCUCACGUCUGUGGAGGUAAAACACAGACACAGUAACUUGACAGCAUUUUUAAUUAAUACCCUCUUGUCCUGCAGCAUCCUGGGAGAUGAAGUUUUGGGGAUUUGGCCACGAAAUGCAGACAAAGCUGAAGUCAACUGUGCAUGUGUGUCUCAUGCCGGCAUGAACAUCGUCACCGGUGACGACUUUGGAUUGAUCAAACUCUUUGACUUCCCCUGCACAGAGAAGUUUGUGAGUUUGAAUUCCUUUUUUCACAGGAUGAGGACAAAGCAAAAGAGAAAACAGCACAAUCAAAACAAUUUAGUUUUAUUUGGAUUGCACUGGUUGUAAAAGAAAAAAAAGAGAAUCAACUGAAUAGAAAUGCACUUAAAAUCCAUUAAAGUCCUGCAGAUUCAGGAUUUUGGGGGCUUUGUAAUCUAAUCAGCAUAAAAGCUCAGAGAUGUUUUGUUACACAAGAAGUGUGGACCUCUGUCCACCAUGGUAAAGUAUUACAAUAUAAUAUGAAGCAAUUCUUCAGAUAACUAAAAUCACAACUUCUCACACUGAUUUCUGCUGUCCAUUUGUUGUUUCAGUUUAUGGGGUUCAGAUAGGUUAGCUGGGAGGUUGUAUUGAUAUUGAGUUUGAUAUAAUUCUUCAGAUUGUUAAACACACUGCACGUACCCUCUGAUUGAGAGGAAUAAAUGGUGUUCACUAUUCUUCUUUUUUUCUUUCCUCAGGCCAAACACAAGCGCUACCUCGGCCACUCAGCUCAUAUUACGAACAUCCGCUUCUCCCAUGAAGACAAAUACGUGAUCAGCACAGGAGGAGACGACUGCAGGUGAACUGAGCUCUGAUCUAAAACAUGCUGUCACACUUAACACUUUUACAAUCUGACUGCCGUCUGUACCACACCAAAAAGUUAUUUAGAGAAAGAUUUACCCCUCAAACAAAAAUUUGAUUCAAAUUAACAAAAGGUCUGUGUCCAUGAUGACAUUUAGGUCUGUGUUGAACUCAAAAACACAACAUAAAUGCACAGAAAAUCAUAACAAAUGAACCUGAUCAUUUGCAGACUGAGGCUGGUUCUGUCCAGUUACACAGUUACAAAAUGGAUUUUGAAGUAAGGCUAAAUUUGGCCUCCAUUCAGCUUCAUCUGUGGUGCAACAUACAGGAGGCAUGAGGGCCAAACCCAGCCGGACCAGCUUCUCUGUAGUAUGACAGAAAUGUCAAUCUGCUGACAGUGUACUCUUACACAGUGAUGCAGAGCCACAAGCCAAAUCUUCAGCUUUAGGGCUUUUAUUCAGGGCUCUGAUCGCAGCUGUGAAAAAUCUAGGAGCAGCAUGGGGCCAUGAUACAGAUUUAUAGGAUCAUAUUAUCCCAUAUCACCCAUCCAGAUUAUUAAAUGCGCUAAUGAUUCAGACACUAGAUGACACGGUCAGUUUGGUUAUUAGGGGCGGGAAUCGCUGGUGGCCCUACGAUACGAUAUUAUCACAAUACUUGGGCCACAAUAUGAUAUUAUUAUGAUUUUUACCUUUUCCAAUACAGUGAGUAUUGCGAUACAAUAUAUUGCAAUUUAUACAAUUUUUCAAACUGUUUCAAAGUAACUGUGUAGCUGAUUUAGCAUUUGGCUUUCCUUUAUGUUUGUCUUAUUUACACUUUAUUUUCAUGUAGCACAUCUUGCUAACCUUUAUAUAUAUAUAUAUAUGUAUAUAUAUUUGUUUUACUUACUUUCUCCUGCCCUAUGAUGUCACCCUUGCCAACCUCACCUGACAAACAGAUGAUUUUUUCCAUGAUCAUAGAUUUAACUUCAUAUUAGCAAUUAAUUAAAAAAUUGAUACUUAGUAAAUGAGACGAUUCGAUAUAUCACCAGACAAAAUAUUGCGAUACUGUGCUGUAUCAGUUUUUUUUCUCCCACCCCUACUGGUUAUAAUCUUUAGUUUAAUUCAAUGAAUGAAUGCUUCUAUUUGAUUGAUCAUGUGUAAGUUAUUAAUCAGACACACUAAUGAACUAGAAAACCAAGCAUGAAAAGCACAACCCCAUCUUUGUUUCCCAUCUUCCCUGACUUCAACUUCAGCCUGUGGGGUUUUCUAAGGAAACUUUAUUGAUAGUUGUUGGUGCCUUGUCCUUAUUUAACACCAGGUCAUGCUUGACAGUCUCACCAUACUGAGAGAGCACAUUAUUGCAUAGAUAUAAUAUGAGCUGCCUUUCAACCUCAACAUUGAUGUAGCUGUUCAGUGCAUGCCCUGCUGAGGUGAGAAUAGCUUCAAGAACAGCUGAUGAAAGUGGUCUUACGCUGUUUUACACACAAACUCUGCCACAUAAGGACAGUGAAAUAAGACCCAGUUCAUUAUUGUUAUUAGGGUGUUUUCCCCCAUAUGUUUGUCCUUUUUUUUAGUUCAAAAUGUACCGUUAAGGAGACAGAAAUAAGUGUUAUUUGUUUCAAAUGUCUCCCAAAAAAAUAUCUUAAUAUUUUUACCUCCUCUGUUCUUUUUCUCCAUGUUGUAUGUUUGUGUGUUGCAGUGUGUUUGUGUGGAAAUGCCUGUAAAACACCAUUCGGUGACGCUUUCAUCCAGAGCGCCUUAACAGCACCCCAAGUGGAUCCAGAGGGAGUCAGACGCAUGACCUGAAGGUUUUCACACCACUUUGUAGAAGUUCAGAAGAAGGACGUAGUUACGAAAAGAACCGGACUUCACUGAUGAAACAAAUGUUUUCGGUCUGUCCUUCUUGAGACGAGACAGAAAACUAAAACCACUUCAGACACUUCACGACGGAUCACACGAAGGAAACAUCAGACUGAUCCCACAGCUGUUGUGAAACAAACUAAGUUCAUUGUGAGUCACAGAAGCCAAACUUGUUCGAACAUUGCCACACAGCAGCAAACUGAAAUAUAAUAUCAAAGAUAGCAGGUUUAAAACUGGUCUGAUCAGACUGCUGGUAAAAAAAGCAUCAACAUCCUGUCUCUGUACUGGGAUCACUGGGAGAGGACACUGCACUAGUUAAAACAAAAGGUGGUUUGUUGAAAAGACCAUAUGCAGUUUCAUAUCAACACAAACAUCCUGAAGUUUGUAACAGAAAUGAAAACUUGACAUUUGAUUUAAAAUCAUUCCUCAUUUUAAAAAGCCUUUACUAAGUCUGUCGUUGGAGUUCAUCACACUUAAGUGCCUUUCUGGAUACUUCUACCUGUGUUUUUUCUUUUCCUUUUUUUUAAGGGUUGAUAUUUCAUACAUCUUUUUUUAAUUUGAUCCAUCAUUGAACUUAAUUUGUACUCUGUCUGGUGCUACACUGAGAAUGUUCAAACUUUUAUUCAUCCAAAAUGGACAAAGGAAAAAAACAUUUUCUUCGCUGCUGUUUUUAUGUUCGACAACGUAAAAUGAAAAAUAUCCAAAGCAUCAUGAUCGUAAGACAACACAGGACAACCGAAGAAAAGAGAAUCUAUUUAUAGACAUAUUUAAAUGUUAUUAAUGCCUAAUCUACAGUCUGGAUGAGUUCUCUGUGUCUGAACUGUUCAAUAUUGACGUUUACUGUUGUAUAAAGUGUCAAAGAGUCCGUUUGUGUGAAGAUUUACUGAAGAAACAUGUUCCAAAUGUGACAAACUUGAUUUGACGACUCAUUCAACAUCUUCAGACUCAAUUUUUCUUGAAUCAAAAGGUCCCUGAAGUACUCACUCAGGCAGGAAGGUUUUUUUCUAAGGUGUACUGAAGGGAAUAAAGUCAAGGCCAAGGGUUAAAAUCACAACAGAGGAGGAAAAGCAGAGUGAGCUGAAAAAAGUUUAUCAUCAGGAUAAAACUUUCUGACAGCGGAGGAAUGAAGUCAAAUAUACGUAGCUCUUCUAGAGGAUAUCUUGGGAUGAAGUGUGUCUGAAAUAUGAAUUACAUUGAUCUUGAUGUUCUGAUCAGUGUCAUAUACCGAGUGUUUUAUUUUUUUUUAGCCAGAAUAUCUAAAUAUUUGAUAACUGAUAUAUUGAUGAUGCCAAGAAAAAGUCCCAGAAAUAAUUUGGACUCUGCUGUCAGGUCUGAUUUAACUGCUAACAGUAGGAUGUGCAGUGUGCUUGUGCAGAGUGCAUGUGUGGUGUGUUUCUCCAACACAGCUGCUGAUCUCAAAUAUAAUAUAAUAUAAUAUAAUAUAACAGAAGAUAAAUAUAAAGAGAAGAAGCCAAGGAGCAUCCACAGUUCAAGAAAUGCAACUGUUGAAGAUGAAAAUGCUGCAUUAGGAUCUGUUUUAUCUCUUUAUUUUUCUGCAGGUUGUCAGUUUGUGCAGUUCUUUGAUUUCCACAUGGUUUGUAUCAUACUGUACAUGGAAAUAUAUAUGAUGCUCAGAUGCAUGAAUUUAUUUUUAAACCAAAAUAUCUUUGUUGAUGAUUGAUAAGAUUUUAUGGUGCAAGUUAUGUUCACCAGUUGAUUUUUAUACUAAGGUGAUUGUGAUUCAAGUAUGUGUGUGUGUGUGUGCACAUGUGUGUGUCAACCAAGUGUAAAAACAGAUUAAAUGAGACUUCUGUAAACAUGCUG